CACCGCUCUGUGUGCAUUGAGGAAUGAUGGAGGCUCGGGGCAGAGCGCGGCAUGAGAUGAGUCUGGCGGCUCUCAGACACACAGACCCCUAUAUCAAUACUAUCGUGGAUGUGACGGGGCAGGUGGCUCUCUACAGCUUCAGCCCCAGGACAGGAGAAUGGGUGAGUGAGCACUGACAGAGCCAGGAGGGAAUGGGGGCCAGGGAGUGAGGGGGAGUCAGUGUUUAUACCUGCCAUGGAGUGAGGGGGGCUAUAAAGAGAGAGAGACACACACACACCCCCCCGCCAUGGAGUGAGGGGGGCUAUAAAGAGAGAGAGAGAGAGAGACACACACACACCCCCCCCUGCCAUGGAGUGAGGGGGGCUAUAAAGAGAUACACCCCCUCCCCCGGCCAUGGGGUGAGGGGGGCUAUAAAGAGAUACACCACCCCCCUCCCCCCCCUGCCAUGGUGUGAGGGGGGGCUAUAAAGAGAUACACCCCCCCCAUGGUGUGAGGGGGGGGCUAUAAAGAGACACCCCCCCCCAUGGUGUGAGGGGGGGGCUAUAAAGAGAUACCCCCCCCGCCAUGGUGUGAGGGGGGGCUAUAAAGAGAUACACCACCACCCCCCCUGCCAUGGUGUGAGGGGGGGGCUAUAAAGAGAUACACCGCCACCCCCCCUGCCAUGGUGUGAGGGGGGGGGCUAUAAAGAGAUACACCGCCCCCCCUGCCAUGGUGUGAGGGGGGGGGCUAUAAAGAGAUACACCGCCCCCCCCUGCCAUGGUGUGAGGGGGGGGGGGGCUAUAAAGAGAUACACCGCCCCCCCCCUGCCAUGGUGUGAGGGGGGGGGCUAUAAAGAGAUACACCGCCCCCCCCCGCCAUGGUGUGAGGGGGGGGGCUAUAAAGAGAUACACCGCCCCCCCCCUGCCAUGGUGUGAGGGGGGGGGGCUAUAAAGAGAUACACCGCCCCCCCCCUGCCAUGGUGUGAGGGGGGGCUAUAAAGAGAUACUCCACCCCCCUCCCCCCCGCCAUGGUGUGAGGAGGGGCUAUAAAGAGAUACACUGAUUGGCCAAAGUCAGGAAUACAAAGUGAUUUAAAAAUGGUUAGAUUAACCCUUUAAAGGGAUGUUAAAAGAUGAACAUUUUCUUAAUUGUAAAUUCCUUGAGUAAUUGCAUAAAUUUACAUUUCAGAAUGCUGCCAAAUUUAAUAAAACAUAUAAUAUCUAUUAAUUGCAUUGGAAACAAUGUCACAUAUUCAAAAAUGACAACAUAUGCAAAACGAAGUGCCUCUGCAUGAUCCAGUGGAGAGGAAAUUCAAGACUCCCUUUUGCUCUCCCACAUAGUGUUCUGACUCUGAGCACCGGGAACCUAGAGCUUGACAUGUAAAAUAAAUUAUCCACCCCAGUGCUGUAAUCACUAACUCAUGCAUUCUGUGGAAGGAAGCGUAGCAUUUGUUAUACUAAAACAUGAGUGACAGGAGUUGUUAGACAGUUCUUCUGACCUCACAGCAACUACAGAGCAUGCACAGUAGUUGCUGUAAUUAUUCUCCUGGCGUGCACAUAUCAUGCUUUUAGUAGAGGAGUACAGAUAUGUACUGACAGAUGACACUCUCUUCUAUUGCCUUUGUUGGCAUUCUUGGGGAGAAUUAUUUGGAAAUGUACUAAUUAUACCGCCUGGGUCAUGUAAUUCUGGGUUCUGAGCUCUGUGUUGUGUGUGUGGUGUGUGUUUUUUUUUUUUUUUUGUAAUAGUUUUGGGAAGAAUUAGGGCUGGGAUCUUGAUGUCUGUACUUGUGACACAUGCACACCUCAAUUAUCGGUCUGUCGCAGUCCAACAUACUGAGUUGCUGUCUGAACAGUGGGGGGAGUGAUUACAGAUGCUCCAUCACCAGAGAUCCAGAACCCCCACUAGACCACCAGACAGAGAUGACCACCAAAGUGUGAAAAAUUCACCUAACCACACCCACAAGUGCAAGGUGACAAACAAAUUAAUCUAAUUUUGCACAAAUAGUAAAGCUUCCUAAAGUCGCCUCCCAGUAGAUAAACACUCACUAUGCCAAAUAUACAAACAUAUUCAAAUUUGUGAUACAGCAUAACAUCUAAAAGAACAUUAAUACAUAUAGUCAUAAAAUCAUAAAUUACACUUUCACUGGAUUUUACCCACAAAACAACGAUGUAUGCAUUCGCCUUAAAGGGACACUAUAUUCACCAGAACAACUACAGCUUAUUGUAUUUGUUCUGGUGAGUAUAACAAGUAUAAAAAGCCAGAAGGGCUUUUUGCAGUAAACACUGUAUUUUCAGAUAAUUGAGUUUUUACAUUACUGCCUAUGGAUACCUCCACUGGCCACUCUUCAGAUGGCUACUAGAGGUGCUUCCUGGGGCAGUGCUGCACACUGCAGUAUUGUCAUUCAGUGUCUCCACCCUUUGCAUGGAGAUAUUACACUUUCCUCAUAGAGUGCAUUGAUUCAAUAAAUUUCUAUGAGGAGAUGCUGAUUGGCCAGACCUGCAUUUUGUGCUGUUUCUGUCCCUGACCUGCAUCUCCUGAACAACACUUCUGAUGUCAUCCAAGGCAGAUCAGGAGCGGAGCCAGCAGCAGCAGACAGGAAUAAAAGUAAGAUUUUACUAUAUCAAGGGGGCUGAGGGGCUAGCUGGUGUUUUUAACACUAUAGGGUCAGGAAUACAUGUUUGUUCCUGACCCUCUAGUGUUCAUUGAAGGGUACCUUCCUUGAUGGCAGUGGUGCAGCUUCCUCUUCUUAAGAAGUCACCCAGUCCAGGAGCCAGACAUGGGAAUCAAGAUAAGUAAGUUGUAAAAUACUUUUAUGACUGCAAAGCUGUAUGUGCACACAAAUAUAAACAAGUAGACAAGAUAGCUGAAGAUCCCAUGCAUUUUGUUCGAUACAAAGAACUUCUUGAGGGACCAUAAUGGUAAAACAAUGCCAAACAUAGGCUAUUUUGGGCAUUCAUUGUUUGUUUUUACGUUAUGGUCCCUGAAAAAAUGAAUAUGAGGAAACUACUUGAAACAUUUGUUGUGUUGCGCUAUUUCAGUUGCUUUAAUUUGAUUUUGAUUACAACUUUAUGUGGGAGGAGUCCCUGUGUAUGUAGAUUUAUGAAGUGCUAAAACAGUUUAAAAUGACUUUGAUAAGUGACUUUUCAGAUAGAUCAUGUUCAUAGAAAACUUCACUGCAGACAUAAUUUACAGUAAUUGCACGUUUUUGAUUUAUAUCUUUUUUUUUUUUUUUUUUUAAAUCUUUAUUUCAGCUUUCGAUUAUUUAUAUAUAAUAUAUAAUUUUUUUUUUUUUUAAUUUAUUUUUUUAAGACAUAGGUUAGUUAAGUUCAUUACAGCAUAAUAGAUUUGGUAAACAACAUUGCAACCUGUUAAUAGAGCCUCUCUUUACAAGGUUAAAGAGUUUUGACCGUUUGGCGGUCGCGUCUAUUUUCUUAAUCAGAGGUUUCAAGCGAUUUGAGCAAUUUUAUAUAGUUAUGCAGAUUAAUUGUCUUAAUUUGAACUUUUACUUUUCAUUCUAGGAGAAGACGGAUAUUGAAGGCACCCUGUUUGUAUAUACAAGGUUGGUUUUUCAAAGUAUUAAUGGGAUUUAUAGUUUUUCUUUCAGUAUGUAGUAUUGGAAGUCUGACCGGUUUAUUCUUUCAACUGGGUAUUGUCUAGAAUUUCAAAUUUUAGGCCAAGAUAGGAGCUUUUGAUUAUGUUUUAUUUUAGAUUAAUUGUUCAUCUUUUUCUAGACGUGAAGCAGCAGUAAUAAUAACUAGAUAGUGCCCUGCCUCACUUGCCAGGCAGAUAAUGACAAUAAAAUGAAAACAUUGAGGUACUUGCCCUUCCAUCUAUGUAAAAGGCAACUAGACACCCAAGCUUUCCAAUAUCUGUCUGGUACUUUGCUUUCUCUCUCAUUUGUGCUACACUGUGGAAUCCACUUUGGAGAAAGGCAAAGCCACCUCAUAAACCAAGAGCCAGGUUAAUGCAAAUUGCAGUCUGCAUGUCUCUGAGAAUGCAAUUCUUGUUCCAAAUUGGCAUCCGACAUUGAACCUAGAACGGAAAUGUUGCUUUCUGUUAAUUGAUUACAGAAUAGUUUGAAACAAUCCUUUGCCAAACUCAGGUCCUUAGCUGUGUAGCUGCCACCUACUUAAAUUAAGGAAAAAAAAGAGAAAACUAAAUGGUAUAGGAAUCAGAUUCUGAUCUACCCACCCUGGCACCUCCUGCAAUGGUGAGGAAUUGGAAGUCUUUUAAUUCCAGGAAAUCUGUGCUGUACAGUGAAGACCUGGAGUCUUCUCCGAAGGUAUAUGUCGUCAUAGUCAGCUGACAUCGCAGAUGGCACAUCCUAAUGGUAAAAUGGCAACUCUAAAGGAGUCAAGGAUUAACACGGUAUUUACUCUUCGUCAAGUGCUGUCUGGUAUUUGGGGAAAGGGCUAAAUCACUUAAAGGACCACUAUAGUGCCAGGAAAACAAACUAGUUUUCCUGGCACUAUAGUAUUCGGUCCCUCAGCGCUGGGGACUCUCCUCCUCCUCCUUUGGAUGUCAUCGGCUGCAUGCGCAGCAAGAGCCGCGUGUUCAGUCAGUCCAUAGGAAAGCAUUCUCAAUGCUCUUCUAUGGACGCUGGCAUCUUCAAUGAGACAGCCACUAGAAGCUGGAUUACUCUGAAAUUGCUAUGUUUACAGCAGGCAGGGUUAACCCUAGAGGGACCUGGCACCCAGACCACUUCCUUAGGCUGAAAUGGUCUGGGUGCCUAUAGUGGUCCUUUAAGCACUAUAAUAUUUAGUCAGUGAAAAUUCAUAACAGUGAGGACCUCCAGCUUCGUUUCAUGGAGUUAAACUCUGUGAAACUGCAAGAAGUGUCUGAAGUCUUAACCCUGCAAUGUAAAUGUUUGUUUUACAUUGCAGGGUUAAGGUAAAUGGGCAAUGCACCCAGACCACUUCAAUGAGAUGAAGUAGUCUGGGUGCCUAAAGUGUCCUUUCAGAUCAUUUAGUGAUGUCAGUGACUGAUCUACAUGCAUACAUUUGAUAAGAAAAUCUUUUUAUGGAAUGUGGGAGAGUGGUUUAAGACUCAGGCUUACGGUGCAGACAUUCAGAUUUAAUUUAAAUAAAAACAUUUUAUUACAAAAACUGUUACGAUUUUUGCAUAGAAAAAUACAGGAUAUUAACACCUUAAAGACGGCGGGCGUGCUAUGCCAUCCUUGGGGACCCAGCUUUAAAUGCCGGCGGGCGGCAUAGCACAUCCACACCGUCCUAUUCACUUACCUGCUCGCUGGCGAUCGCGAUGCGGGGGACUUGCCUGACAUCCCAGGGAGUCCCCCUGCUUUCUGUAAAAAGUUAAAACACAGUUUAAAAUGAAAUAAAAUAUACUUAGAUCAAAUGUGUAUAUACGAAUGAUAUUAAAUAUAUGUGUAAAUAUUUUAAAUAAAAAAUAUUAAAUAUAUGUGUAAUUUCAUUCCAACUGUACUUUGAUAUAUAUUUGUGCUCAGGAUAAUAAAGCCAUAUGUGUAUUGAUACCUUAUCAUACCAGUAGGGGUAUGUAUAAUUCGGUUGAGUGUGCCGAAACAGACGUAUUGGUAGGCCUGUAAAUAAAGUGGGCCCACCAAGAAAGGUAAUUAAGUGAAAUAAUACAUUUUAAAAAAGGUGGAGUGGUGGGAGGGAUUCAAAAUGCAACUAAUGCCUAGGAGGAGUCGAGUGCUGAUGGUGAGUAUUUAUGCCCGCACUAGCCCCUCCCAUAACUCCAGGCUCCGCCUUUACAUUUGCGCUCAGGACAAUAAAGCCGUAUGUGUAUUGAUACCUUAUCAUACCAGUAGGGGUAUGUAUAAUUCGGUUGAGGUGUGCCGAAAACAAAGUGGGCAAAAAGAUGUAUGCCAAAAUUUUAUUCAAUCAACAAUGACUUAGUACAACAUAACAUCAUAAUGCCAAGUGUUGGAAAGCUUGUCUAAUUUCUCUCUCAGGUUGUGGGAUGAACCUACAGUAUGCUGUAGAUUUCCAGCUCCCCAAUGAUUUGAUAAUAUGAGUAGGUAUGUUUCUAUAUGAGGCUGUUGAAGCUGCUCUGAUAUGGAAAGAAUGUCCAGAGUAGUUUGAGGGGUUAAGGCCUAACCUCAUCAACAUGAUUCUAACAUAAAGCAUGAAUUUGAUUUCAUUGGUUUUGGGUUCAAAUGGAGAGUUAUCCAAAAGUUAUCCAAAUUGUAUUGUUGGACAAAUGUAAAUUGAGGUGGCAAAAGGAGGCGAAGGCCACCAAAGAUUCCAUUGCGAACAUGUCUACCAUCUGGAAGUCCUUAGUAAAUUUUACAAAAAUAUCAAGAGCCAGUUUGUAAGUUCACUUGGUGUUUUCUGACAAAACUUUGUGACAGCAUUCUACCGUGCGCUAGGAGUUGGCCUAAUCCAAUAUGAGGUCUUGAAACUGAGGGGCCGGAGUUGCUGCCGUGAAAGCAUUGGGAUGUAGUAGGCGGAAUUCCUGAAAACGGAAGCGGGACAAAUGGUCAGCUGCUGUGUUUUGAGCACCAGGCACGUGUGUGCAAUACAAAAAGAACUGAUGGGUUGCCGCGAGCCAAGUUAAUAGUCUCACGAUACUCAUGACUAUGGGCACCGGCCUUUGUUGAUAAUGUGGCAAGUUGCUUGAUUGUCUGAAAAACAAUGAACCGUGUGUCCUGACCAGGAGUGUCCCCAUGUUGCUGCUGCGGCAACAGUAGGGCAUAUUUUCAGCAAUGCUGAAGUCUGAUCAAAGGUUUCCAGUGUUCUGGUAUCUGGCGGCCAACUGCCCCAUAACCACUGGUCACCACAGAUGACUGCAAUACCAGUAAAAGCCGCCGCAUCUGACCACAGUUUUGGGGAACCUGGGGACAGUGGAGGUAUGAACAUGGAUUUUCCAUUCCAUUGGAAUAAGAAAUCCUUGCUGUCCUUGGAGGCAGGUUAGACAAUAGACAAAGUCUAGAAACGAAAGACCUGCCCUGCGGGAUGAUUCUCAUAGCGCCCCGAGGGUGUAGUUCAAAUUCACUGUACUUCCGCGAUAAUAAUAAUCUGGUCGGGUAGCUAGCCUUCUGCUGCUGCUCCUCGUGUUUCCUUACACAGUUUUUUUUUAUUUUUAUUUUUUUUUGAAGUGACGUCACGUUAAAAAUGGAACGAAUGCCUAGGAGGAGUCUAGUGCCGAUGGUGAGUAUUUAUAUCAACUCCAGGCUCUGCCUUAAAAUAUAAAUAUAUCUAUAGCUCUAUAUAUCUUAUUCCAGUUGUGCAAAUAGUCACAGUUUGAAUAGUCUCUUAUUCCGGAGGUAGAUUCAGCUGCAGUUCGUUAUACUUAGAGGGUCUUGUAAUCUUGGGUCUCCGUAUGUGGGUGAGAAGAAACACAAGAAAGACCUAAUAGUGCAGUAAGCCAGGGCUAAAUAGGCCUGUUUUUAUAAAUUAUAAUACUCACAUUUAAGAGAGCUUCUGCCAGCUCUAGUAUGAAUCGCCUAUAGUGGCAUGAUCCCCACUAUUUAGGAUAUGGUGGUGAUGGUUCUUGGCUAGUAGUUGUCCUGGUGCUCAAAGACAAAAAUAAAAAGGCCACAGAUAGUGCUCUCAGUAAGACACUGUAAUUAUGUGAAUAUAAAGGCUCUACUUACAGACAUAGAGCAGGCUCACUGCUCUGUGGUGCCAGCGUUGGUGGUAUAAUCCCCACCUAUGGAUGUACUUGGGGGGGAGUAGUAGUAGAUGAAAAAAUAAAUAAAUAAAUAAGAAAACAAAAGUACAAUAAAAUUAAAUAAAAGCCAGGGAGAAUAUAUGAGUAAAGAUAUUGGUACAAUAAGUGUUGUAAAACCAAAUCCUUUAUUACAUCAGAUAAAAAAGUUAAAUAUCCAUAACGCGUUUCGUCAACAGACUUUAUCAAAUGGAUUAAAAUAUACAACCUGGCUUGUGAGCUUUAAAAAUGGCGCCAAAAUUAUGUGCACCAAUCAGAACUUGAGAAAAUCAUAAUACAUAAAAUCAAUACAAAUUACAUUCAGACUUCAGUAUAUUAAUAGAAGAAGUAUUCUGUACUAAAUAAACUGAGAAAAUAAAAAUCGAGGUUGUAGUGGUGUGCAAAUGGUCAAAUUAAAGCGAUCAUGUGAUUUGCGGCACUUUGCCACAUGGGAAAUGUAGUUUUCCGGCUGCUUUGUGAUAUUAUAAGCAUUGUGGCCGUGUGCAGCCGCCGAGAUGGUAGGCGGUGCACACAUAGUGGAUUAUUACAUGUUAGGUAUGGACCUGAUGUGGGAUUAUUGGGCGGUGCGCCCUGAACGAGGGGCGGUAUCUCGCUGCAUUCAGUGUGCUGGGCGUGUACGGCCGCUAGGAAGGUGGGCGGUGCGUACAUAAUGGGAGUAGGUAAAAGGAAACUUAUGUGGAAUAGGAAAGGAGAAGGUGAUGGAUGAAUAAAGGGGGUUGGUGUGAGUGCAGGGGGCGUGGCCACACCCGCCUCUAUUAUACCAAUGGGGAAAUUAUAGCUAGGGAAAAGGUUUCCUGGCAGCCAUUUUCCUUGUGGACUGGAAGCCAGGGAACUAUUAACAGAGGUAGGAGUUAUAUAAAAUAUAAAAGUGAGAUUUAAUGAGCAUGAAGUAUUAAAAGCUUACUUUUUAAACAGUUUGAAAGGCACAUUAAGCUAUAAGAUACACAUAACAGAGAGCUCUAGAUAGGAUUACAGAUAUUAAUUUAUGCCCUCUAAACUAUAUUUAUAAGUAUAAAUUAAUCAUAAAGUGAGAGUAUCAAAUAUAGUAUAUUUCAUGAUAUAAAUAUGUAUCUUUUUUGUUAAUAUAAUCAUAUAAAACUGUUAAUAAAAGAUAUUAAUAGAAAAAAAAAUUCCAAUUAAAAAGCCACGCAUUACCUGAAGCAUUAAUAUCUUUGUUAUAUACCAUACCUAACAUAACCAUUAUUAUAUAUAACAAUCUUAGUACAGUGCGGUUGCACUGAGGGUGUUCUAGACCGCAAUGCCGUAGGUAACAACUACGGAUAGAACAGCCCCAGUGCAACGACAGCAAAAAUUCCAGGCAGCGCUGACUGAGUGGUAUGGUGCUUAGGUAGUUAAUUAUGGAUAAAAAUUUAAUAAAACCAAUGAGUUAAAAGGGUGAUGGAUAAUAACAUAAGUGAGUGUAUGGUGUACUUGAUAGGUGUGGAGGUAGGUAGGUAGUCUAGAUGAAGUUGAACAGGUCAAACUCAGCAUUUAAACCUUUGGGUGCUAAUGUUUGUAGGUUAAACACCCACUCCAUUUCUGAUCUACACAAAAUGUUCUUUAUAUCUCCUCCUCUCCAGGGGAUUUUGCAUUGCUUUUAUACCGAUUUUAAAAAAUUUGGGUCAUUGUUAUGCAUUAUAAAAUGUUAAGAUACGGAGUGAUUUGAGUAUCCUUUAAUAAUAUUUCGACAAUGUUCUCCUAAUCUUAUUUUUAGGCUUCUUGUUGUUAUUACAACAUAUUGGAGGCCACAUGGGCACUCCAAUAGAUAAAUAAAAAAAUUUGUGUUGCAGCUGAUAAAGUCUUUGAUACUUUGUUAGUUCUCUUUGAUGUGAAACAUUUAGUUUUUGUCAGUACAGUCUGAUCUGUAAUUUUACAUACUUUACAACAUUUACAUUUAUAAAAACCCUUUGUAUCAUUAAAAAAGGAAGUAGGUAGAUUUUUGUUAGGUUUAAGUUCUUUGGUAAAAUUAGUAGUUUAAAAUUGGGAGCUCCUGGGGCGGAGCCUGACUGCGGAGGUGAACAGACACACAAGCCUGUAGCUCCGUGCUCACAGCAGCUACAAACCCUAAAAUCUGAAACCCUUACCUCCGAAAACUAACCAUAAGAGCUCAUUGGGUCGAUCUGGACAACAUGGGGCGCAAAUCUAAGCUACCAACAACAGACAAAGCCACACCGGGACUCACUAUUGGGGACAUGUGGAGGCAAGCGCAUGGCGCCAGCGGGCCCAAUAUGACCGCGCUUUCCGGCGGCUGCUCAAACUUCUCGGAUGGGCUGUCUGACGACGCUGAUGAAGAUUACUUACCCAUGUCCACACCGGCUGCCUCACAAGCGCCAAAACACACCAAAGCAGGGUCUGACUCCUCACCUGUGACCACAGCGGUCCUCAAGAAACUGCUGGCAGACCUACAAAGAAACAUCUUGGCAGGCAUCACGGCGGUACGCACUGACCUGCAGGGGCUGAUGGGCCGCAUAGGUGUCAGGAUUACUGUUUGAUCCAGCACGUAGAACUGUACAGCACGGAUGACAAAUAAGUAACGUAUUACCGGUCCUUAGAAUGGACGGAUUUAACGUACAAAGAAUAGUCAAAAAUACUAGCCGAGGUCAGGGAACACAGAAAGGGACACAGCGAUGAGGAAAGCCAGGAGUCAGGAUACCAGAAUAUAGAGAAGUCAAUAAACAAAGCCAAAGUCAAAAACCAGGUAGAAAACUAUAAACAGGAACGCGCUCUCAGACAACCACAAGGGAAACCACGACAGGGCACUGAGCAGGCUGAGAACUGGGCCUAAAUACCCCUCCUUUAGUUCUGAUAGGCUGUAACCGGCCUUUGACCCCAAAGUCAGUUACCAGGUUUCAUUUGCAUAAUUGCUGCUCAGCAUUAACCCUUCUGUGGAUUAGGUUGCUGCUCGGCACAACUUUUCCUGUGUGGACAGUAAAUGUCAUUAACCACAUUUCUAUAAGCGAAUGAAUAUGUGACAUUACCCCCCACCUGAAGAACGCCCACCGGGCGGACAGGACCAGGCUUGAGAGGAAAUUUAGCGUGAAAAGCGCGGAUCUUACGGCCCGCAUGCAGGUCAGGAGCCGAAACCCAAGAACGAUCAGCAGGACCGUAACCUUUCCAAACAACCAAGUACUGUAAAGUGCCCCGAGAAAACCUAGAAUCCACGAUAGAAGAUACCUCAUACUCUUCCUGACCACCCACCACCACCGGAGGGGGAGGAACACAAGGAACAGUAUAUCUAUUGCAGACAAGAGGUUUGAGUAAGGACACAUGAAAAGUGUUGGGAAUCCCUAAAGAUGCAGGAAGAGCCAGAGAGUAAGACACUGGAUUGAUCCUACGAAGCACUCUAUAGGGACCAAGGAAUCUGGGGGCAAACUUCAUGCUAGGGACCUUAAGCUUGAUGUUGCGAGAUGACAACCAAACCCGGUCCCCCACUUGGUACACCGGGUUGGCACUCCUACGCUUAUCAGCAAAAUGUUUGAAGCGUUCAGCAGCAGCCCCUAGAGCAGUUUGAACCUUAACCCAGGUAUCCCGAAUGGAGGCCAGACGCUCAUCCAGAGCAGGAAUGGCAGUAUCAGAAAAUACCGCAGGGAGAACCGUAGGAUGCCUACCAUUAUUGACAAAAAAUGGACUGUGCCCAGAGGAGUCAUGAACAGCAUUGUUUCUAGCGAACUCGGCCCACGGGAGUAGUUCGGACCAAUUGUCUUGUGUGCUAUUAAUAAAACAACGCAAAUAAACUUCUAAUGACUGGUUAGCCCUCUCAGCUGUACCAUUGGUCUGUGGAUGGUAGGAGGAGGAGAAGGAGAGAUCAAUCCCCAAUUGUUUACUGAACGCCCUCCAGAACCUGGACACAAACUGAGAGCCCCUAUCAGACACAAUAUUGUGGGGGAUGCCAUGCAAACGGACAAUUUCACGUAUGAAAAUUAGGACCAAAUCUUGCGAAGAUGGCAACUUCUUGAGAGGAAUGAAGUGAGCCAUCUUAGAAAAUCGGUCUACAACCAUGAGAAUAGUAGUGAACCCAGCAGAGCUAGGAAGCUCAACAAUAAAGUCCAUGGAUAGGUGGGACCAUGGAAUCUCAGGAACAGGAAGAGGCUGCAACAGGCCACAAGGAAGUGCAUGAGUCACCUUAGAAACUGCACACACAGAACAUGCCUGCACAUACUCCUUUACAUCUUUCCUGAGUGAAUCCCACCAAAAUGAUCUAGUGAUCGCGGCAGUGGACUUAUUGAUGCCCGGGUGUCCAGCAGUUAUAUUGUCAUGGAACACUUUCAUGAUAUUAACCCUUUCACAUAGGGGAACGAACAGUUUAUCACACGGUUUACCACUGGGCGCCUGAGGCUGGGCCUCCAGUAUGGUGCCAAGCAGUGGAGAAGACAGUGAGAGGACAGUAGUAGCAAUAAUACACUCUGCUGGAAUAAUAGGAGAUGUCAUCUGUUCCGGAGCUGACUCAUUAUCAAAUUGCCUGGACAAGGCAUCAGCCUUGGUAUUUUUAGAACCAGGUCUAUAAGUAAUGAGAAAGUUAAAACGUGAAAGGAACAGUGACCAUCUAGCCUGUCUGGAAGACAAACGUUUGGCAUCCCCUAUAUAUGCCAGAUUUUUGUGGUCGGUUAUGAUCAACAGGGGGUCCUUGGAACCCUCCAAAAGAUGUCGCCACUCCUUGAGGGCAAGAAUAAUGGCCAACAGUUCUCUAUUGCCAAUAUCAUAGUUGUGCUCAGCAGGAGACAUCUUUCUGGAGAAGUAGCCACAAGGAUGCAAUGGUGUUCCCUGGCUUUCUCUCUGAGAGAGAACAGCCCCUACCCCUGUCUCGGAUGCAUCAACCUCCAAUAUAAAAGGUUUACUGGUGUCAGGAUGUUUUAGUAUGUCCACAGAGGCAAAUCUUUAAGAGUCUCAAAAGCAUUCACAGCCUCUUUGGACCAUACCGUGCUACUAACCCCUUUGCGAGUCAUAUUUGUGAUUGGGGCUAUUACAGAAGAAAAUCCAUUGAUGAAUCUUCUUUAAUAUUUGGCAAAACCAAUAAACCUUUGAAUGGCUUUUAAACCAGAGGGUAAUGGCCAGUGUAGUACAGCCUCUAGUUUUUUAGGAUCCAUUUGAAAUCCCGAUGCAGAGAUGUUGUAACCCAAAAAGUGGACUUCAGGCUGGUCAAAUAUGCACUUUUCUAAUUUACAAUAAAGUUUAUUUUUCAACAACAUCUGCAGAACCUGUUUCACAUGGGAGUGGUGAGUUUGAAGAUCAGGGGAAUACACCAAAAUAUCGUCCAAAUAAACCAAGACAAAUGAGUAAAUGAAUUCCCUGAGUACAUCAUUUAUAAAGUCUUGGAAUACGGCCGGGGCGUUGCAUAACCCAAAUGGCAUUACCAGAUAUUCAUAGUGUCCACUACGGGUAUUAAAUGCCGUCUUCCACUCAUGAUUCUCUUUAAUUCUAACCAAAUUGUAAGCGCUCCUAAGGUCAAGCUUAGUAAAUACUUUAGCUCCCUGAAGUCUAUCGAACAAUUCGGAAAUGAGUGGAAUAGGGUAUGCAUUUUUUACAGUGAUUUUAUUUAGUGCCCUGUAGUCCAUGCAAGGGCGUAACUCACCACCCUUUUUCUCAACAAAAAAGAAUCCUGUACCAGCUGGUGAGGAUGACUUUCUUAUGUGCCCUUUGCUCAAGGAUUCUUUGAUGUAUUCCUCCAUUAUUUUACUCUCCUGGGGAGAUAAGGCAUAAACUGUCCCCUUAGGUGGCAUAGCGCCUGGAAACAGGUUAAUGGCAAAGUCAUAUGCUCUGUGGGGAGGCAAUACAUCGGAUUGAGCCUUGUUAAACACCUCCUGAAGUUCUCGGUAUUGUAUGGGAACUCCAGGAGUUUGGGGAGUGGUAGUGGGAAGGUCAAUAGUAUCCAAUCUCUUUAGUACUGGUUUUAUACAUCUUCCCAUACACUCUUUACCCCAUUCUAAUAUCUCCCCAUUAGCCCAGUCAAUAUAGGGAUUGUGCUUACUCAGCCACGGAAACCCUAAUAUGAUAGGACAUGAUGGAGAAGUAAUAACCUGAAACGUCAUCUCCUCCCUAUGGGAGGCCCCAAUGGAGAUCGUAAUAGGGACAGUUUCGUGGGUUAUAAGCGGUUGUGUGAGUGGUCUACCAUCAAUAGCCUCUACAGCUAGCGGCGUAGGUCUCUCCCUGACCGGUAUCUCAUUACCCCUAAUAAACUGGACAUCAAUAAAAUUUCCAGCAGCACCUGAGUCCAUUAGGGCACUGCAAGAAAACUUCUUGUUAUCAAGGGAAAUAGAUACCUCAAGGAGGAAUCUACUUUUGUUUUUGUUAGAGGACAACUCCAUCACACCUAAGAUCUGUCCCCUUAAGGUUCUUAGGUGCGGAAGUUUUCCGGACGCACUGGACAAUUAGUUAUCAUAUGUCCCUUUCUACCGCAAUAUAGGCAUAACCCCUCCCUUCUCCUAUACUGUUUUUCGGCCUCUGACAGUCUAGUGACCCCCAACUGCAUAGGUUCGGGUUCGGACUGUACAGGGAGGUUAGACAAAACAGGUUUAGAGAAUUGAGGUGCUAGGGACAUAGCCGUACGUCUGGUCUUGCUUCUGGUGACUUCUCUGAGUCUUAACCUAUUAUCAAUAUGCAUGACAAACGUAAUAAAUUCGUUAAGACUCUUAGGUAAUUCUUUAGCGGCUAUCUCAUCUAGUAUAGUCUCUGAGAGACCCUUUUUGAAUGCUGAGAUUAACCCAUUGUUAGUCCAGUCUACCUCGGAAGCUAAGGUACGGAAUUCAAUAGCAUAAUCCGAGAUAGACCGGUUACCUUGUCUGAUGUGCAUUAGGGCAGUGGAGGCGUCAUCCUCUCUACCCAAUGGCUCAAACGUGAGCUUGAAUUCGGCAAGGAAUUCCUGGUAAUUAUGAGCUAUGCUCCGAUUACUCUCCCACAACGGAUUAGCCCAGGCAAGGGCCUUGCCCUUUAAUUGAUUCAUUAGAUAACCAAUUCUUGCUCUGUCCGUGGGGAAUGACCCUGGUGAGGCCUCAAAAUGGUACUCCACCUGAUUAAGAAAACCCCUGCAUUCCUGGAUAUUGCCAUCAAACUGUAGGGAUGGUGAUAAGGAGAUGCAAGGAGUCCUAUUAACAGUGGGUGGAGGUACACAGGGUAGAGGUGCUAUAGGAGGAGACGCUGCAGGCUGCAGAUGCUCCGUUCUAGCGAGAAGCGUACUUAAAGCCUGAGUGAAUUGAUCCAUGCGGUGAUCAUUCUCCUCUAAUUUCCUCUCGCAAGCAGCUAUGUGCUGACACAGUUCUACAGGAUCUAUGGCCAUGUCGUAAUGUCAGGAUUACUGUUUGAUCCAGCACGUAGAACUGUACAGCACGGAUGACAAAUAAGUAACGUAUUACCGGUCCUUAGAAUGGCCGGAUUUAACGUACAAAGAAUAGUCAAAAAUACUAGCCGAGGUCAGGGAACACAGAAAGGGACACAGCGAUGAGGAAAGCCAGGAGUCAGGAUACCAGAAUAUAGAGAAGUCAAUAAACAAAGCCAAAGUCAAAAACCAGGUAGAAAACUAUAAACAGGAACGCGCUCUCAGACAACCACAAGGGAAACCACGACAGGGCACUGAGCAGGCUGAGAACUGGGCCUAAAUACCCCUCCUUUAGUUCUGAUAGGCUGUAACCGGCCUUUGACCCCAAAGUCAGUUACCAGGUUUCAUUUGCAUAAUUGCUGCUCAGCAUUAACCCUUCUGUGGAUUAGGUUGCUGCUCGGCACAACUUUUCCUGUGUGGACAGUAAAUGCCAUUAACCACAUUUCUAUAAGCGAAUGAAUAUGUGACAAUAGGGGCCCUAGAGGGAACUUCCAACACAAGCACCCAACAAAUUGCCAAUCUCCACCAAACCGUACAAGACCUGCAGCAGCAGACCCUGCUACACGAACACUGCCUUGCGGCCCUAGAGGACACACUGAGACGAAAUCACCUCAAACUCAGAGGAGUCUCAGACGACAUCUCUGAGAGGGAAAUGCCACACUUCUUGAGACGCAUGCUGGCGGCCCUGCUGCCACCGAGGCUGGGGAAAGCCAUCACACUGGACAGAUUCUUCCGACUCCCUAAACCCAACAAAGCACCAGCCACAGCCCCCAGGGACUUGAUAAUUACCUUUCAAAACGGGAAUGACAAAGCAGCGGUCCUCACAACACUACGGGACAAAUCCCCCCUCCACUUUGAAAUCAUGGCGAUAUCAUUUUACGCUGACCUAUCGAGUGGCACGCUGGCAUGGAGGCGAUUGCUCCGACCGCUCACCUCCCUACUCCAACAACAUGGGACUCAAUAGCGCUGGCUCCAAUCCCACAAGCUUAUGAUCAAGCAAGGAAGCUAAACUUACUACAUUCAAGACCUCCAGAGCUCAGCGACACUGCUGCGGGAUAUGGGCUUGUCCAUGGACUCGCUGACACAACAGGGGGUACACAACACCCCCCCCCCCCUCAACCCACACCUGGGAUCCAGCAAGAAAGACAAUUUUCAUCCCCCAAGGAAGAACACCGAACUCCUAUGCAGCUGUCACUACUUGAAGGGUGACUCAAACGACUCAUUAGCCAAGACUGCAUGUUUAAUGAACACUACCCAUGGUUUUACUGACCUGUUAUUCAUGGUUAUGACGACCUCAUUCUACUGUUGUAGAGAUCGCACCCCAUUCUUUUCCCCUACGAUGCCCUACCUAGCUAGCGGACACACCACAGACCUGUCAGCCAACACAUGGCAAAAGAUACUACCAGACAAGGUAACUCCUACACAUAUACACAGGCGGACCGACAUACACCACGCUCGCUCCACUGCCAUCUCAUCGCCCCUGCAGUCACUCACUCACCAUAUGCUUAGUAACAACAUUUACUGCAACCACAUUUCUCUGUGCCAUCGAAAGUAAUCCCAAACUGGGCAAUCGUACACAGAGGGUGGGGAUGCAGCGGUUUCAUGUAUCAUGGUAAUGCAUAAUAUGCUCCGUGUCCAUAUAGCUAUAAGUUACUCAGUCUACAGGGGACACCUAGCCUACAACCUAUUACCUGUACUUUGUAUAACCCUGCAAUAUUAUCUCAAAGCUACAAUGUUCUAGGCAGUAUGUAUAGCCUGUCAGUGUAUUUUUAGUUUGCUAUACCUGUCUCUGUUCGCUCUUGAUUUCCCUGACUCACAAGAGUUGAGUUCUACACUGAAAACACAUGCACUGGUGCUGGCAGGCUGGGCAGUACUGUACUCUACUUAAAUCAAGUUUCACGCUUCUACUGCUUGUUUUAAUUCUGUAACCUUCUACAUUUAACCUAAACCUGCUGUGCAAUCCAGCUAUUAGAUAGAGAGCUACACAACAACACCUGGUUAAAGUUACUAACAGCCUUCUCUGUGACUCCUACAGCCAGUCUUAGUUUAACAAGACGUAGCAGGAUUUCUCCUACUGGCUUGGUACAAGCUUGUUUCACCAAAACACAGGAGCAGCCAGGUACUAUGACAGGCAAAAGUCAGAUCAAUAUAUAAAUGCAAAGUUUUAACCUGACAUUAACCUCUACUGUGCCCAAACUAUGACGUAGAUCUGUGAACCACGCUAAUAUUACUGUUUACCCUUGUUAUGCAUAGUCAGUCUCACAAUAUAUUAUAAAAUUUGCAAUGUUAUUAGAUGCCAUAUCUUUUUCUACCUGUUGAUCAGUUGGCUGGCAAUAGCUAUCUUGGCAAUGCUUGUCUCUAUGUAUUGUUUUUUUUUCUCUGCACGGAAAAUAAAGAAUUAAAAAAAAAAAAUAAUAAUAAUUUAGGAGCUCCUCUAAAAAUUAUGUUUGGUUUGUCAGGUAAAAUACUAUUUAGCGUCUCGUCUUGUUUUAACCCCUUAAGGAUGGAGCCUAAUGUACACGAAACAAAAUGUAAACAAAACCUGGCAUUUGCGCUACAUGUCUGUCCAACUGUAAAUCACCUCUUUCAGAUUAAAUGCACCCACCCUUAUUAUAUAUCAUUUUAUUCAGGGGAAACAGGGCUUUCAUUUAAUAUCAAAUAUUUAGCUAUGAAACAUAAUUUAAUAUGAAAAAAAUGGGAGAAAAUAAGAUUUUUUUUUAUUUUUUUUGUUCUACAUGACAUUUUAACUGUCAAUGUCAUAAUACUGUUUGCUUUUACUGCAAUAAAAUACACAUAUUUGUAUUCAGCAAAGUCUCACGUGUAAAACAGUACCCCCUAUGUACAGGUUUUAUGGCGUUUUGGGAAGUUACAGGGUCAAAUAUAGCACGUUACAUUUGAAAUUGAAAUUCGCCAGAUUGGUUACGUUGCCUUUGAGACUGUAUAGUAGCCCGGGAAUGAAAUUUACACCCAUAAUGGCAUACCAUUUGCAAUAGUAGACAACCCAAGGUAUUGCAAAUGGGGUAUGUCCAGUCUUUUUAGUAGCCAUUUGGUCACAAACACUGGCCAAAGUUAGCGUUAGUAUUUGUUUGUGUGAAAAAUGCAAAAAACGCCAAUUUUGGCCAGUGUUUGUGACUAAGUGGCUACUAAAAAAGACUGGACAUAUCCCGUUUGCAAUACCUUGGAUUGCCUACUAUUGCAAAUGGUAUGCCAUCAUAGAGGUAAUUUUCAUAGGGUCUCAAAGGCAACGUAACCAAUCUGGCGAAUUUUAAUGUGAAAAAAAUGAAACGCAAGCCUUGUAUUUGACGCUGUAACUUUUGAAAACACCAUAAAACCUGUACAUGAGGGGUACUGGUGUACUCGGGAGACUUUGCUGAACACAAAUAUUUGUGUUUCAAAAUAGUAAAAUGUAUCACAGCAAUAUCAUCCGUGUAAGUGCUGUUUGUGCAUGAAAAAGGCAAAAAACUUCACUUUUACUGGCGAUAUCAUCGUUGCAAUACACUUUACUGUUUUGAAACACUAAUAUUUGUUUUCAGCGAAGUCUCCCGAGUAGAACAGUACCCCCCAUGUACAGGUUUUAUGGUGUCUUGGAAAGUUAUAGGGUUAAAUAUAGUGCUAGCAAAUUAAAUUCCCUUUACUUUCGGCAUGGGUUGUCAGGCAGGUCCCGCUAAUUGUAAUUAAGAUACCUAAUUAUGUAAAAAUAUUACAUAAAUAUAUAUGUAGAAUUAACGUGUGUGUGUGUGUGUGUGUGUAUAUGUAUGUAUGUGUGUGUGUGUGUGUGUGUGUAUAUAUAUAUAUAUAUAUGUGUGUGUGUGUGUGUGUGUGUGUGUAUAUAUAUAUAUAAUGUGUAUGUAUAUUUAUUUUUUAUUUAGUGAUAUACCGGGUAAGUAAUGAAAGACCGGAGGGUGUACAAUUAUGCCCGGCGGCGUUUAGAGCCGCCUAAAAUAGGGCGUAAUUGAACGCCCUCCGGUCUUCAGGGGUUAAUAGGUGCCAGUGUUUGUUUACAAUUUUUUUGAUGUGGCCACUUUUAUUGUUGAAAAUAAAAAUUAUUAUUUCUGGAGGGUCUAUGUUAGAUUUGUUCUUUCUUGCUCUUUGACUUUAGUUAUAGUAUUGCUCAGACUUUCUGGUGGGUAACAGUUUCUGCGUAAGCGUAAGAAUUGGCUUUUAGGGGCGCUUUCCAACCAAGGUUUAUAAUGACAGCUGGAUAAGUCUAUGGCUGUGUUAGUACAAACCUUUUUGAAGAAAGUUUUGGUGUUGAGUUUGUUUUUGCUAAAAAUUUGUAAAUCUAAAAAAUUUAUGGAUUCCCUACUGUAUUCAUACGUAAGAUGAUUGAUAAGAGUUAAGUGAGUUUUCACUGACUAUUUCUUGUGAUACGUUUUAUGGUUUUGAAACACUAAUAUUUGUGUUCAGCUAAGUCCCCCGAGUAUAACCGUACCCUUCAUGUACAGGUUUUAUGCUGUUUUCAAAAGUUAGUCAAAUGUAAGGUUUGUGUUUCAGUUUUUCACAUUGAAAUUCGCCUUUGAGACCGUAUAGUAGCCCAGGAAUGAGAAUUACCCCCAUGAUUGCAUACCAUUUGCAAAAGUAGACAACCCACGGAAUUGAAAAUGGGGUAUGUCUAGUCCUUUUUUAGUAGCCACUUAGUCACAAACACUAACCAAAAUUGGCGUUCAAAUUAUUUGCGCUUUUCACACACAAACCGAUAUUAACGCUAACUUUGACCAGUGUUUGUGACCAAGUGGCUACUAAAAGUUAUGUAUGUAUUCAUUGGUGGUAUAGUCUAAAACCAUCUUCAAAAGCUGCAGCUCUUAUGACUGCAGCCUUUUGUAAGCCCUACCCUCUUUCACAGGAAGGGACUUUCAGUCCCUUCACGGUGAAUUGACCAAUCAGAGGUUUCUCAUAGGCACACUGCUUUCGACAACUGAAACAAAGAGCCGUUGAACUUUGCCGGCUGACAGGAGUUUUAUUUAUUUAUAAAACUACAUCUACAUCUCACAUCUACAGGGAAAUAAAGUAAAUACUUAUUUAUUGUAUACUAUUAGAUUUUAUUUACCAUGUAUGUAUGUCAGUUUAAUAGGAAUAGUGCAGAUACAAUAUAAAGGGAGGGAGGGGGUCUAUAUUUAUGAAUAUUGAGGAUAGAAUGCACAAAUGGGUUGCCCCUUUGGUGGGUCCUCACUCAAUUCUCAAGAUGGUUUAGCUCAUCUUGCUUUGUUACAAGGAGAACAUAAAUGAUUUACACAUCAAAUUAAUUCCACCCUGAAUAGAAGUCAGGAUCCAAAAUGCUGGCCAGUGCUAUAUGCAUGAGAGAUGCAUUAACCCCAGAUGAUCGCUUUGUACUUCAUUGGGGCUUAUCAGUGAAGUUAAAUACAUACAAUCUAAAAGUCCCACUGUGCUACUCAUGGGAGCCAUAUGAUAUUAUUUGGCUCCAGGCUUGUGAGUACGUGAUCUCUACGUAAUCCAUAUUAAUAUAUUUACAGACAAUAUUGCACUAUAUGGUUUUAUGUUUUUUUUUAGACGCAUCAAGACGUGUGAUCCACCAUUGUAUGUAGUUAACUUUUGUAUUUCUUAGAGUGGUCUAUGGGGUCCCCACUCAGGUGGUCUAUAGCAUUCUUUGCUAUCACACUCAUCCACUUUUGCUCACUGUAUACAUCUUGUUCUUAUCAGUGAAGUGUAGCUUGUAUCUCUCCAUGCCUAGUGUGACAGAGCUCCUGUACUCAGACCAAGUACGUCCGCCUAGUCUGCGUCCUAGCCGCUUUCAGGAACCCUGGAACACUUCAGCCCCAGUCAUGGAAACUUGGCUGGGAUUUCUCCAGAGCUCUACUCCUCGACCAGUUUGCAGCUCUCUCCUUCCAGGCAGGUAUUGUCUCCUCUGCAGCUCUCUUUCCAGGCAGAUGGCUAAACCUCUACCUGCAGUGUGAUUAGCUCCUUCAUUUAUAAAGGCACUUUCGACCAUCAGGCCUAAUUUUUUUUGACUUUGUUCCAUGCAACCAUCUAACAGGUCCGAAUACUCUGUUACUGGGGUCCCUGGACAAAUUUUUUUUAUUUUUUUUUUUCAACAAAAAACACAAAUGUAGAACAACAAAUCCAUGGUCAUAUUACAGAUACGAGAAAAAGAAAACUGCCUAAAUGUAAACUGAUUUUAUCUGGAAGCAGAAGCAAAUAUAAAGUGCAGGAUGGGAUAGAGAAAGGGAGAAGGUUUAGCUAUGCCCUAUCCUGAAGAGCCAUGAAUUAUAACUAUCCUGUUGACCUCUAACCAGGCCGCUUUCCAUUUUUAAUUGGAAUUUCAGUUGUUCCUUAACUACUGGUGAUGUUGGAACCAUAGUCCGCUUCGAAUACCUUGCAAUAAUCAUUUUUGCAGCCAUCAAAAUGUGGAUUAUAAAGGGGGUUACUUUGUUGCCUACUUGCCUAAUAUUUAAUUGUAGUAGACUUAUUUGUGGUGACAAAAUUAAUUCUACUGAGGUCAAAGUUUUUAUCUUAAAUAUAAUUUUCCAAAAUAGUUGGGUAGGCCCACAGUCCCACCAUAUAUGUAGAUAAUACCCACAUUCUAAGUUACAUCUCCAACAUUUAGAAUCAUACGUUUUUAGAGAAUUUACUUAUUCUGCUGGGUACCAAAUACCAUCUAUUUAUGAUUUUAAACUGGCACUCUACCAAGUUAAGAUAGUGUAUAUAUCUAUGUACUAAGAUUAGGGCAUCUCUCCAUUGCUUGUGACUAGUGAUGUCCCGAACGGUCUGCCGCGGACUCAUCAUUGAGUAAACUUUGACCCUGUACCUCACAGUCAGCAGACACAUUCCAGCUAAUCAGCAGCAGACCCUCCCACCUCCUGGACAGCAUCCAUUUUACAUUCAUUGUGAAGCUGCAUUCUUAGUGAGCUGUCCAGGAGGUGGGAGGGUCUGCUGCUAAUUGGCUGGAAUGUGUCUGCUGACUGUGAGGUACAGGGUCAAAGUUUACUCAAUGAUGAGUCCGUGGUGAACCGUUCGGCGAACCCUUCGGGACAUCACUGCUUGUGACUAAUUUGAAUUCCAAGAUCCCUCUGCCAUUUAUUGAUGAUAACUUACAGGGGUUUGUCUAGGUCUCUUGAUAAAAGUCGUGUACCUGUAGCUAUUAGGUUGUUUGGCGACUCUUUGCCAAGUAUUUUCUUUAACCAUGUUAUUUGAUUAGAUUUUUCUCUAACAACAUACUCCUGGCAAAAACCUUUUAGCCUUAAAUAAUUCAUUAAAAACCUCUUUACUCCCUAUUCUAUAUUUAAGGCUUAGAGAUUGAAAAUCCAUCCAGGAGUUAUUGUCUAGUAAAUCGUCUAUUUUAGAUACACCAUUUUCUGUCCAUUUAUCCAAUUUCAAGUUAGGCAUGUAGUACAACAAAUUUGAUAUUGGUAAACUAGGUAUUAGCUUAUUAUGUAAUUUGGUUAAUUUCUUAAUCUUCUCCCAUUCCCUUAAGGCACUAUUCAAAACAACACUAUGAGAAGUAAAUAUAGGUGAACUAUCCUAUUUUGGCUUAACCACCCAGAAUAGUGGACUCAUAUCUGAGAAAGAGUCUUCAAUUUGGGUUAGGUCGUUCUAUUUUUAUACCAAAUUUAAUUUCUAACUUCACUUAGUUGAGUGAUAACCGCAUAUGAAAAGCUAGAGGCUAUUUGAUCUCUUAAAAUGGUAACCCUCAAUCCUCCUAGUUUCACUUUUAAGGAUAAACAUUUCUAGUUUAUUCUUGGGGUUUUACUUAACCAUAUAUAUUUGUUUAUCAGUGAUUGUGCUAAUGUCACCCAACUAUCUGGACAAGGUAGUGGGACUAUUCUGUAUAGAUAAAACCAUUUUGGUAUUAUAUAAGACCUGAUUACAUUGAUACGCCCCCACCAAGAGAUUUCCAAAUUUCUCCAUUCUUUUAAUUUUCUUGCUGUAUAGUUAAGAAGUGGUAAAUUAAGUUCCAUUAUUUUGUUCACUUCAUUUGCAAUUUCAAUCCCUGGAUAAUUAUUUGAUAGAUCUGCCCAUCUAAAUUCAAAAGAUUUUUCAGGAGUUCAAUAUUAGCCCGGGUAAUAUUAAUAGGUAAAGCAAUUGAUUUAUUAAUGUUUAAUUUGUACCCCGCAUGUAAUGAAUAUUCUUCCUUACACUUUAAAAGGGCAUUAGAAGAAUUCUGCAGAUCAGCUAAAGUCAGUAUGACAUCAUCUGCAUACAUUGUCAGUUUAAUGUGGUCAUCUUUCACAUUCAGGCCCUUUUUGCCUCAUUUCUCCUUAUUUCCACUGCUAGGGGUUCAAUUACCAUUAAGUAGAAGAGCGGGGACAGGGGAUACCCCUGUCUUGUCCCAUUCUUCAAUAAAAAAUAGUCUGAGUUAAAACCAGAACCCAUAACCCUUGCUGUGGGAGUCGUAUAUAACGCUAUUAUUGCUCUACCUAUAUUGUCCGUUAAUCCAAAAGCUUUUAGAACGGCAUCCAGAAAAUCCCACCUGACCCUGUCAAACGCUUUUUAGGUGUCAAGUGACAGGAUCCAGAGGGAAGACUUCUUUGUUUGAUACCAGUCCACCCCAUCUAGCAUCUUUGACUGAAGACCGUUUUAGAAAUGAAACCAGCUUGGUCUCUAUGGAUUAUGUCUAUUAUAAUCUUGCUUAGUCUAUCUGCAAUGAUGGAAGAAUAAAGUUUUAUAUCUCCAUUUAAUAGCGAUCUAGGUCUAUAGUUAGCUAUCGAUUCUGGAGAUUUUUGCUGUUUGAGGAUUGAAACUAUAUGCGCCUUUAACAUCUCAUCAGGUAUCUUACCUUUUCAUCAAGAAGUCAUUAAAGAUAUCAGUCAAAUUGGGUACUAAGUUUUCUUUUAGUAAUUUAUAGAAGAUCUUGCUGAAGCCAUCAGGGCCUGGUGACUUAUGUGAUUUUAGUUUAUUGAUGGCUCCAGCAACCUCCUCCAUUGCUAUAGGCUCAUUCAAUUUCCAAAGUUGGGAGUUUGAUAUUUUUGGUAAUUUUUAGUUCUUCUAAAUAUUUAAUUAAAUCUACUGGUGCUUGUCUGUCUGGUAAAUUAUAUAAAUUAUAAUAUAACUCUUGAAAAGCUUGACCUAUCUUGGUUGGAUCCAAGAGGGUCACAUAAUCUUGGAUGAUCUUAGUUACCCUCAUCUUAACUGUUUCUUUUUUUUAAAUCUGUUUGAUAGUAGUCUAUCUGCCCUAUUGCCUUUAUAGUACCACGUUCUUCUUAGUUUGUCUAGGGAGAAAUUCGCCUUCUGUAUCAGAAGGUCAUUUAUUUUAUCUUUAAUGAUUUUCAAUUUAUAGCAAAGCUCUAUACUGGGUUUAUUUUUAUUAGCGAGUUCGUCUAAUUCUCUAUAUAAUUGCGCAACAUUUUUUGAGCUCUUCUGUUUCUCCUGGUACCCCAACUUAAUUAACUGUCCUCGUAUUGUACACUUAUAGGCGCACCAUAUAAGUGAUAGGGGCACAUCAUCCUUGCAAUUUUCCUCAAAAAAAAGUCUGUCAUUGUCUUCAUUUGAUUUAAAUAUAGUGUUAUUUUAAAAACGCUCAUUCAACCUCCAAUUAGACCUAUUUCUGUUCAUAUCUUCCUUAGUAACCAUUAUUACUGCGUUGUGGUCUGUCCAUGCCAUAUUUAAAAAAUUAAAAAAAAAAAAAAAAUCUCUGGGUCUGAGAUUAUUAAAUAAAUUCUAGAGUAUAUCUGGUGUGCGUAUGAGAAACAUGUAAAAUCAUAUUCCAUAGGAUGAAGGAUACGCCAAAGGUCUAAAAGACCUCUCUUUUUUUUUUUUUUAAGAUUUCACUAAAUGACCUAGCUGAGUUUUUUUUAAAAUGUCUAUUAUUAAUGUUUGGAAUACAAUUAGUCUCCUAAGUAUAUUAUCUUCCCUUGUCUUAUUCUGUCGAUAUUUUUCGAAUGAAUUUUAUAGGGACUUGAUAUGGAGCAUAAAUAUUGACACUCGUAAAGAUUUGAUUGUUAAUUUCACAAAUUAGUAUAUGGAACCUGCCUUCUAUAUCGUCUACCUGAUGGAUAAAUUUAAAAGCAACUCUUGUAGAAACGAGUGUGGCUGCUGCUACUCCUUUUUUUUUUUUUUUUUAUCUUCCUCUCUUGAGGUCACAGUUUUUCAUCAAGAUAAAGUUGUCCUGCACCCCAAGCUGCCUUUUUUGCCCAAGGUUAUUUCAAGUGCUUCUAUGAACCAACCUAUUAUUUGCCUGCUUUUUGCCAGUCUCCUGCAUCAUAGAAACAUAGAAUGUGACGGCAGAUAAGAACCAUUCGGCCCAUCUAGUCUGCCCAAUUUUCGAAAUACUUUCUUAUAGUUAGGAUAGCCUUAUGCCUAUCCCACGCAUGCUUAAACUCUUUUACUGUGUUAACCUCUACCCCUUCAGCUGGAAGGCUAUUCCAUGCAUCCACUACCCUCUCAGUAAAGUAACACUUCCUGAUCUUAUUUUUAAACUUGUGUCCCUCUAAUUCAAGACUAUGUCCUCUUUUUGUGGUAGUUUUUCUUCUUUUAAAUAUAGUCUCCUCCUUUACUGUGGUUCCCUUUAUAUAUUUAAAUGUUUCUAUCAUAUCCCCCCCUGUCUCGUCUUUCCUCCAAGCUAUACAUGUUAAGAUCCUUUAACCUUUCCUGGUAAGUUUUUAUCCCGCAAUCCAUGAACCAGUUUAGUAGCCCUUCUUUGAACCCUCUCUAAGGUAUCAAUAUCCUUCUGAAGAUACGGUCUCCAGUACUGUGUACAAUACUCCAAGUGAGGUCUCACCAGUGUUCUGUACAAUGGCAUGAGCACUUCCCUCUUUCUACUGCUAAUACCUUUCCCUAUACAACCAUGCAUUCUGCUAGCAUUUCCUGCUGCUCUAUUACAUUGUCUGCCUACCUUUAAGUCAUCAGAAAUAAUCACCCCUAAAUCCCUUUCCUCAUAUGUUGAGGUUAGAACUCUAUCAAAUAUUCUGUACUCUGCCCUUGGGUUUUUACGUCCAAGAUGCAUUAUCUUGCACUUAUCCACAUUAAAUGUCAGUUUCCACAAUUCUGACCAUUUUUCUAGUUUACCUAAAUCAUUUGUCAUUUGGCUUAUCCCUCCUGGAACAUCAACCCUGUUACAUAUCUUAGUAUCAUCAGCAAAAAGACAUACCUUACCAUCAAGACCUUCUGCAAUAUCACUAAUAAAAAUAUUAAAGAGAAUGGGUCCAAGUACAGAUCCCCGAGGUACCCCACUGGUGACAAGUCCAAGCUUCGAAUAUAUUCCAUUAACCACAACCCUCUGUUGCCUGUCACUCAGCCACUGCCUUACCCAUUCAACAAAAUUGGAAUCCAAACUUAAAGAUUGCAGUUUGAUAAGCAUUCUAUGUGCAACAGUGUCAAAAGCAUUACUGAAAUCUAGGUAAGCAAUGUCUACUGCAUCACCCUGAUCUAUUAUUUUAGUUAAAAAUCAAUAAGAUUAGUUUGGCAUGAUCUCCCUGAAGUAAACCCAUGUUGUCUCUGAUCUUGAAAUCCAUGUGUUUUUAGAUGUUUAACAAUCCUAUCCUUUAACAUGGUUUCCAUCACUUUACCCACUACUGAAGUAAGGCUUACUGGCCUAUAGUUGCCCGACUCCUCCCUAUUACCUUUCUUGUAAACGGGCACAACAUUCGCUAACUUCCAAUCUUCUGGAACUACUCCUGUUAACAAUGAUUGGUUAAAUAAAUCUGUUAAUGUUUUAACUAGUACACCACUAAGCUCUUUUAAUAGCUUUGGGUGUAUUCCAUCAGGUCCCAUUGACUUAUUUGUCUUUACUUUUGACAGUUGAAAUAGAACCUCUUCCUCUGUAAACUCACAUGUAAUAAAUGACUACUUUUUCCUAACUGAGGUCCCUUUCCUUCAUUUUUAUCUGUAAAUACUGAACAAAAAUAUUCAUUGAGGCAGUCAGCUAGACAUUUAUCCUCUUCUACAUACCUUCCUUCUUUUGUUUUUAAUCUAACUAAUCUUUGUUUUACUUUUCUUUUCUCAUUUAUGUAUCUAAAAAUCUUUUGUCCCCCUUUUUUACUGACUGUGCUAUUUUCUCUUCUGUGUGUGAUUUGGAAGCUCUUAUAACUUGCUUAGCCUCUUUCUGCCUAAUCCUAUAGAUCAUUUUUGUCUUCCUCACUUAUUUAUAAUUCCUAAAUGCUAACUUUUUGUUUUUAACUAUUUUGGCCACAUCUGCGGAGUACCACAGUGGUUUCUUGAAUUUUUAGCUUUUACUGACAAGCCUAAUGCAAUUUUCUGUUGCCUUCAAUAGUGCAACUUUUAAAUAAUCCUAUUUCUCUUGGACUCCAUUUAAAUUGCUCCAGUCUGAUAAUGACUCCUCUACCCAUAUUCUAAUUUUAGAAAAGUCUGUUUUUCUAAAGUCUAAAACUUUUGUUUUUGUGUAGUGUGACUCAGUCACUGUUCUUAUAUUAAACCACACUGACUGAUGAUCACUGGAUCCUAAACUUUCACCUACAGUAAUAUCUGAUACCAAAUCUCCAUUUGUUAACACUAAAUCUAGUAUGGCCUCUUUACGAGUUGGCUCUUCAACAACUUGUUUUAGAGACAAUCCCUGGAAGUACCAAGGAUUUCAGGAGAACUCGAUCAGUGCAUGAACCAUGCCCAAUAACCACAUUCGGACCAAAGGCCUGUAUGCAGCAAAAUCCGAAAACAAUCAUGCAUAUUCAGGACCCAGCGAGCCAGGUGCUAACUUGGAACAAACCACCAAAACGUGUUUUGGUGAUCAAAAAGGUCAGAGAUGCCAGUCUACUGCAGCCUUUUAAAGAACUCUGAGUUUUUCUCAUUGAGGAAAAGGACAUGAUUGUUUAUGUGGAAAAGAAAGUGCUGGAAGACCCCUCUAUCAUCAACGAUGAGAACUUCGGACCAGUGAAGAAGAAAUUUUGCACUUUUCGAGAAGAUUAUGACAUCUCCAAUCAGAUUGACUUCAUUAUAUGCCUCGGAGGGGACGGGACCUUACUGUAUGCGUCAUCUCUCUUUCAGGAUAGUGUCCCACCAGUGGUGGCUUUUCAUUUGGGCUCACUGGGUUUCCUCACACCGUUUAGCUUUGACAACUUCCAGACUCCAGUCACUCAGGUUAUAGAAGGUAAUGCAGCCCUUGUGUUACGCAGCAGGCUAAAAGUCAAAGUGGUGAAGGAGCACAAAGAAAAGAAAUUUGUGAUGCAGAACGGGGUGGAGGAAAACGGUCUUAUUAAGCCAGAAAAGGAGUUGGGAAAGCAAACCAAGUAUCAGGUCUUGAAUGAAGUGGUGGUUGUGGCAGAACCCGCCUCGCCACCUGGCAUUGGAGAGGCCUGGCUGCCCGCCUCCUUCCUGCUGACUAUGGCCCCUGGUAAAGUUGUACUUUUGAAUGCAAUAUUUGGGCAUAUUGUAUUUUAUUGUGCGGCUACUGGCUCUGUAAGCACAGUGAAUGGACUUACUGAAACUUUUUGGACACUUCCUCUUCCCCUCCCCCGGAUCCAUUGUUCUCUAGCAGGGUGUUGUCCCAGGGACACUGCCAAACCAGUGGGAACUGGUUUGCCACGAAAAAUCAUGCUUGCAAGUAAAAACAAAGGACUUCGACCUAACCGUUAAACCCCUGAACCUAUUCAAGUGAAUUUUGGAUAUGUUUGUCCCCAAAUUAUACUGGUUAAGAUAAUAUAAGUUUUAUGUAUGUGCGAUGUUAACUCACAAAGUUAUAAAAAUGUACAAAAAGUAACUUUUCAGCUUGGAGAUAAUUGAGUAGAUACAGUAAUUGACUCAAUUAUCUCCUAAGCAGAGGGGAGGAAUAUGCUGGGUGUAUUUCUAUUUUCCCAUUGUGUCUGAUUGUCUGCUGUACUUGCAUUGUAUGUGUUGUAAUGUGUUUAUUGGUGGUUCUGCAAAACCCUGUGGGCAGUACUAUGUUUUGUGGAUUGUAAUAAAAACCAGGCUGGGUGUGCCAGCACUUGAGUUCCUGUUUUAACCCUCAAAGUGAAGUGUCGUCUCAUUAUUGGGGGAGGAUUUAUUGUAUGCUGUUCCAGUUUGACUGCUAGGAUAGUAAACCUAUUCAUAUGGUUCCUAUUCAACUGUCUACAGCAUUCAUAUGCUUGAGAGCAUUCAUAUGCUCCUACAAUUCGGUGGUUGUGGUGUCGGCUGCAGUGCUUGGAGUCCUCAGGAAGCGCUAGGAGCAUCCUUCAACGGAGGUACCCAGUCGGGGUGCCAGGCGAUCCGUUACAGUGGUGGACAGAGGGCCAUCUUCAUAUCUCUCCAACGUUGAUGUCUUCCUAGAGGGACACCUCAUAACUACAGUGCAAGGAGAUGGGGUUAUCGUAUCUACACCCACAGGCAGCACUGCGUAUGCUGCUGCAGCAGGAGCAUCCAUGAUCCACCCCAACGUCCCUGCCAUCAUGAUAACCCCCAUUUGUCCUCAUUCCCUCUCUUUCCGACCAAUCGUGGUCCCUGCCGGAGUAGAGUUAAAGAUCAUGUUAUCUCCUGAUGCUCGCAACACUGCAUGGGUAUCAUUUGACGGGAGAAAGAGGCAAGAAAUCUGCCACGGAGACAGUAUUAGCAUCACUACCUCUUGUUACCCAGUCCCUUCCAUCUGCUUCCGGGACCCAGUCAGUGAUUGGUUUGACAGCUUGGCAUAGUGUUUACAUUGGAACGUUCGAAAGAAACAAAACAAUUUCACAUCGUAUGAGGAAGAAUUCUGAAGCUGACCAUGCUUACAGUGGACGAGCCACACCUGUUUUCUCUUACUCCAGUCUUUCCGGUUCAUGUGCACCCAAUUUAUGAACAAAAGACCAAACCCAGACAGAAGUGCGUUUUGAAAAACCAGCAACUGCAAAGUACUGGUCUACUGAUAACCAGCUUCCUUUAUUUAUCAACUAGCGAUAUCUUUUAAGAUUAAAAAAACUUUAUAUUUGUGUUUUCAUAGAAAAUAAAAUUGAAAAUAUUAACGUUAUUGCUGCCAGAGGUGUUUGCAGUAGGUUGCAGAGCGUUGCGGACUCUCUGAGCACAAAGUGGUUAGGUAAAUUUGUUUACAUUUUAUAAUUAAGUGUCUCACAACAGAUAAAUCAUAUAAUGUAUUUUUUGUUGUACUCUUUCUUCAAAAGCCUAUUUUGUGACUUUACAUAUCAAAAGAAUAGGAUAUUAUAGGCUACCAUUUUUACCCUUGUGUCUUUUGUUCAACCCAGCUUCAUAUCAAGAGCAAGGAGAGCCAACGCUAAUUUAGGAGACCAAUAGGAAUAUAAAUCAUACAAUUUGAGUCCGUACUCUAUUUUUCCAUUGGCGUAUUCAUUAGUAAAGCAGGCCACCUGGACUUUGUGGGUUUUAAAUGAACUUUGUCUCCAAUAUAGUGAAGCUGAUUGAUGUUUUACUGAGGUUUUUGAGCAUUCCAUUAGUGGAAUUUUUAGAGACAUUAGAUCAAUAUCUGACCUUCAUAUGCACUCGUAUACAAAUGUUUUUGAGAUACAUUGUCCCAUGUGCACUGUAGAAAAAGUAAUUUUCAAGUAUCUGUAGUGCUAACGCUAGCAAUCACCACAUUAGAUUAUUUACAUAGGAAUUUAUUUCACUUGUUUCAUACCUCUUUUAAAACAGUGCUAGGAGGUUGAGUUUGGAUUACAGUUUAUGGAAAAUACCAGUGAGUUUAUGUGUUUUCUUCAAAUAGUAGUUCUGUUAUUUAAAAUAGAUGGCCAUGUAUCUUGGAUCUGGACCCAUUAUUGAACAUCCACUAAAGUACAUUGUUCUUUUGUAUCAUAAAACCAAAUACCCUGCAUCUGUGCAAUGUUUCAAAAUAACAAAGUAUUUUGCAGAGUUUAGAAUGUGUGCUCCUGGCACAAGUAGCUAAUUUUGUUUUCCAAUUUACAUCAGGAAGAUUAAAGUCACCCAUGAUGAUAACUUCCCCCUUCAUUGUCAUUUUAGCUAUUUCCUCAACUAGUAGAUUAUCUAACUCUUCAAUUUGUCCUGGGGGCCUAUAAAUCACACCUACACGAGUUACUGUGUGAUUACCAAAUUCUAACGUAACCCAAACGGACUCUAUGUUUGCCUCACUAACUUUUAUUAGGCUAGAUUUUAUGCUAUCCUUCACAUACAAGGCCACCCCUCCCCCUUUCUUGCCUUCCCUAUCUUUUCUAUAUAAAGAGUACCCUGGUAUUGCUAUGUCCCAGUCAUUUUUCUCAUUAUACCAUGUCUCCGUAACAAUGACUAAAUCUACACUAUUAGUUGCCAUUAUUGCCACAAGUUCAUGGAUCUUUUUCCCUAAACUGCGAGCAUUUGUAAACAUGACUCUAAGCUUAUCAUUUUUUAACACACUUGCUACAGGCACCUUCUGUCCUUGUUUUGGGGGACAAUUGGAUUGAUGUUUUAUCACCCUUUUGCCCUCCCUCUCCCCCCUCCUAGUUUAAAUUCAUCCUAGCAAAACCUCUGAACUGCUCACUGAGAAUAUUUGUUCCCUUUUGAGAAAGAUGCAAACCAUCUUUUUUGUACAACUUAUUUCCAUUCCAAACAGAGCCACCAUGAGAAAUAAAGCCAAAUCCUUGCUCUCGACACCAUUCACCAAGCCACAAAUUAAAGUCCCUAAUACGCAUCCACCUGUCGUUGCACAGGCAGAACUUCAGAGAAUGACAGUGUGGAAGCAACCUGCCGUAUAUCAUUGGCAAAAACACUAAAAACUUCCUUAACCUCUGAAACCUCAUUGCAAGCCAAGUCAUUUGUCCCUAGAUGGACAAGUACAUCCAAUUCCCCUUCCUGCUUUGCUUGCUUAACAAUAUUACAGAUACGUCUCCUGUCUCUGUGAGCAGUAGCUCCGGGAAGACCUCACAAGACCACCAUUGUCCAUCUCCACACCUCUUAUGAUGGAAUCCCCCAACAACAACAAGCCAGUCUCCAACACCACUAGCCUCAGUGCCUCUCUCCACGACACCACUAGCCUCAGUGCCUCUCUCCACGACACCACUAGCCUCAGUGCCUCUCUCCACGACACCACUAGCCUCAGUGCCUCUCUCCACAACACCAUUGCACUCUGAAAGUGCAGAAAAUGAAUUAUGUAGAGCAACAGACUGUGCAAAAUGUCUUUUAUCCACAACUCUAAGUCUACCAGAUCCUACAGUAAUCCAUCUGCCAUUCCUAGUAAGUCUCUGCGGCAGUGGCUUUGCAGCAGUCUCAGUCUGAGUUUGUUCACCAGAUAAUUUACAAAUCUUAGACUUCAAAAAUACAAUCUCCUGCCGCAAGAUAGAGAACUGUCUACAGAUUAGACAACAACUAAAUCUCCAAAAAGUAGAACAUGAAACAAAUGCAUAGCAACUAUUACACUGAACUAAGCCUGCCAUUCCAAUGAGGAAAAUAAUUUAACUCAAACUAAUAUUAACUUUUUUCUUUAUCCUCCUGAAUACCUCAGAUUACCUCCAGUUUCUCUCCAGAAUAUCUCCAACUACACACUUAGAAGCAACUCUCUCCAGAAUAUCUCCAACUACACACUUAGAUGAAGCAACCAAGCUAUAUUAGCCAAGAUAAUAACAACAACCCUUAUAUAACUCCUAAAAUCACCACCCACUAGGAAUGUUUAACACCUGGGUAGGCCUCUGCUUAUUUGCAAACAAUAGCUAAUUAACCAGCAAUCAAUAGCAAGUAACUAUCUUAAUCAAAUCAAAUGCCUUAUAAUUACCAACAGGAAUUCAAACCUUGUGCAAUCAGUAACCUUUUCCUACAGAUGAAUCUUACCUGUAACAGGAGAAAAGAAAGCUCUUAGCAUAACUCUUAGACAGUUGAAGCUUCUGUAAAACUCUCCAGAAUAUCUCCAACUACACACUUAGAAGCAACACUUAGGUGAAGCAACCAAGCAUCUGAUGUUGAAAGAAAGUGGCAUCUCCUUGAUAAGAGCCCUGAAGGUCUACCUUCAGAAGACUCAGGGGUUUAGGACCUCAGAUCAUCUUUGUCUCCUUUCAAUGAACUAACAAGGGUUGUGCUGUCUCCAGACCCUCUUUAGCCAGAUGGCUGACCAAUACCAUCAGAUUGGCUUAUCAAUCCAAAGGGAUUCCACUUAGAUUUCCAUUAAAGGCUCAUUCCACUAGGGCUAUGGCAACCUCCUGGGCUGAAAGAGCAGCUCCCGCCGCCUGAAGACAUCUGCAAAGCAGCUACUUGGUUGUCGUUGCAUACCUUUUAUUAAACAUUAUAGGCUGGACAAAUUCUCAUCAUUUGAAGCUGCUUUUGGGCGUAAGGUGCUACAGACAGUGGCCUUCUGAGUCCCCACCCUUUUGUUUUGUUUGCAGGGGUCUUGCUAUAUCCUACUUGUAAGUACUGCCACUAUACAAGAGGAAAAACAGCAGUUUUACUUACUGUAAAUUCCUUUUUUCUUAGUAUAGUGGCAGUACUGGCUUUCCCUCCACUUUUAUAUGGAUUAAAUAACUUUUGCAUUAUUCAGUCUCCGUUUGGUUCUUUUGUAUUACUGGAGUUGUACUCUGGCUCACAGGUUAUAUGGAGGCAGCAGGCGGAGCACAACAAUUAUCUUCAAAGAAGGAGGAGCUUCUUGUCCAAAACCGGAAGGAACAUCCCACUUGUAAGUACUGCCACUAUACUAAGAAAAAAGUUAUUUACAGUAAGUAAAAUUACUUUUUUUCUUUGUGGGGCGGGGCCUGGCUGCCAAACUGAAAGGCUGCAUGCAGUGUGGGCUCUGUACAAAAGUUGACAAUUAUCACCUAAAAACAGUAUUUUGAAAGCAAACAAACGGCUAAAUUUGUGCUACCUACCUGCAAGCUACUCUGCUACAGCACAAGGGUUUCCAGGCGUCCGACAAGCAGAUUGAGCCCACACCGCCACUGAGGCCUACCUCGAGGUGAGAGCCUGGGAGAAGCGGACGAUCUCCGUACUGCCUCCCUGACCGGAAUAAGCUGACGUUAUACGGGUCCCUGCUCCCCCCCCCCCCUGCAGGUGGGGGUUAUCCCGACACCAUCACCACAGCCAAGCUUCAUCCCUGACAAGCACAUUGUCUUAAAGCAAAGACAUAGAGGAGCGCAAUCUGCCUCAAAAUGGUGGCUACUGCACCAGCUACAGACACACCGAGCCGACUGCAGACACUCGAGCAGAGCCUGGACGACUUCCUCGCAAACUUCUGGCAGAGAAUGCAGAACAAAGGGGCACAGACCCAGAGGGAGCCGCUACACCAUACACGACCGCAUUACUCACCGCCAGAAAAACCGCGGGAAGAAAAGACCGCACAUGACGCCCGGGAAACUGAGACCAGCGAAGCGGAGAAGGUGGCCCAUAAAAUCCGAGGCUCGCAUCUGCGUUCCUGGGCUGAGUGCCCAAAAGGGAAACACCCUGCUGCGUACCCCACAUGCCCGGACGGGACUUUUCCAUCACACAACCGCCCGGACCUCGCUUGCGGUGGAAAGUGCACAAGGGCCCUUGAAGGCCUGGGGCCAGCGGAGUGGCCAAAAUUUGAUGCGGCCCCUAGACCAACCUGCUGGCAACUUUUAAGCCUGCUACAUAUGUCUUGCCAAACCCUGCCCUUUAGCCUUUAUGUAUGUUUAGCGUGAAAAAAAUUAAUCUAAGAGUAUGCUAGCUCUAAGACACGCUUUUCAUGGUAGUACUCCUUUAUUAUGAACCGAUAUGUCUUAUUUUCACAUCGUUUUUACCUAACUAGUACAGGCUAUAACUUAAGACAUAAGUACCUAACCUGCAUUUACUAACAAACAAAUGGUGCCAUUCUUGCAUGCCUUAAUACUGUAUUCACUGUAUUACUAUUUUAGCUUGUACAUGCUGUUGUGGCGAUACAAGCUUAUGUUACGCACUGCAAAAAUAAAUAUUGACAAAAAAAAUUACUGUUUUCUUUGAUAUGCAAGUUAGUUUGAGAAUGGCCGUAACAACAUCUUGUUCCUGCAUGUCAAACUUUCAUAUCUUAAAUUACUUACUUAUGUUGUUGUUCUUGGUAUUUAUAUUAUAUUAGUGCCAACUAAUUCUGCAGCACUUUACAAUAAAUUAGACAAUUACAGUGACACAGGAACAAUAGGUACAUGAGGACCCUGCUCAAACGAGCUUACAGUCUAGAUGAGGUGGGGUACAAAUACACAAAAGGGCAGCAAGGGUGACCGCCACCAAACAAGGUGGAAAGGUAGCAGUGCUGGAGUUGAGAGUGGAGUAUGGCUUUUUUUUUUUUUUUUAUAAAUUCUUUAUUUGUGAAGAAUUUUGGGGUAAGGGUACAGAAGAGAAAUAGGGAGUAGACAGUUACAAUAUGAGUCAUGCUCAAUUUGCUUUUCUAGUUCAACCAGUUUCAUUUUGGUUAACACAUUCUGUCUAGGUGUUUGCGAUCUUUGCUUCUUUAUCUAGUGCUUCCUUUUGUUCUGUGUGGUGGUUCGAUUGUCUACUGAUUGGGACGGGGUACAGAAAAAAGGAGGGGAAGGGGGUAGGAUACCCUAUUGUGUUGCCUUUUUGUCGUUAAGCUAUUACAGUAUCCUCUUACUAAGUUUUUUGUCCGGUUUGUCGUGAACCUUUCGGUUCUGUGAGUGUGUGUAUUGGCUGUGUUUGGUUGUUGGGUCACAGCACUCCUCUGUGUUGUCUUUGGGCGGGAAGAGGUAUGGGUCGGGUAGCAUGUGUGAGGUGAUUGUCUGUCUUUUCGACUCUAACAGGCUUGUGCAUCGUUUUGGGUGAUAUGUGUGUGGGCGUCCGUGGUGUCAUUUAGUCAUGUGGGUGUUGGUUUGUGUAGGGGUUUCGGUCUUGAGUGGGUUGUGAUUUUUCUGUGUGUCCUGUGGGGUAGGACUUUUCGCCCCGUGCUCCCUGUGUUGGUGGGUGGGUGUUUGUUCUGUUCUCUAAGUGAUCUUUUCCACGUGUCCACCUUCCUUCUCUUUUGUUUUCUAGGUCCAGAGGUGGGCAUGCCCCUUGCGGGUUCUUGUGUAUUUUCAGGUCUCAGUUGUUAGUAGUUAGUAGUUAGUUUCCCUCUGUAGGGGGUAUUUGUGUGUUGUGUGUUAGCUGGGUUAGGUUGUUCUUUUAGGAAAGUGUUAUGGGGAGGCUCGCUCUUUUGCGGUGAGGGCGUGUGUUGUUUCACCUUGUGGGGUGUUUCCCCCGUUUGAUAUUUAGGGAAGGGUUGGGAAUUCAUAGAUCCAGGGGUCCCAAAUCUUGUUGAAGUGUUUGGUCGUGUCGUGAAUUAGGGCGGACACUUCGUCCAUUUUUAUUGUGUCUUUGAUUUUUCGUUUAACUGUGUCUAUGGUUGGUAUGUCCGGGCUUCCCCAUUUUUCUGCGAUUGUUCUUCUCGUGGCCAGGGCAAUUUUGGCAACGAGUUUGUUUUGGGCCCUUGGGGUGCCUGCCAUGGGUUUGGACAGGAGCCAAAUCCAUGGGUCUAGUGGGACAUUUGUAUGUAGGACCUGUGAUACCAUGGUCGCAGUUUGGUGCCAUAGUUGCGCUGUGUUGGGGCAUUCCCACCACAUGUGGAGGUACGUUCCCUUCUGUCCACAGCCCUUCCAGCAUGCGUCGUUGUCUGACCUGCCCAUCUGUUUGAGUUUUAGGGGGUGAGAUACCACCUCAUGAGCGUCUUGUAAGCUUGUUCUUUAUGGUUAACGCAUAUUGAGAUGGUCGCUGUGGCUUCCCAAAUAUCGGCCCAGUCUGAUGGUUCUGCCGCUGGACCUAUAUCCCUCUCCCAAGCCGACACGUAUGUGAGUGCUCCGUCUUUAAUGUGUUGUAUUAUGUGUGAGUAUAUCUCUGAUAUUUGGCCUUUGCGUGCUGGUGUUUGUAGGCAUUGUUUUUCGAAGUGGGUCAUCGUUCUGGUCCCCCCCUGUGCUAUUGUCGGUGUUUCCAGGAAGCUUUUUAUUUGUAUGUGGCGGAACAUGUCAAAUGUGCGGAACGGGGUGGUUUGUGGAAGCUCUGUGAAUAGGAUUGGUGCGCCAUCUUUGUAGAAGUGGUAUAAUCUGGUUAGGUCAUUGUCUUCGAAGCGCGUGAAAUCUUUGGGCGUCAUGCCUGGUGGGAAUUGUGUGUUCCGGAGUAUGGGGGUUAGCGGUGAUGGUUGGGUUGUAAGCCCGCUUUUGUGUGUUAUUUUAUCCCAUACCUUGAUGGUGUUUAGGAUUGCGGGGGAUGUUUGGGGUAGGGGGGGCCUCGCUGUGCCAGGUAGCCAUAUGUACAUGGAGGGGAAAUCCCUGCCAAAUAUAUCAUGCUCCAGGUCGACCCAUCUUUUGGCCCCUGGUAUGAUGUGCCAAUUCUGCGCUUGUGUUAGCUGUGCGGCCUGAUAGUAGUGGGUGAGGUGUGGUAGGCCUAACCCCCCUUGUUUAUUGGGUACGUAUAGGGUUUGUCUUUUUAUCCUGGCACGCCUGUUGGCCCAUAUAAAUUUAUCAAUCUUGGUUUGCAGCUGUUUAAAGUCUGUGGCGCGUAUCGGGAUUGGGAGGGUCUGGAACAGGUAUAAAAGUCGCGGCAAGGCAUUCAUCUUAACGGAUGCCAGCCGGCCAAGCCAUGAUAUCGGCAUGUUUUGCCAUCUUUCGAUAUCGUGGGUGAUUUUUUGGAUCGUGGGUGUGUAGUUCAGGUCGUAGCAUUGGGAGAGGUCUGCUGGGAUGGUUAUGCCCAGAUAUUUUAGGUGGGUGAGUGUGAGGUCGAAUGGGUAUAUGUCCUGUAUAGCUAUUUUGGUGGUUGUGUCUAUGUGUAUCGGGAGGGCCUCCGUUUUGUCGAUGUUGAGCUUGUAUCCCGAGACUUCGGCGUAUGCUUUUAAGGCGUCUAGGAGUGGUGGUAGGGAUGUUGCUGGUUCUGUAAUUGUAAGGAGCAAGUCGUCUGCGUAUGCCGCUGUUUUAUAUUCUUCUUCACGUAUUUUCAUUCCUUUUAUGUCCCUGUUGAGUCUGAGAGAUUGUAGGAGUGGUUCUAGGGACAGUGCGAAGAGUACUGGGGAAAGUGGUCAUCCCUGGCGUGUACCGUUAUGGAUUGUGAAGGUCGGGGGGUGUGUGAGAGGGAGGAGGAGAUGUGCUUGUGGUGUGGUGUAAAGUAUCUGUAGGGCGUUUAUAAAGCUUCGCGGGAAUCCGAAUUUCUCUAGGGUGGCGAAUAGAAAGGGCCAUAACAGUCUGUCAAAUGCCUUUUCGGCGUCCAAUGAUAGGAAGAGAGUUGGGAUGCGUCUCGUGUGGGCUGUCCAAAUGAGGUUGUAUGUACGUCUUGUGUUAUCACUCGCCUGUCGUGACGGUAUGAAGCCCACUUGGUCUGGAUGUAUGAGUUUGGGUAGGUUGGGGCUUAGUCGGUCCGCUAGGGUUUUAGUGAAUAAUUUAAUAUCUACAUUGAGGAGUGAGAUAGGACGAUAGUGUCCGGGUUCAAGGUUUGUUUUGUUGGGCUUGGGGAGGAGGCAUACAUUCGCUUGUAGCAUGUCGUUCGGUAGUUGGUCUCCCUGUAGUAUGGCGUUGUAUAGUGUGCAGAGGUGUGGGAUCAAGAUGGGGGCGAAUGUCUUAUAGUAUAGCCCUGUGAACCCGUCUGGGCCCGGGCUUUUGUUGGGUUUGAGUGCUUUUAUCUGUCCUUCGAGUUCUUCUGGUGUUAUGGGGCUGGCAAGGACCUGUGCUGCUUCUGUGGAUAGGGAAGGCAAUGGGAUUUGAGUUAGGUAAUGGUCUAUUAGUGUUUUGGUUGACAUUGGGUGUUGUCGUGUUUCAGGGGUGUGGUCGUAUAGGGUACUGAAGUAGUCUUGAAAGACUCUGGCUAUUCUCUCUGGAUCUUCUGUGGUUUCCCCUCUCGGGGUGGUUAUUUUGUGUAUCCGUUUAUUUUCGCUUCUUUGUUUGAGUCUGCGGGCAAGUAGCGUGUCAGCUUUGUUAGCCUUGUCGUAGUAUAGCUGUUUUGUCCAGAGUAAUGCUUUGGUUGAAUCUUUCGCCAUGUGUUCUUUAAUCUUGUUUUGGCAUGUUAAGAUUUGCUCAUUGAGCUCUUGUGUUGGUGCUAUUUUAUGUUUUGCCUCCAGGGUUCUUAGGGUCUGCAGUGUUUGUUCGAGGAGGGCCACCUGCUUCUUUUUGUGUAUCGUUGCUUGAUUAAGGCUCCCCUGAUUACCGCUUUGUGUGCUGCCCAUAGAUUCCCUUCGGAGGUUGCUGUGCCUUUGUUGAUUUGGAAGUAGUCUGUUAUGGAUUUGUCAAUCGUUUGUUUGAUUAGUGGGUUGUGUAGGAGGUGUGGGUUUAGGCGCCAUGUCCAGGGUCUCGCCGUUCCUGACAGGUUAAUGGUCAGUGUUAUCUCAGCAUGGUCCGACCAUGUGAUGGGGCCUAUUGAUGUGUUUUUAGUCAUAGGCGCCAGUGAUGGUGAUGUGAGGAAAAGAUCUAUACGGGAGUGUGAUUGGUGUGGGUGUGAAAAGAAGGUGUAGUCUAGGGUUGUGGGGUUCUGGGCUCUCCAUGCAUCUAUGAGGCGUGUGCGGGAGAUGAAGGCCGAAAAGAGUUUAUCUGCUUUUGCUGUUGGUUGUCUUCGUUGCCUAUCUGGCUGCGAACGGCGUCUGUCUACCGUGGGUGAUGGGGUAGCGUUAAAGUCGCCGCCUAUUAUGGAGUGGUGGGAGGGAAAGAGAGCUAGGUGUGCUUGUAUUGUCUGCCAGAAUGAGCCACUUGGGGUAUUUGGUGCGUACAGAGUAGUGAUAGCGUAGGAGCGUGUGCCUAUCUUGCCUGCGACUGUGAGGAAUCGGCCUUGUGGGUCCGCUACCGUCCGUUGUAUGGAGAGGGGGCAUGAUUUCCGUAGAACGAUGGCUACCCCGUUAUGUUUCUCUUGUGGAGAGCUGGCGAAGUGGUUUACUCUAUAGUGUCGGCUCAGGAGAGGGAACUGUUUGGUUUGCGUGAAGUGUGUUUCCUGUAAGAGGAGUACGUCUGCUUUAGUUCUAUUUGCCCAUCUCAUAAGCUGGUGUCUUUUUGCGGGGCUGUUCAGGCCUUUGCAGUUGAUUGAUAGGCAGGUCAGAGUGGCUGGCAUGCCAGUUGGUGUGGCGCGAGCCUUUGAGUGCACUUUGCCUUCUUGUCUGCGGUUGCGUUAGUCUGUGGUGUGUGGGGGGGUUGUGGGUAGGUUGGGGGGAUUGGGGUGGGGUGGUGGUGUGAAGUGCUGUUGUGAGGAGGUGUGUAUGUGGUUUGGACUGAGUUGUACCAGUAGAACUGGUAAGUGGGAGUGUCAGGUGGGGCCUGGUCUUACCGGUCAGUUGCCAGGCGUCUGGUGGGCGGUGUGAGUCACGUUCGAGGGUGGGCGAAUUUAGUGUGUGUUAGAGUGUGGGUGCUUAUAUGUUUUGGUGUGUUUCGAAUGUGGGUAGUGGUAUGUGGUCGAUGGAGUUUGUUGGGGGGAUAGAAGAGUGACUGUGUGACGCUCUCUCCUCUACCCCGGGUGUCUGGUGUCUACUCCGAGGGUGCGGCGCUUUUGGAGGGGUUUUAUGUGGUUUUGCUCUGUGUUGUUGCCAGGUCGUUUCUAGAGUUUGUAUGCUUAGUGUAUAUCUGGGGUUUUUGCGUUUGUUGGUGUGCUGCUGAGAUGUCCAGUGUGAUGUCUGUUAUGUUAGUGUCCGAGUGUGGGGUUUUGUUCUUGGUAGAAUUCGGUGUUUGUCUUCGUUCUGUGGGUGUUGUUCGCCUUGUGUGUGGUUGUAUUGCGGCAAUAUGAUGCUUGUGUGUUUGCGUGCAUUGUGGCGUGUUUGUGGUCGAGGCUGGUGUAUAUUGUUGACUGACCUGUCCGCGUCUGUCGGCCUUUGAGGUCCAAUAUGUGGGUUGGUGUUCUGUCAUCAGGCUACCAGGGUCCUUUUGGGGAGGUGGUGUGACACUUGUGUCAUAACUUUAACAGAAAUAAACAACAUGUUAUCAAUAAUCCAUAAACUUCAACUGUAACCUUGGCUCGUGGUGGCCUUGCAUCGUGUGCCCAGGGUGGGUGUGUUAGUUCGGUACGGGUUGCGGUGGGGGGUCUUGCUCAGUGUGUGCUAGAGACUUUCGACGGAUCCCCUUGUCCCCUCUCUGUCUGGCCCCUGUUUUCCCCGGAUAUGUUGUGUGUGUGUGUUGUAUUCCGGGUUUAGUUGUUUUUUGGGGGGUUUUCUCUGUUUAGUGGGGUUUUUCGUGCCUUUCUCAGUUACCCCUUGUUUUCUUUUUGGGAGAGUAAUCUUGGGUCUUAAACUCUGGUUGGUGUAGUGUGAGGUUUCCUGACGUUGUAUUUGGCUGUUGGGCCCCCUCCCUUUUCUGCCUUUAGGGCUUGAGACCCUCCGAGCAUCGGUGGUUGUUUGCGGGUGCCGUUUGCAGGGCCUGAGUUUAAACUCUAGUAUGUGAUCUGGGUUUCCUGCUAGUGUCUGUGUUGUGGCCCCCGCUAUUCUGUGAUGUGUUAUGGGGAUCCGAGCUUCGGGUGGGUAUUUAGAGGGAGUUGGUGGUACCUUGUGUUCCGUGCCCUCUGCCCGAUACCCAGCGUUCCCUUGUUUGUAGGGUUCAGUGCCCCCUGAGUCUCAGGUGUAAUCUAUGUGAACUUUGUUCAGUCUAUCUGUCUCUGGGUUACUUGUCAGUACGAUAGAGCAUAAUGUGUGGGCUAACUGUUCUCGGUAGUCUGCGCAUCUUGUACUUGAUGUGGGGUUGCUGCUGGUGUCCAUUGUUGCGGUUAAUUUUUGGUGCUAGGUUUAGGGAGGUUGUUUACCCUGCAUUUUGCGGGUGCUGGUCUCAUAGCUUGAAGGGUGUUCCCUUCGUUUGUGCGCCUUGCAACUUUUUGCCUUGGCUGUUGCCUGUCAGUGUGACUUCAUUUUAGAGGUGCAUGUUUCCGGCUAUCCGGCUAUUCUUUUAGGGUGUAAGUGCUUUGGUCACAUUGUGGGGGUCCUUUCCCUUAAUGGCCCCCUAAGGGGGUGUGGUCCGCGUUUUGUUAGGAUGGUGCCCCCCUCCCCCCCAUCCCCCCGAGCCUUAUGUGUUCCCUGUAGUGGUAAACUUACUGCCUUGGUCUGGCAUAAACAUUAACCAUUCAUUAACCCCCUAUUGGGGCAUAACCUCAUAUAACAACAUAUAAAUAUAAAUAUACUACCGGCUGUGCCGUGAUUGUAACGUCCGUGAGCCCGGUUUUGGCGUAAAUGCCACAAUUCGGACUUGGUGUAAGGUAGUGUCCUGUGCGCAUCGAGCGCUACCGUUCAGGUGUCCGUGUGGGUGCUCUUGCGAGGCCGUCGAGGCUUUCUUCUUCGGCUGCGUGCGCGCCAUGUUUGCGCGGGAAUCAUUUCGGCGGCCUGAGCUUUCGUUGAUGGUGAGUUGAGGGUCCGCCGUCGGGCACCGCAGUUGUAUCCCCAGGUGAGUUGCGAAGUCUCGCAUAUCUGAGACUUGGUGAAGGGAGUAAGUUUGGUCCCCUUUUUUAACCGUUAUGCGGAAGGGGUGCCCCCAGGUGUAGCGCCAGCCGGCCUCAAGUAGAGCUGUAGUUAGGGGCUUCAGCUCCCGCCGUUUUCUUAGUGUUGAGGGGGCCAAGUCCUGGUAGAAUUGAAGCUGUUGCCCCUGGUAGACUGGAGGACGAUCUCUGGCUGCCUUCAUGAGCUGCUCUUUUACCGGGAAGUGUAGCAAUUUAACGAUAACGUCCCUUGGUGUAUUUGUGUUGGGGAAGGGGGGUCUCAGUGCCCUGUGGGCCCUUUCGAUAUAGAUGGUUUGCCCUGGGUUGUCCGGCAGCAGGGACUGGAAUAUUGCUGUAAUGGUAGGGAGUAUAGCCUCCGGCAUGACAGAUUCUGCUAGGCCUCUUAUGCGUAUGUUUUGCCGCCGGGAUCUAUUAUUUAGGUCUUCCAUUCCGUCCUCCAGAAAUAGGAUUCUGUCUUUUAGUAUCCCCAUGUCCCUGCCAUGGUCCGCCGCCUUUGUUUGUAUUUCUUGAAGCGUGCGUUCGGUGUCGCCGGUGCGUGAGGCCAGCGCCUCGAUGUCACUUUUGAGGCCUGCUAUUUGUUUUUCAAGGGCUGCUGUGGUAUAGGCCUUGAUGUCUGCCGAAGUUUCCUUCAGCAUUUUUCGAAGGACUUCUUGAGUUAAGGGUGACGCGUGGGUGCUCUCGUGCUCGCUCUCUUCCGAUUCUGCGCCGGAGUUUUCUUGGCUUCGGGCCCAAGAUGGCUGCCUGUCUUCUUUUGUUCGGAACAUCGUGGCUACUGAUGGGGUUAACUCCCUUUUCUUUUUAGAGCCCCCCAUGUGGGUGAGUGUGGUCGUUGUCUGUGGGUAGUUUCGUUGCGUUUUGGCACCUUAGUGGAGGCUGAUGGAUGCGGAUUUUGUGCCCGGGGUGAGAGAGCUGAGGCAACACACGUCUUACUCCAUUGACAGUUAGGCUCCGCCCCCCAGUAUGGCUUUUUUUUAGGAGAGGAAGAGACAGAUUUGAAGAAGUAUAGUCCAUAAGCAUUUUUGAACAUAUGUGUUUUGAGGGACUUCUUAAACAAUUGAAGACUAGGGGAGAGUCUGAUGGGGUUAGGCAGGCUGUCCCAAAAGGAGAGCUGCCCGUGAGAAGUCCUGCAAGCAAGAGUUAGCCGUAAGGGUGCAAGCAGUGGACAGGAGAACGUCACAGGGAGAGUGGAGAGACCGGGUAGGGGCAUAUCUAUGAAUCAGGGAAGAAAUGUAGGAGGGGUUAGAGCUUUACAGGAAAGGGUUAGUAUUUUGAAUUGACCCCUAUAGGAUACAGGAAGCCAGUGUAAUUAUCGACAGAGGAGCGAGGUAUUGGAGGAGUGACGGGUGAGAAAGAUCAACCUGGCGGCAGCAUUCAUUACUGAUUGUAGCGGGGCAGUCCGGCUUUUGGGGAGACCAACAAGGAGAGAAUUACAGUAGUCCAUGCGAGAGACUACCAGAGCAUGAACUAGCAUGUUGGCAGCAUCUUGCGCGAGAAAGGGGCGGAAGCAGGCGAUAUUUUUAAGGUGGAAUACACAGGUUUUAGCAACAUGCUGGAUAUGUGGCGCAAAGGUGAGGCCAGAUAACACCAAGACAAUGAGCUUGCAUGGAUGGACUGAUGCAACUACCAUCAACUUGCAGGGAAAGCAAAGGAGGAGGAUCAGAAUUAUGAGGGGGAAAAAUAAGCUUCAUUUUAGAGCGAUUGAGUUUCAGAGAGCAGGAGGACAUCCAAUCAGAGGUGAAAGGCAGGCAGUUGCACAUUGUAGGACCGAUGAGAGAGAGAUCUGGGUGUCGUCGGCAUACAGAUGGUAGCGGUAUCCAAAGGAGUUAAUGAGUUUGCUAAGAGAGGCAUUAUAAAGGGAGAACAGAAGGGGACCAAGAACAGACCCUUGGGGAACUCCAACCGAGACAGGACGAGUGGAAGAGGUCAUUGCAAAAGGAGACACUGAACAAACGUUGGGAGAUAGAGGAGGCAAACCACGCAAGACCAGUGUCACAGAGACCGAGGGAUUGAAGAAUUUGGAGAAGGACAUGAUCAACUGUGUCAAAGGCAGCCGAUAGGUCAAGAAGAAUUAGUAUAGCGUUGAACCCACUGUGCAGCUCUGUGGAAAAGAUGGACACUCCCAGCUCUAUUAUAAAAUACUUCUCAAACUAAUAGAAUCUUGCUGAUUUCUUGAGAUUUGAGCAAGGUUGGUCUUUGUACUAUACACAUCACAAAGGGUUAGUUUAUGUGCUUCGUGUGUCCUUUUUUAACUUGUAUGUUUCUCUCAGCCUAAUAUUAAAUGCACAUUAAGUGUUUUACUUGAGCUGAAAUGAACAUGAAAGGCUCUGUAUAUUGAAGAUUUGCUUUGACUUCCUGUGUCUUACUGCUUUAAAUGUAAAGGCGUAGAGCUGCAGGCUUGGGGGAGAAUGUCACACACAAUUUAUUGAAAUCUGUGAGGCUUGCACAAAUUAAGGCUAGGUCAUCAGCCAUCCUGUAAUCGUGCAGAUCCGCUAGGAGGAUUCCAUUCUCAUGUUACUUACUCAAUUUGCUGUCAGCACGCUUAAAGAAUCAUUGGUGGUAUGAAUACCUUUUACAUAGCACUAUUCUGUCCUUGGCAUUGCAAUGCUUAUUGCAUGUAAUAGAAAUUAACCAAAUUGGUAGGUGAUUUGUAGAUGCUAAAGCAACUCUGCCACCUCAAACCUACCUUUGUCCUAUUGAUUCAUCUUCUCUUACUCUUUAACAAUUUGUUAUUUUCUUAAUUUUUCUCUUUAAGACUAGGUACUAUGGUGUCUUAUGUAUUUUUCCUACACUUGACAAUUGUGACAAAAGGGUACUUAAAAGGAGAAAAAAAUAGGGACACAAACAUGUAUUACUAAUGAGUUGGUGUUAAAAACGCCACCUAGCCCUCCUGGCCUCUCUCUAAAAAUAGUAAAUACUACCUUUUAUUCCAGUCUGCUGCUGCUGGCUCUGCCCCUGAUCUGCCUCCCUAGCUGACCCCAUCCAAAGUGGUGAUCUCAGCCAAUCGCAAUGCUUUCUCUUAGGAAAGCAUAGGAUUGUCUGAUAUUGUCAAAGAGGCAGAUCAAUGGCAGAGCUGGUACAAGCCAAACACAGGCCUGGCCAAUCAGCAUCUCCUCAUAGAGAUGAAUUGAAUCAAUGUAUCUCUUUGAGGAAAGUUUAGUGUCUCCAUGCAGAGGAUGGAGACCCUGAACGUCAGUGCAGCCCACUGUGCAACACUGCCUCAGGACGCACAUCUGAGUGACCAGUAGAGGUAUCCCUGGGCUGUAAUGUAAACACUGCAUUUUCUCAGAAAAUACUGUGUUUACGGCAAAAAAGCCUGAAGGGAGUGAUUUAUACUCACCUGAACAAAUACAAUAAGCUGUAGUUCUUCUGGCGACUAUAGUGUCUCUUUAAGGCAAGUUCCGCUGCCUUUGUCAAGCUAACAAAGGGUGAUGAUGCCUGAAGAACUCCCAUAUAUUUUUUUUUAUUUUUUUUUGAGUCCAACAAACGAGCUGUAAACGGUGCCUGUUGAGUUAACAAAGCCUACACUGCAUACUCUACGACUCCCAGGGACGUAAGUCUGCUGUCAAUCCUACUCUUAUAUGCAUUGUUAUGAUGGCAUUACAAGGAAAAUCCCCUUUAUUCUUGACCACUCGUUCUGUAGCAAUUUAACCAGUUCUACCCUCCUAUGGAUAAAACCAUGAGCCCCUUUUACUUCUAAAAAGAGUGAUUCUCUUUUUUUCCAGGUGCAGGGUUGGACUCUGGCUUAGAAUAGCAGAAAUUCUUGAUUUUGUUUGUUACACAUUACGUUCCUGCAGGGUACUGUUUUUUGUUGUAGCAACUCUUCUCUCCCCCUGUUCCAUUCCCCCCCCCCCAUUUAUCAUUGGUUAGGGGCACUUUCCAUCUACUGGAGCUUUUCCACAAUUCCUCAUGGAGCGUUAAUGAUUUCAUUAGCUCCAUCCUAAUUUUUAUCAUAUACCCUAACUCCCUGGCUUGUUCCGGGAUUUAAUCUUUUGGUACAGAUAUUACCAGCAAUAUGUAACUUUUCUGUAUUAAAAAUAUAUAUAUAUUUUAAAAUUGGGUGAUUCUCACGUAAGAAUAUUGUAAAACAUGUAUUUAAAAUGCACAUAAUUUUAUACCCUGCAUAAAUCAAAAUUGGUACUUUAUUUUUAAUUUGCCUUAAACCAGUUUCUGCAUUAAGCUAGGUAUGAGAUUUGCUAUUUCAUGUUUCACUGUGCAAAUCACUUUGUCACAUUUAUAUAUGUUCUCUUCAAUUUUGCAGGUCUGCAUCUCCCCAUCAUGGCUUCACCAUCAUGAAUAGACUUAACAUGAACAAUCUGGUGGAGCCAGUUAACAAGGACUUAGAAUUCCAGCUCCAUGAGCCCUUUCUUCUCUACCGGAAUGCCAGUUGUAAGUAGAAAGUGGCUUCUUAUAGUAUGUGAAGUUGAGCUGAGUUCAUGUGCGUGGGGUGGUUGUGUUUUUCCCUUCCCACUCCUAUAUUAGUUUAAGGCCUAGUCGCGGUGUGUUUGUUUCAGUAUAUUCAUAAAUAAACAAAACCUGCUCUGGGCAUAGUCUUUUUCGGGCAACAUGAUAACUACUGAAUCUUUGAUGCGGAAACUCUAGUUAUCAACUCAGAAAAAGUGGUGGUUUUAUUGACUGAAUAGAUUGUUGCAGUAUGGAAAUAAUGAACACCGUUUAAAGAGCAGUAAGUUUUUUUUUUUUUUUUAUAUUUGUUAAAGACUUUAUUUUAUGGUGUGUUCAGGACCACUUACUUUAUAUAGAAUAGUUUUAAAAAGUUUUUUUCUUUCUAAACAAGUUAUUGAACUUGCCAGUGUUCCAGGACAGUCUCUUCUCAGUAAUCUCCCUUCCUUGAUGACUAAAGAGCUCUGUGCAGCCUAAUGCUUCUCAUGGGCACAUCGGGGACAGACUCCCCACUUUUUUAUUUAUUUAUUUUGUGUUACAAAAAAUAGAAUAAAAGUUUACAUUAUUGUUGAAGUAACAAGUAAUCAUUCAUACUGACUGGGGGGGAAGGGGGAGGAGAGAGUGGAGGAGGCAUAAAGUUGAACUUUUAUCCUAUACCAUGUUUUUUGUUGUUUAGCUUUCUGUUCUAGUAUUUUUUUUUUAUUUAGGGAUACCCAUCUCUAUUAACAAAGGAAGAUGUUAGCCAUUUGUCCCAGAUUUUUCAAUAUAGACUCCCUUGGUUGUUCAUUAAGUAAUAUCCUUUCUCCAUUGAACAUUGAUAGUUUAUUUCAUUCCAAUUUUGAUGUCCUUGCUUUUUCCAAUUUUUCGCAAUGCAAAUUUUUGCUGCCAAUAUAAUAUGAAUCAUUAAAAGGUCACUUUAGUCACCAGAACUACUACAGCUUAACGUAGUUGUUCUGGUGAGUAUAAUAGCUCCCUUCAGGCAUUUUCAUGUAAACACUGCUUUUUCAGAGAAAAAAAAACUUUUAUAGGGGGCCAAAGGGUGGGGAGGGGAGGGGGGUUUCCUCCCAAGGGAGAUCUAGAUGGAAAAGGAAAUGUGUGGUCAAGGAGAACUCUUUCCCUAAAAUUUCUAUUGUAAGUCUUCUGAAGUUUAUUUUUAAAAUAUCAAACCCUGGAAGGGGGCGUGGCUAACCGCCGGGCAAGAUGGCAGCUUAAGAUUUUGCUCCGGCACAUGGGAUCCGCACACAAGUGAAAUAUCCGAGCAGUAACGCUACAAAUCGAAGCCCAAAAGAUGUCACAGGCUAAGGGGAAGAAAGCGGCACCCAAAGCUGAUAAGAAUAACUUCUUUGGACACAAACCGCGCAAGCCAUGCUUGCCGCCGCGCAAGAUGGCGCCGACAGCCCAGAUGCAAGCUCUCACUUGACACUGCGGGACGAGAUACCACAGACUGGACACCUCACAAUAACCCACUUCGAACGGGCAAUGGAAGCAAUGUCAGCAAAACUGAUACGAACCUGGCAAUCCACAGCCGACCAAAUAAAAAAUGAAGUCAGAGAACUCUCCAACAGAACAGCCUCAGUGGAAAAUGAAUGCCAGGACCUAAAAACCGCACAAACCGGAAUCUCCGAAAACGUACUUACCUUACAGCAAAGAAUGGAGGCCAUGGAAGGUAAACUGGCGGACUAUGAGGACAGAGCUCGGAGGAAUAACUUACGGCUAAGAGGGGUUCCAGAAUCGGUCCAACCGGACGACCUACAACUGUACGUCAGGGGCCUGAUGCACGCCUAUGCCCCAGACAUCCCCUCAGACAUGCUGUUGGUCGACAGAGUCCACAGGGUCCCCAAACCAAAGCACCUACCGGACUCCGCGCCUCGCGACGUGGUACUCAGGGCACACUACUACCACAUUAAAGAACUUGUGCUCCGGGCCCACCGCAGCAGACAAGAGCCGCACGAGGACUAUCCGCCAGUGCUGAUCAUGGCGGACUUAUCAGCCGCAACGCUGAGGAGGAGAAGAGACUUCCAGCAAGUCACAACGGAACUAAGGGACCGAGGCAUCCGCUAUAGAUGGGGUUUCCCCACAAAACUUAUACUGACGAGGAAUGGAGAAACGAAACUCUUCUCACGACCAGAAGACGCCAUGAAUGAACUGGCGAGAUGGAGCCCGCGUAGCAAACAGAGUGCCCCACCUGCAUCCUCGGCCCACAGCCGCAAAUCCACACGAACUGACCGAAUGGACUAACUGCAAAAAUAUAUCUUAUGGCGCAAGUAUAUUGACAUUGAUGUUAUUUAAUAUCUUUUAUUUUUGUUGUUCACAUGUUGUUCUGAUAUUAAGCACGCAUAUACAAUUUAGAUGUCGCCACCACCACCACACACAACUGGGCUACGGUGCACCGUGUCCGAGCAAUGACAUGUCCAACAGGUGACCACCAGCUGACACCACAGACAGGGAUGACGGCCCUAUGCCCCGACACACACACCUGCCCCGCUUUACAAGCGGGAAGCGCAAGUCCGGCCACACGCCAGCCCCCACCACCACGGGUACACCAGGGGGGACGUUCCCCCCUGCCGACGCCACACAGUCUGACAAGCCCCCAGACACAGUGACACAUGCGAAGAUGGAGGGGCGAAUGCCUAUUCGCAUACAGGCAUCCGACCUCACAGCGCAACAUGGCGAAUUAAACAUAGCAAAAACACAGGCCCUGAGCAUUAACAUCCCAAACCACGACCUGAAUGCCCUGAAAACACACUUUAACUACGAAUGGAGACAAGACCAUAUCAAGUUCCUAGGGGUCAAUUUCACACCCGCCACCUUAUUUAAAGCAAAUUACAUAAAACUUUUAGGGGAAAUCAAAUCCAUCACACAAGGAUGGAAAGGCAAAUACGUAUCAUGGAUGGGACGAAUAGCAUCGACAAAAAUGAUACUUCUACCUAAGAUACAAUACCUCUUCAGAACGCUCCCCCUCCAGCUCCCCACAAAACAUCUCUUGGAAAUACAAGAACAAAUUAACACAUACGUCUGGGAAAACACAAAACCCAGGGUAGCGCGCACCACUAUGUUCCGACCACUCUCACAAGGAGGUAUGGGCUUACCUGACAUAAGAGGAUACUACCGAGCAGCGCACAUAGCCCCACUCCUCUCAGCAUUCCAUCACAAGGAAGCGAUGGCCUGGGUAGAAAUUGAAACAAACUAUGCUAACGGACUUUCCCUUCCAACCAUGGCCUGGAUGCCGAAACACCAAAGACCAAGUAACAAAUCACUACUACCAACAACUCAACUAACUUUAACGAUAUGGGAUAACUAUCGCAAAAAGAUGGGCAUAUUGACGAAAAUAUCACCAGCCCUCCCACUAGAAGCUUUGGGUGUCAUCAUCACGGACUUCAACUACAAAAUAUGGAACAAACACGGCGUACGAACCCUAUCCCAACUCACGACAGACUCCCAUCUCAAACGUCUGCCAGACCUCCAACGGGAAUUCCACUUACCUGCAACAGCUGCCUUCCCCUACAGGCAACUGCAAGCCUGGUUCGCCCUACAGACAAGGAAAUUGGCGAUAACCUUCCCGGAGCCACCCCUACAGGAAGUCGAAAAGAUAUGUCUAACAAUCAAACAAAGAAACUGAUCUCACUGAUCUAUACUUCAGAACACAAUCAACCCUCGAAAAAAAAACCAUCCUUUAAAACAGCAUGGGAGAAAGACAUCAAACACCCACUUACUGAAGACCAAUGGCAGAACAUUUACAAAGCACACAAACAAAUGACGCUCUGCAUGAACCAUGUGGAACUCUCCCGAAAAGUUCUCUACAGGUGGUACCUGGUGCCCACACGCCUCAAGCUCAGCUUCCCCAACACAUCAGACAUAUGCUGGAGAUGCCAGGCAGACAAGGGCACCAUGAUCCACAUCUGGUGGCACUGCCCGCAACUCACAACAUACUGGCUGGAAGUACAGAAACUAGCAGCAAGAUGCACCAAAACGCACCUGCCACUCCUACCGGAAAUAUUUCUUCUACUACUACUCCCGAACAAACUGCGGAAAAGCCACAGAUACCUCCUCUACCACAUCAUCAUCUCAGCAUUAGCAACCAUAAGCAGGAAAUGGAAACAAACAACCCCACCGACAAUAGAACAAUGCAUCAAAGCGAUAGACGACUCCAAGCGCUACGAAAUGAUGGCACGGAAAGCGAGACCAAAAGCAGCAUACCACUCUACGGCAUGGGAAAUAUGGGACGAGAACAAGCUACAAUCCCGUAAAUGAGCUCAUACCCAACACACCACAUAAAAACACCACAUGAGGACACUUACCCACUUCCUAACAACAUGCUCCACGAUGGAAGCACUUCCCUCUUCCUACCACAACCUCAACAAAAGAAUCAGAGGAAUCCACAUCCCGCUAAGUCACCCUGCCCACCCCUCCCCCCCAGGGAAUAAAUAAAAACACAGGCAUACCAGCUCACCACAUCCUCAUACACCGACCCACACUCUCAAGGAUAAACUAAAGGACCCAAGCAAACAGGUGAACGACUCCACCAGCAGCAGGGACGAGACACAACACAUCACCAAGCAGGCACACCUCACCAGGGUAAAUAUACCCCCCCUACUCUGGAACACCCUAAAGAACACGCACCCUCGGCAACCACACGUUACACAUAGUAACCUAGCAUGAGGCACAAACGAAUAGAGGACUAGCAACAAAUCAUAAAGCUGUGCCCACAUACUGAAACCUGCACACCUGAAUCAAAUUGCUAAUUGUAAAAAUGACUAUGUGUACAAAACAUUGAACUUGGAGACUGUAUACUAUGUCCCCCCCCCCCGCUUUCUUCUGUACCCCACCACUCCAACCCACCAAAAUAAAAAUUGUCAAAUUCAAAAAAAUAUCAAACCCUGAACAUUCCCACCAAAUAUUGACGUGAGAUCCUUUAGCGUUUUUGCAUCUCCAACAUUGGUCAGAAUGAUCACUAUAUAUUUUAUUUAAUUUUAAUUUAUUUAAUGUACCACCUGUAUAAUAGAGCUCGAUCAAAUUUACACCGUGUGUACUUUGUUUAACCCAUUUUAGACUCUGUUUCCAGGGUUGAAUUUCAAAUGAUUUUUUGAGGUCAAGUUCCCAUUUUAUUAUUGGAAGCUCUUUAAUAAAAGUGAACAAGAUACAGUUGCAAGAAAAAAGUAUGUGAACCCUUUGGAAUGAUAUGGAUUUCUGCACAAAUUGGUCAUAAAAUGUGAUCUGAUCAUCAUCUAAGUCACAACAAUAGACAAUCACAGUCUGCUUAAACUAAUAACACACAAAGAAUGAAAUGUUGCCAUGUUUUUAUUGAACACACCAUGUAAACAUUCACAGUGCAGGUGGAAAAAGUAUGUGAACCUAUACACUAAUGACAUCUCUAAGAGCUAAUUGGAGUGAGAUGUCAGCCAACUGGAGUCCAAUCAAUGAGAUGAGAUUGGAGGUGUUGGUUACAGCUGCCCUGCCCUAUAAAAAGCACACACCGGUUCUGGGUUUGCUUUUCACAAGAAGCAUUGCCUGAUGUGAAUGAUGCCUCGCACAAAAGAGCUCUCAGAAGACCUACGAUUAAGAAUUGUUGACUUGCAUAAAGCUGGAAAGGGUUAUAAAAGUAUCCCCAAAAGCCUUGCUGUUCAUCAGACCACGGUAAGACAAAUUGUCUAUAAAUGGAGAACGUUCAGCACUGCUGCUGCUCUCCCUAGGAGUGGCCGUCCUUUAAAGAUGACUGCAAGAGCACAGCGCAGACUGCUCAAUGAGGUGAAGAAGAAUCCUAGAGUGACAGCUAAAAACUUACAAAAGUCACUGGCAAAUGCUAACAUCCCUGUUAGCGAAUCUACAAUACGUAAAAGACUAAACAAGAAUGGAUUUCAUGGGAGGAUACCACAGAGGAAGCCACUGCUGUCCAAACAAAAUAUUGCUGCAAGUUUACAGUUUGCACAAGAGCACCCGGAUGUUUCACAGCAGUACUUGCUAAAUAUUCUGUGGACAGAUGAAACCAAAGUUGUUUGGAAGAAACACACAACACUGUGUGGCGAAAAAAAGGCACAGCACACAACAUCAAAACCUCAUCCCAACUGUGAAGUAUGGUGGUGGGGGCAUAAGGUUUGGGGCUGCUUUGCUGCGUCAAGACAUUUUGCAGGAGAACUUAAGGCCAUCUGUCUACCAGCUGAAGCUCAACAGAAGAUGGGUGUUGCAACAGGACAAUGACCCAAAGCAUAGAAGUAAAUCAACAACAGAAUGGCUUAAACAGAAGAAAAUACACCUUCUGAAGUGGCCCAGUCAGAGUCCUGAUCUCAACCCGAUUGAGAUGCUGUAGCAUGACCUCAAGAAAGCGAUUCACACCAGACAUCCCAAGAAUAUUGCUGAACUGAAACAGUUCUGUAAAGAGGAAUGGUCAAGAAUUACUCCUGACCGUUGUGCACGUCUGAUCUGCAACUACAGGAAACGUUUGGUUGAAGUUAUUGCUGCCAAAGGAGGUUCAACCAGUUAUUAAAUCCAAGGGUUCACAUACUUUUGCCACCUGCCCUGUGAAUGUUUACAUGGUGUGUUCAAUAAAAACAUGGCAACAUUUCAUUCUUUGUGUGUUAUUAGUUUAAGCAGACUGUGAUUGUCUAUUGUUGUGACUUAGAUGAUGAUCAGAUCACAUUUUAUGACCAAUUUGUGCAGAAAUCCAUACCAUUCCAAAGGGUUCACAUACUUUUUCUUGCAACUGUAUUCUCUUCAGGGAAUAGUGAAUAUCUAAAGUCAAUAAUUUUGACUAUAAUUUUGUUUUGAAUCAAAAUAAUGUUUAACUCUCAAGUAUGUGAACACUAUAUGCUAGGAACGAGGGAAUAAUUAGAGUGCAAUAAUUGAAAAUGUUUUCUAAUACCAUGCGAGUAAAUGUUCGAUACUUGAUUGAUCCCACACCUCCUCCAAUUUCUCAAUUUCAGAUCUUUUAGGUUAAUUUCUAUGUCUAUGGGGGAUGAUAAAGCCAAUCCAUUAGAGAAAAUUUUUUUAUUAUGUUUUUAAUCGUUGUCCGUGUCGCUUUAAUGAUUGGAUUUGUUGUAAUUUUAUAUAAAGGACAUUGAUUAUCUAUCCAAAAACAUUCAUAGAGUUUAUCUGUUUUAAACUCGUGAGCUUCAAUAUCCCACCAUAAAUUGACAUGAUUAGUAUUUUUAUCCCAAGCUAAAAAAAUGGGCUAGCAUACAGGCGUCAUCGAUAACAAAUGUCUGGAAAUUCCUGAUCUCCAGUUUGCCCUGAUUUUUUAUAUUUAAUUUAAAAAAAAUUUUUUUUUUAGGAUUUUCUGAGGAAUUCUAGGUUUCUUAUUUGACCAUAUAAACCUAGAGAUGGCCGUUUGAAAAAAGCUCAAGAUUGUAUUACUCUCUCUCACUGGUAUCCAUUGUAAGCAAGACAGCUCUUGUGCUUCAGUUGCCACACUUCACCAGUGUUAAUCAUUUUAUCAAGUGGCCUUAUAUCCAGGGUUUCUUUGAGCAAUAUUCAAUAUCAUCCUGCUAAGUGUGAUGAUGCCUAAUCAAGGAGGAAGUACCUCCAGUAACUGUCAGCCUGACCUGUAGAAAAUAUGUGUUCUUGGACAAAUGUAAACCAUACAAAAAUUCAGUGGGUGACGGUACCACUUUAAUGGAACACUUCCAGCGCCAUAUCAUCUCAAUGAAUGGUUUUACUUUAAAGUGGUCCAGACAGAUGCCAUCCUCCAGAUCCCUCUUACUCUGUCUCCAACCUCUACUUAAAUAGGAAGUCUCAGACUGAGAUUCCCAUUUAUGAAAAAUGCAUGAGCAGUGUACAUGUGUUUCUCAUGCGUGUUUUUUAAGUGGAAAAUUCGUGAAAGCUCACCAAAUUCCCAGCCAGAGUGUUCUUUAUUGAAGAGCAAAAGGGACCUGAUGAGUGUAAGCUUUCUGGACCUCUUUGGAGUUAAACCAGUUGUAAAAGUACAACGGUGCACUUCCUUGAACCUAUUUGAUAACACCUCCUAACUCUCAAAGAGACAGCCCAAAGUGCCUUCUUCACUUGCUUUGAGCACUUCCUCAAAGUUGAGUUAAAAGUGAGGGCUCUUCGUAGAAUAGCACUUGUUUCUGUGCUGUAAUUGUUCCCUCUAAUUAGCUUCUGUGUUCUCGGCUAAUUAAAUGCAUUCCCAUAGAGUAUAGGGAGCUGUAUGAGACCGUCUGAUUGAGGUAAAAGAGUUCACUGUUUGUGCCAAGCACAUUUUAACCCCACUUUGUAGACAUGUUUUUAGUUGCAGGUUAACAGGAGCAUGGCACUCAGACAACUACAUUAAGAUCUAGUAUUCCUUUUAAUCUAUGCUACAUUAAAACUGCAGUAAUAUGUAAGGAAGUCUGGCAUGCCAAAGUUUGCAGAUAGAGGAUAUUUAGUGAGGAAAGUCUGUUAUUGCGGCAUCUUAAAACUCUGCAUUGCUAGGUGAGAUAUUCAUGAAAGCAGAAUGGUCUGUUAGGCACCAGACUGACAAAAUGGUUUGCAGGCAAUGUAGAAGACUUCAAAGAACAUUACCCAACUGGUGUCUAUGCUGUGGUCUUUACAUCCGCUCACUCGUAACAAGUUAUGUGGGGCAAGCCAAAAGGGACAAACCAACAUCUUCAGGGGCCAAAUGUCUUCAGACAAGGUUUUCAAGUAUUUUCUGAUUUGACUGCCUUUAGUGUAUUAAAAGAAUUUUAUGAAAAUUCUGCAAACUGCAGUUACUAUGGCAGCUGAGCUUCAGGCACAUUUCAAACCGGGAAGCAAAUAUCUAGAUAAACGGAAAGUGUUAUUUUUUUUAUUUUUGAUUCCAUUUCUCUCCUUUUUUUUUCAAUGUAAGAUCAAUUCCAAAAUGAUUUGUGGUACAUCACCAAACUCUAUUUAAUCUUUUUACUGCCAAAAGAGCUUCAUCCUUCCUUAAAUUCAGUCUUGUAUCUACUGAAUGAGAUGGGCAAACCAUCUGGAGAUGUGGGGAAGAGUACAGGACACUUAGAAAUGAAUAAACUGUAUGAGUUAAAGUUUCAGCAAACAGUUUUUGUAUUUCAUUGCCCAUAAUGUCUUAUUUAAUAGAUAUAGUGAGCAGAUUAAGAUUGAACUGUAACCACAUGGUGUACAUUCAUUUUAGAUGUAACGAAGAACAUACAAUUCUGCAGACUUCAAUCUUUCUAGUUUCCAGAAAAACCAAGUCAGAGGGUUCAUUCAAUUUAUCCCUCUCUGAGCCAAAAUAUCCAAUGUGAAUGUCCGAAAGGCCUCCCGCAAUAAUUCCUUGUUUCCAUCACUGCCUCUAGGAGGUGGUGGCACAUGAUCAAUGCCCAUUUUCUGUAUUUGUGUGUGUGUGUCUGUGUAUAUGUAUAAUUUUUUAAAAUGUAUUUAGUAUUUUAUUGCAGCAUACACCUAAUUAUACACACAGGUAGAUAUGUAGUAAGCUACUUUUUAUUUGUUCAAAUUCCCUUUUUAAUUUUUAUUGUUGAAGCAUGUGAAUUUGAUAGUACAGACAUGAUAGUAUAAGGCAGGAAAAAAACACAUGAGAUGCAAUACAAGGUCAGGCAUGUCAUACUUAAUAUAAGCGCAAAAGAUAAUAUAUAAAUAUAUAUAUUACCCACCAAAAGAUAAUAAAUAAAAAAUAAAAUAUAUAUUAUAUGUACCCACCCACCAAAAGAGUUGUGGUGGGGAAAAAGUGUGGAUGAAAUGGAAUACCCGCAGGCACCAGAGAGACCCAUAUGGAGACCACAGGACCCAGAAGCAUCCCCAGUGACUAAAUCUGACCUAAAGGAGAUGCUGGCCGAACUCCAAAGAAACAUCUCAGCGGACAUCGCUACAAUCUGCGGGGACCUGAGAGGCCUCACAGGCUGCAUCGUGAAACUCGAACUCUCCACCACAGAGCACUCCCAGCAAUUAACGGCGCUCCAGCAAACAGUGCAGGAAUUACACCACCAAAAUCAGCAACACGAACGCCGAUUUGCUGCCCAAGAGGAUUCCUGGCGCCAAAAUAACAUAAAGGUGCGGGGGGUGAUGGAGGAGAUACCGGACGCUGAGCUGCCACACUUUGUGUUACAACUUGUGUAACAGAGAGGUGCACCUGUAUUGCUUAGGAAAGAGUCCAUUCGGGUGAUACUCGUGGGACUUUGGCAGGUGGUGAAAGGACGGUGUUCUCAGUUGGGAUAACCCAGUUCUUUAGCAGAGCGAAUCCUUACGUCGUACAGGCUGCUGAGUAGAUUGAGUCUUGGCGGUGAAUUAGCAGCCUGGCAGGAUAUCCCCAGCGAUAAGUGAGUGUAGAGCAGCUGUAAGGGGGGGGGGACGGGACAUAUUUUAUAUAAAUUGGAGGGAUGUAGCUGAGACGUCCACGAAGAUUUUGAUGUUGCCAUGGGGGUCCGGUAGAUGGCAUUCCUGCAGGCUCAAACUAUUUUUUUCCUUAACAUGGAAUAAUAUAUAUAUAUAUAUAUAAUAUAUCUUUUUAGCUUCUGGCAACUCUUAGUCAAUCUAUAAUCUCCCAAACCAUUAAAGUGGCACUGUCAUGCCGAACAUAGCUUUCCUAAAUCUCUUCCUCUUCUCCCCCUCUCUCAGGAUCUGCUCUUCUUUUCUUCCUGUUUUCUUUAAAAUCAUAAGACAAAGUAGGGACUCUUUGCCUUAUGGAGGAUUCCUCCGCUUGACCAGCUCUGACCAGCGGAGGAGCAAAGUGUGCUUCAUUUCCGCUGGUCAGAGCAAUUUUCCCAUAAUUCUCACCUUUCCUCUGUGUUCCUGCGAUGCUUCCUGUCACUUUACACAAAACUGCCGAAUUGCAUUCUAACGGAAUGAGAACAGUAUGUUCGUUUGUUUUAGAACUCAAUUCAGCACUUUAUUCCGAUUGGAAUUUCAUUCGAAUGAAUGAAACUCCGAUCCUAUUUGUGCUGUGGCUGCAUCUUGCAGCCGCUUAGUAGAUAACUCCCUAAUUCCCACAGUAUCAGGGAGUUAUCUACUAAAAGGCUGAACUACCUAAAUUGGUCUUUCAGCCACAUUUACUAAUACUAAGUAAGAUUACUUAAUAUUAGUAAAUGAUCUGCGCCCCUACUCGCUAUACCGCAGGUAAAAACAAACAAACAAACAAACAAACAAAAAAACACUAUUGGCCCCCACCCCUAAAUGAUGGGUGGGGGCCCUAAAGUAAAAUAACGGGGGAGACCUAAUGUCCCACCCCUGCGCGGUGGAUGGGGGUCAUAAGGAUAAUGGGGGGGCCUACUGCCCCCCCCACCCUUGGGCGGCGGGUGGGGGCCAUAAUGAUAAUGGGGGGGGGAACCUACUGCCCCCACCCCUGGGCGGUGGGUGGGGGCCAUAAUGAUAAUGAGGGGGGGGGACCUACUGUCCUCCCCCGCCGGCCCCCACCCCUGGGCGGUGGGUGGGGGCCAUAAAGAUAAUGGACGGGGGACCAACUGUUCUCCCACCCCCACCCCUGGGGCCAAAAUUUUUUUUUUUUUUGCUCUCGGGAUUUUUAUUUUAUUUUAAGUUCGGUUAUGAUGGUUUUUUAUUUGGCCUUUUUUGGGGCUGAAAAAUGAAGAUUUGAGAAAAAAGUCGAAUGGUAAUGUCGAAUGGUAAGUUUAAUUUUAUUUUACAGGUUAGUUAUUUUAUUCCCCCCCUCACUAUUUUUUAGGGUGAGGGGGGUAGGUAGGGACUUUUUAUUACAGUAGGUCCCCCCCCUCAUUAUCAUUUGGCCCCCACCCUCUGCCCAGGGUGGGGGGAGAGGACAGUAGGCCCCCCCCCCCAUCAUCAUUUGGCCCCCACCCGCCGCCCGGGGUGGGGGAGGAGUGACAGUAGGUCCCCCCCCCAUUAUCAUUAUGGCCCACCACCCGCCGCGCAGGGGUGGGGGCCGCGGGGGGACAUUAGGUCUCCCCCUUAUUUUACUUUAGGGCCCCCAUCUGUCCUUUAGGGGUGGGGGCCAAUAGGGUUUUUUUUACUGUUUAGUAGACAUGCCCCUACUCGCGGUAUAGCAAGUAGGGGCAUUGGGGAGAUUUUAAUCUCCCUUAUGCUAUUAUGGGGGUCAUAUUGACCCCCAUAGAGUGAGGGGGGACCUGGGGGGCUUAUGAAGUGGUGGGGAGCACUGCUCCCUGCCGCUUCUAUCUUUACAUAUUACAAGGAGGGAGCUGAACGCCGAUAGCUCCCUCCUUGUAAUAAACUGAACGAACAAACACACACUGAUACUCACUGCAAAAGUAGAAAAGAAUAGGACACUCGCAGUUCUCAAGCUAUGGGCUAAGUAACUUUAGUAACCGAUAUAAUCAUGAAUAUCGUAAAAUCUAAUGCAGUCAUGAUGUAAUGAUACAUCGACCGUUAUCUUGGUGUGCUAUUUUUUUGGUAUUCCCCCUUCAAGUUGGUUCUCUCUGGAUUUAAUUUUUUUUUUUUUAAUCCUUUUGUUGUGGAAUCGCAUACACGUGUCAAACAAAGACGAGUUUAUCCACAUUGAUUUAUGAUAUAUGGUGACAUGAAACCAAGUAGCGUAAAUUAGGGAUCGAUCGAUAUUGAUUUUUUUUUUUUUUUUAGAGCCUAUACCGAUAAUCUGUGAACUUUCAGGCCGAUAGCCAAUAACUUGCCGAUAUUCUGUACAUUUACCAUUUUGAAAAAAUAAACUAUUUCUAAAGGUAAAUGGCGGUCCUGGGAGGAGGUAUCGACAAUAUCGGUAUCUUUAUUGGCCGAUACCGAUAUUGCCUAAAAUACUGAAUAUCAGCCGAUAAUAUCGGUAAAAUCGAUAAUCAGUCGAUCCCUAGCGUAAAUGUUUUUUUUUUUUUUUUUUGUAAAUCUUUUUAUUGAGGAAAAAGAGUUAGGCUCGCAGGCCUCGGUGGAUAACAUUAAUAAUUGUUAUAACAUAUGUCAGUCUUCAAAACAAUAUAUUGGGAGUUUCCCAAAACUUCAAGGCUGUUACAUUCCAUUCUCAAUUUAAGGCUUAAUCAGCGUACAUGUUAUUUGCAUACAUACAAUAAAAGAGAACCCUUUUUAGUAUUUGCUUGCAGGAUAGUAUUUAGUGUGUUUGUGUGGGGCAUGUUCCUCCUUCGAUGCUCUAACCUCUAGAUAUAGGCGAGCAAAUAUUGCUUUCAUUCGUCAGGUUAGUGACUUAUAUCCCUGAGAGACAUACGGGAGUAACAAAAAAUAUAUAACGUGUUAUAUGGUGAAAAAGAAGAGGGUUAAGGGAUGAUGUGUAUGUGUGAGGAUAGUUCUCCCCGGUGUCCACACUCCCCCCCCCACCCGCAACGGGUCCUGAGCUUGGGCGUGAUGGUCAGGUUUUUGUCAGGUCCUGUCCUAGCGGCUUGCUGUGGUACGUUGGUCAUGUAUUGUGAACCUAUGUUGUGUUAUUGUCUCAGUGGAUUCAUCUAGUGGUCGACUCUAUACUGUGUGUUGGGUCCGUCCCUUCAGGCUCCAUCUCCUACAUUGCACAGCCGUGUGAUGUGUCUUAUAUGCUGUAGUUCAGUCUAUCAUGUGCGUCGAUUGGUCGUGUGUGUGUCGGUAGGUAUUUCAUGAUAUCACAGUAUCGGUUUUCUAGCGUGCGCGAGCAUAAGUUCGGGUCAAUAAGGGAUCGUAUGUUACUACGGACCAUAACCCCUCCCAAGAUGAAUUAUCCGGCACCUGAGGGUGAGUUCGGCCAACAGAGGUGACCAGUCCCAGCUUGUCCGCCCCGCUCCCCCGCCCCCAAAUGGACCCUUUAUCUGUCCGCCUGGUAUGAGAACCAGGGUUGCCAUGUCUCCGCGUGCUUUGUCGAGCGUCCCGCCAGAGAUGCCCGCACCGCCUCGGCCGCCUGGAUGUCCUUGACCCUAUGGAUCCAUUCUUCUAUCGUGGGAACGGUUGCCUUCUUCCAAUAUACUGGGAUUAAGGAUUUGGCAGCAUUUAAGAGAUGGCGUAGAAUUGAUUUCUUGUAUCUAGGGAUAUUUUGUGUGGUAAUAUGUAGUAGGGCCAAUUCUCGGGACCAUUCCGUGUCAUCCCCCAAGAUCUCCUUUAUUGUGGCGUGGAUAUGGUCCCAGUAGUGUGCGAUGGUAUGGCAUUCCCACCAUAAAUGUACUAUGGUACCUCUCGCGUCUUGACAUCUCCAGCAGAGUGGGGACGCCUCUGGGUAGAUUUUCUGUAUGGCUACCGGGGUUUUAUACCACAUGGAGAUCAGUUUAUAAUUGACCUCCUGAUAGUAGGAGCUUGAGGAGCUUUUGUGCUGCCAGAGGAGUGCUGUCCCCCAUUGCGUUGGUGUAAUGGCAAUAUCUAGUUGUGUUUCCCAUCGUCUUUGAAAUGUAUUGUUAUCCGAAGAGGCCCCAAUCAGUAGAUAUUGAUAGAGCAUCGAUAUCGCGUUCUCGAGUUUAGAACCUCUGCGGCAUAUGCUUUCGAACCAUGUAAGGUCUCUGUGUAGGAGGUCCUUGUGGGGUAAGGAUUCGUAGUAAUGUGAUAGUUGUAGAUAAUGGAGGGUCAGGAGGGGAGUCUGCGGUCUUCCAGCUAAUAGUGAGCUGAGGGACCUUAUCCGACCUUCCUCCAGGAUCGUGCAUAUUGGGAUAUAUUCUCUUUCCCCUAAAAAGGCCCAGGUCCUAAAGGGGAGUCCUCCCCCUAUAUUGGGGUUGUGUGUGAUUGAGAUCAUAGGACUGGGGGUCGGAGAGACCUGCUCCAUCUUCCUAAUUGAUUUCCAGAUCUUCAGAGUCUGUGCCACCGGAUUGCCGUCCUCUUCUGAUCCACACCGACCUUUCGCCUCCCUCCAUACGUCUGCUUUAAGUUUGGUCCCCGCGUCUUCUCUGUCCAGAGUUACCCACUGUUUCGGGUCCUCUGCUGCGUGCCACUCCAGGAUACGUUGCAUAGUAGUGGCUUGUUGGUACUUUUUGAAGUCCGGCAGUGCAAGGCCUCCUCUGAUCCUGGGUAGGCAGAGCGUUUCAUAUCGAAGGCGGGAUCUUUCCCCUCUCCAAACAUAUCGGAUGACCGCCGAUUUCAGGCUAGAGAAGAACGUUGUAGGUAGCGAUAUUGGGAUGGUUUGGAAUAAGUAUAAUAUCCGUGGUAGCACGUUCAUCUUGAGGACCGCUAUCCUGCCAUGCCAGGUGAUGUGUGGAUAUGCCCAUCGAUCUAGGUCCGAAGUUACUUGUCGUAGUAUGGUGGCAAAAUUGUGUUGGUACAGGUCGCGUGGGUUGUGUGUUACCCAGAUGCCGAGAUAUUUCAUCUUCCCCUCACAUCUGCGAAAUGGGAAAGCUGCGCUCAGUGUGGCAAAUUCGGUUGGUGGGAAGGUGACGUUAAGGAUCUCACAUUUAGAUAAAUUAAGUUUGAAUCCUGCUAUUUUGCCGAAGUUUUCAAAUUCCCGGAGCAAGCAUGGCAGUGUGAUUCGUGGAUUAGAGACGAAAAAGAGGAGAUCGUCCGCAUAUGCGGCCACUUUGUGUUCCGUCCCUUUCCAUGAAUAGCCCUGGAUGUCAGGGUUCUGUCGUAUUGCCUGUAGGAGCGGUUCCAGAGACAUUGCGAAUAAAAGGGGGGAUAGGGGGCACCCCUGCCUGGUCCCGUUGUGAAUCUCAAAGCUGGUCGUAAGUGCUCCAUUUACCUUAACCGCUGCGCUGGGUUUAUCGUAUAAUGCCGAUAUCCACGACAUCAUCUUCGGUCCCAUUCCCAUGGCCCUCAAUGUCUGCAUCAUGUAAGACCAGUUGACCCGAUCGAAGGCCUUUUCAGCAUCCGUGGAUAGCAGUAUAAGGCGUUCUCGUGAAAUCCGUGCUCGAUGUUGUAUGGAGAAGAGUCGGAGUGUGCUGUCUCGGGCUUCUCUACCAGGUAUAAACCCCGUCUGAUCCGCAUGGACUAUGCUCGGUAGUACUCGUUGUAUUCUGGUGGCCAACACUUUCGUAAGAAGUUUUGAGUCCACGUUUAUUAAGGAAAUUGGCCGGUAACUGCUGCAGUGUUCGGGAUCUUUCCCGGGUUUGAGCAGGACUGCUAUAGUAGCUGCCAGUGAUUCUGUGCCGAAUCGUCCCCCUUCUGUAAUGUUAUUAAAUGCCUUAGUUAGCCAAGGUAAGAGGAUCGAGGAGAAAUGUUUGUAAUAUCCCGCAGAGUAUCCAUCCGGGCCUGGUGCCUUGCCCACCUUCGUGGCCUUCAGGGCCGCCGCCACUUCUUCGACACUAAUUUGUUCGUCUAACAUAUCUGUCGCGUCUAUGUUUGCUCGUCUGCUUACAUUAUCCCGGAGGAAGGCCUGGAUUGAUGCGGGCACGGUGUGUCCUUGCGAUGAUUCCGUCGGCGUAGGAAGGUUAUACAAGGUGUGAUAGUAUCGGCGGAAUUCAUUUGCGAUGUCUUCAGGGAAUGAGGACGUGGAUCCCGAUGGGAGGCGUAUUUUGUGCACCCUCGUGCGGGGGGUGUCGCCCCUCAGGAGGCUUGCCAGAAACUUGCCGCCCUUGUUGGCGUGAGUGUAGAAGAAAUUUUUCGAAUAUUGCAAAGAGCGAUGAUAUUUCCGUGUGAUAAGGUCUCUGAGUUGUCGUCUGGCGUUCGUCAAUUCUGUUUGUGUGGUAUCAAUUUGCAUCCGUUUGUGCUGUUGUUCCAAUUUUGCAAUGGUUUCAUAGACUUCCGUUAAUUCCCGCAUCAUUGCUUUUCUCUUGCGAGAGGCUAUUCUAAUGAGAAUGCCCCGUAUUACGCUUUUGUGUGCCUCCCAGAGUGUAAUUGGCGAGAUCUGGUCCCCAUCAUUUUCUUUGAAAUAUAGUUCCAGUGCCUGCGUGACUUCGUUUAUAACCUCAGGGUCUUGAAGUAGGGACUCAUUCAGUCGCCAGGUCCAGCGAGCUGGUUUGAAUAGAGGUGAUUCCAGUUCCACUAUCGUCGAACCGUGAUCUGACCACGUGGCUGGGCCUAUGGUAGCCGACCUGAGUCGCGACAAUCCUUCCUGUUGUAUCAGUACGUAAUCAAUUCGCGAGUAGCGAUUAUGUAAUGCUGAAAAGUGGGUGUAGUCUCUAGAAUCCGGGUGGAGUGCUCUCCAGCAGUCCACUAAUCCCAUUUCGCUCAGUGAUUUGCGAAUUGAGUGAAUGCUUGAGGCUGGUAAGCUACUAUGGCUUGUUGACGUAUCCAUCUGGGGGUCUAGUGGAGUGUUAAAAUCACCUCCCAUGAUGAUUGCCCCUUCCGCGAAGCCCUUCAGUUUACGCAGAAUUCGUCUGAUGAAUCUGGCCUGGUUUGUGUUGGGAGCAUAAAUUGACACGAAAGUGUAAAGUUUGUCCGCUAUGGUGCCUUUCAGGAAAAGGAACCUCCCCUGCGUGUCGAAUAUCUUGUCUAAUUCCUUGAAGUCCAGAUCAGCUGACAGGAUGAUGGCUACGCCCGCUUUACGAGCCGUGUUGUGGUUGCUGAAGUAAUUGUUGGGGUAGUACCGGUUCCGCAAUUUAGGUGAGAGGCCUUCUAGGAAAUGGGUCUCCUGAAGCAUAGCAACAGAUAUUUGUGUCUUCCUCAAGUCGCGUAGCAGAUGUGUGCGGCGCUCGGGAGCAUUCAGUCCCCUGCAGUUGAGGGUAAGGACACGUAGUGGCGCGUCGUGGUAGGACGCGGACAUCUCUGUAGAGCCCCGAGAGCACGCGGAGAGCUUUGCGUUUGAAACUCACUCCCUUCGCUACAGUUAGCUACAGGGAUACGUUGAGGUCCAAUCCGUUAUCUUAUGUCUUUUGGCGUUAACGGGAGCGCGAUGCCGGAGAGCUAGACUACGUACCCCCCCACCGGGCUCAGGGUUAUCGGUGCUAGGGUUGUCUUGUAUAUGGGCGACCCCUCCUCCUUUCCUAUGCCCCCCUGUACAGACUGGUUGCAAAUUCGCUACCGCUUUCGCGACAGUCAAGGACUUAUAUGACUGGUGUUUGGAGGGUGUGGUUCCCUAGCGUAAAUGUUGAUGCAUGUUUUAAAAUAUAGAAAAAUUAGACAUACUCGGCAGACAUCCAGACUGCAGUUCACACGCCCAGCUGUUCAACCACAAUCACUCACUGACUCACAAAGUACUCAUCCAUCUCGAGCUCUAAGGUAGCUUAUGAUUUUAAGUAGAUGUGGGAGAUGCUUGUGUUUCACGCUAGGCAAGAACUGCUUAACUAUUAGUUUCUGCAUUGAGGCCUUACAUGAAUCUGGCCUAUACCCACCUGUAUAGUGACUACAUGCCCACUUGGCAUAUCUAAGUAGCUCUUUCUGUUGCUUUUGUUCAAGCGGUCUAUGAUUACCUUUCCUCCCGGUGCACUUUCAACUUCCGUACAUUCAUUACCAUUCGCAAUAACUUGCAUACUGCCUUCAACCACUGACAAUUUCUCUCUGGCUUAGUAGGGAACAAUAGUAAAAAUAUAAAGAAUAAGUGAGUUGUUCAGGUCCUUCAAUUAACCGAUAAUAAGUGUCUUUAAGAAGACUGUAAGGCUUAGGCUCCGAAACAAAAUAUUAGAGGAGAAAAAAAAAAGGUAAAUGCUGCAUAUAAGCUUAAAUGAGGCUCGGCUGGCCUGGAACUACCCGGGACCAAGAAUCCUAUGGAGGGUUCUGUAGUCUAAACUGUUGACUGUCCCUCUUUGCUCCAGACUUCUUCUGUCUGUCUGAGGGGAUCCUGCCCGAGUCUCCAUGUUGUGCACGCGGGAGCUGCAGGGCUGCCAUAAAUUUAGUUGGACCCUCUCCUGAUCACAAUGUGCUCACUUCAUCUCUGUGAGGCACUACCUGGGUUCCGGGGCCCCCCACCUGUAGAGAACUCAGUUUCCCUUCAAUUGCCUGGUAACCAGCAAGAAACUACUUCUUUCUAGCAGGACUGAGAAUAGUAAGUCGUUGGACACUCCUGAUACGCUUUGAACGCUCAGUAUAUGCUUCCUCAUUCUUAUGUUCAUCUUCAUCCUCCUCAUCCAAGUCAUUAAUGAUGGUUUCCUUUAGAUUCAUCAACUGCAGAUGUCCUGGAAACUUUGUCUCCUAUAACUUGUAGUUCAUUCUUCUCAACUCUUUUGAAGCACAGCCUGCUCCAUAGUUUUCCAUCAUCCCUUGUGGGCCCAUAAUCUGUAUGUUGAGAGUAGGAUAACCAGGCAAGUGCAUAGAAUAAUGGAGAAACAUCCCCAAACAAAGGAGGAGGCGUGACAACAAGUUUAUUGUACCAUGGACAAAAAGCACAUAUCUUCAUCACAGGGUUGUUGUUGUUUUUUCUUGUUCUCCAUACAGCAAGAAACAUUAUGUGCUACUUUUUCUUAGGGAGAGGGUGAUCUUUACCAAUGGGUAAAGCAUAUUUACAUUUCAGUUACUAACAUAAUUUAUCCACAAAUGAUCAUGUACAGAGCUGCCCCUAUGUUGCCGUGGGGUUUCUUUUUUGUUAUCCUUUGCCAUUCUUUACCCUUUGCCAUUCGUAACCAGUUGAAUGUGUUUUAUCUGAAGACUCUUUGUUCCCUGUGACAUAAUAAUACUGAAACACAAGCACUUUAACCAUUCUGUAUGCCCGUUGAAAACGUUUAAUGAAAAAAGUUAUUUACGAAGAAGAAUCAGGUACAAGGAAUGGGUAACUAAAUGGGGGAAAAACAAACCAAACAAAACAAAACCCCACAUGAUAGUGUCGCUUUUACUUGGUGAUGGUGUGUAGGUGACCACGCAGGAUUGUGUUUAUACGCUUGGGGAAGACGUUGAACUCCUCUAUUUAUGUUUUCACUUUUGAGAUCAAGGUAUUUGCUGUCUGCAGAACAUUUUAUCAUCAUAGAUGAUUUGUUGAACCUUCUCUGUGUCAAAAUAAAAUCUACUGUUACAGAGCAACCAGUCUAAGACUGUUCAGCCUCAACUUUAUUACCGUAGCUUGUGCCUUGCCUUUAGCUUUCAGCAUUCUCGUGUCUGAAGCUCUUACAAUCAAAAUGCUAUGAAGUAAAAUGCUAGUGACUUAGCCAAUGAUCGAUGUGUGUACGGGUUUGUGGUGUGUGUGGGGUUUUUUUUUUUUUUUUGGUGUUUGUAAAGGAAUCUCCAGUGAUUUUGUGUUUUUAACCGAAUACAAAAGAGUAUAUUUGAUUUUUAUUGGGAUAAUAUAUGGGAUUCUUUUUAAAACCACAAAAGUUAUAAAACCUGUUAAAAUACAGAUCUUGAAAAGAAAAUAUCAUUAUGCCAAAAGCAAGGGUAUUUUGAAAAACUGAUAACCAUAUAUAAGAAGACUCUUUUUUUAAUUACUCUGAAUGUAUCUGUUUGCAUUAUGAUCACUAAAGGGAAUCUCCAGUGCCAGGAAAAUAUAUCCGUUUUCCUGGCACUGCAGGACCCUUCAGUAACUUACCUGAAUCCAGCGCCGAUGUCUCCGUUGGCGGGGGAGACCUAAUGUGCAUUCGCAGCAAUGUACGCGCACUAGACCACCCAUAAGAAAGCAUUGAAUAAUUCCGACAACACUGGAGGUCCUCGUGCAUAGCGUGAGAAUGUCCAGCAUUGUUUAAAACACUUUUUGUGUUAUUAGGACAUGGAAGUCCCUCUAGUGGCUGUCUGAUAGACAGCCACUAGAGGAGGACUUAACCCUGCAAGGUAAUUAUUGCAGUUUAUAAAAACUGCAAUAAUUACACUUGCAGGUUUAAAGGUAGUGGGACCCAAUGGGCCGAAGUGGUCUGGGUGCCUGGAGUGUCCCUUUAAAGGAACGUUAUUGGUACUACAGCUUUAUGUAGUGGUUCUGGUGUCUAUAGCCUGUCCAUGGAGUCUUAGCACUGUAAAUACUGCAUUUUCAAAGAAAAGGAACUGUUUACAUUGCUGCAUAGUAACACUGCUAGUGGCAGUUACUCAUACGGCCACUAUCUAUGGGUGCUUUCUAGUACAGGACUUUGGCUCAGUGCAUGGCGAUGUUGAACGCUCACCAUAGAGAUGCAUUGAUUCAAUUAGAAUAUUCUUAUUGGCACACUAGGUCUCUUUGCCGCACGUGCUCAAGAGCCUCCCACUGGUUUCUUAUGGGAAAGCACUGGUUUUGGAUGUGGGACUAACCACAGAGAGUGACGAGGAAGAAAGGGAUAAAAAAAAUGUAAAUAAAAUAAAAAUUCUCACCUUAUACUCAAAGGGGUGCCGGAAACCUAAACACCGAACAGGUGACUAUAGCAUUGAGAAUAAAUGUUUGCAUUCUUCACUCUAUAGUGUUCCUUUUAAGGCAAUGGUCCGCCAGGGUCUCUUCACUCAAAGUAAUAUGUUGUAGCAGUAUUAACAUAUGCAAGGACAGCAGUAGGGUUUGUAAGUAUUUGUUUUUUCUUUAUCACGGUGCUCUUGAUAGGAACAUGAGGAGCUUCUGUCUGAGUGGUUUGCAGUUAGUAAUCAUGUGUGACUUGAUAAAGUCCAUAUUAGUAGUGAUUGUAAAGCUUAUCUCAUGUCUGAUUUGCUUUUAUCUGUUUCAGUGUCCAUUUACAGUAUCUGGUUUUAUGACAAGAACGACUGCAAGCGCAUUGCCCAACUGAUGACAGAGUAAGUACAGGGGUAAAUAUUGCUGUUUCUUGUUUUAGACCAUAUACUUAUCAAUAGGUAGAAAGUUUACUAGAGAAAUUGGUAUAAAACAAAAUACAGGACUACCCCCUAUCCCUUCUUUGAUGACAGUUCUUCUUUCCCCCCCUAGUUUACCUAGUAUUUAUUGUGAUACAUAUAAAUAUAAAAAUAUAUAUAGUAUAUAAAAUCUCUCCUUGAUUGCCUCAUGUUCCUCUUUGGCUCUGUUUAAGCUCCUCAUGGCUUCAGCUGCUAGGAUUCCCUGGUGCUAGAGUGACAUGCACAAGAGACUAAAACUUGUUUCUAGAGAUGCCGCAUCCUGCGAGAAGAUUCCUGUUUACGUCAGCAGUUGCAGUUUGAGUGCCAGCAUUCGACUAUCAUAAACUGUGUGACUGUAUUUCUUAUAUUUACUGGGCAGAGCAAGUAACCUCACUUAGAUCUGAGAAACAUAGGUUCAAAUCCCAGUCAAACCACCGUGUCUGCAAGUGUCAUUGAACAAAACAUAUAAUAUAUAGCCGCCUACCUAAAAAUCCUCAUAGAUUGCAAUCUUGCAUAAGCAGGGCCUUCUUCACCUCUCAAAAUCCCCUUUCAAUUAUUUUAAAGCAUUGUAGAAUGUUGGUGCUAUAUAAAUAAUAUAAAUGUCUUCCCAUUGGAACAUUUUGCCUAUAUUCCACUCUUACAUGCAACAAUGUUGGUACUUUGUCUCAUUCUAAUUGUUUAUAAUUCCAGUAACAUUGCAACUAUAUUAUUUUCAUAAUGAAAUUCGAUUACCCCCUCCCCCCCAAUUUUUUUUUUUUUUAAUGCUGUGUUUAAUAACAAGGAUGUGACUUUUCAAAUGACUACAAAUAGAUAUAUGUUUAGUAAUUGUUUUACUUCAAGGGAGCUGGGUUUUUAUGUACUGUUUAGUGUACUCAUUUAAGGAAUCCUUUCUAUGCAUUAUAUCUCUUGAUGAGAUAUAAAAACAUUAGAUAUUUCACGAAAACUUAAGCGUGAUCAUCGCACUAUUAAGAGAUUUGUGGCUGAUUCAGAGCACAGACGGAUUCGUGCAGAUAAAGGCACAUUGAGGAAGAUUUCUGCCAGAUCCAUGCAUCGGAUCAAGAGAGCAGCUGCUACAAUACCAUUACAUAGCAGAAAACAGAUAUUUAAAGCUGGUGGUGCCUCUAGAGUCCCACGGACAUCAAGGUGUAGAGUCCUUCAGAGUCUUGCAACUGUGCAUAAACCUUCUAUUUGUCCACCAAAAACCAAUGCUCACAAGCAGAAACGGCUGCAUUGGGCAGAAAAAUACAUGAAGACUAAUUUUCAAACAGUCCUGUUUGCUCAUGAGUUCCGUGCAACCCUGGAUGGUCCAGAUGGAUGGAGUAGUGGAUGGUUGGUGGACGGCCACCCUGUUCAAACAAGACUGCGACGUCAGCAAGGCAGUGGUGGAGUCAUGUUUUGGGCCGGAAUCAUGGGAAGAAAGCUGGUUGGCCCCUUUAGGGUCCCCGAAGGUGUAAAGAUGACCUCUGCAAAGUAUGUGGCGUUUCUGACUGACCACUUUCUUCCCUGUUACAGAAGGAAGAACUAUGCUUUCCGUAAUAAAAUCCUCUUCAUGCAUGACCAUGCACCAUCUCAUGCUGCAAAGAAUACCUCUGCAUCAAUGGCUGCUCUGAGGAUAAAAGGAGAGAAAGUCAUGGUGUGGCCUCCAUCCUCCCCUGACCUCAAGAGAACCUUUGGAGCAUCCUCAAGCAAAAGAUCUAUGAGGGUGGGAGGCAGUUUACAUCCAAACAGCAGCUCUGGGAGGCUAUUCUGACAUCUUGCAAACAAAUUCAAGCAGAAACUGUCCAAAAACUCACAAGUUCAAUGGAUGCAAGACUUGUGCAGCUGCUAUCAAAUAAGGGGUCCUAUAUUAAAAUGUAAUGUGACCUGUUAAAAUGUUUAAAAAGUUAAAAUGUUGUUAUAAGUUUGAUUUGAAAUAGCUUUUGAUUUCAGUAAAUAUGCUGCAAACACAACAAAUGACAAUUUUCAGUUCUUUACAACCUAUAAAGUGUUGUGAAACUUACUGUGCGUAAUAAUUUGGAACAGUGCAUUAUAAGUUUUUUUGUUUUUUUUUUAUGUUUAACAAAAAUACUGUUAUUAGGAGGUUUGUUCAAUAAAAUUUGAAUUGUACUCUUAAUAGUUGAUAAUAUGAGAAUUAUUCUGACUGUUAUUUACAUCAAUUAUUCAGGUAAAUGAGAAAAAUAUAAUUUGCAUAAUAAUUGGAACAGGGUGUAGUGGCUCUUUUGCAGGAAACUUGGAAUAUAUAGUAGUUUGGUAGACCAUGUGCAAAAAAUUUAAAACUUAAAGUCACAAUGACUUAAUAAUUAAGAUAUUGAUUUGUAGAAUCCCCAAACUUUCUACCUGGAUUGACCGGUCACCUUUCAGGCUGAUUGCUGAUAACUGGCACCAAAAUCUGCAUUGUUAAAGUUUUGAAAAAGUAACACAAUUUCUUAACAAAUUAUGGCAUUAAAGGUGCAAUAUAGUGCCAGGAAAACAAACUCAUUUUCCUGGCGCUAAGUUAUUCGGUCUGUUUCUCUCCCACCUUCAGGGCCCCCCUCCCGCUGGCCUGAAAGGGGUUAAAACCACUUACCUUAAUCUAGCGCCGGGCUCCCUCGGCGCUGGUGACCUCUCCUCCCCCUGCCGACGUCCGCUCCGAAUGCGCGACAAGAGCCGCGUGUGCAUUCAAACCGCCCAUAGGAAAGCAUUACUCAGUGCUUUCCUAUGGAUGUCCAGCGUUUUUCUCAGUGAUUUUUUAUUUUUUUUAUUUUUUUUUAUUUUUUGGGCACUGAGAGUCAUGGACGCGUCCUCUAGUGGCUGUCAGGGAGACAGCCACUAGAGGCUGGAUUAACUCUCAAUGUAAACAUAGCCGUUUUUCUGAAACUGCUAUGUUUACAGCUGCAGUGUUAGCGGGACCUGGCACCCAGACCACUUCAUUGAGUUAAAGUGGUGUGGGUGCCUAUAGGGGUACUUUAACUGAACAUGCUAGUAGCAAUCCCUCCUAAUAGCAAUCACUCCUAUACAUCUUAGGUAGCCACCACAUGGAAUCAAUAAAAUUCCAGCAUUUACAUCGCUGUUUCGGAUAGGAGUGGGAUUGCUGACAUUCUUAUCAGCCAGCCCAGUAUUGUACUUCUUUGGUAGAUUACUUACUAAAUAUCAUUUCACCCACACAUUGCUAUGUUGUUUUCAAUUGCCAGUUAAAUAGUACACACAUUAAAGGUUGCUUAGCUUAAAAAUAAUAAUGAACUAUACACUACUCAUGACAAAAAUAGAAAGGCAUGUGUUAUACUCUGUGGCAACAAACUGACUUGUGUACCUGUAACCCAAAGCAUAAAAAAAUGUGGAUAUCAGAAAGUUAUUUUUACUAGAGAUCGACAGAUUAUCGACCUGGCAGAUAUUCAGCAUUUUCUGCAAUAUUGGUAAUGGCAUAUAAUGAUACAGAAUAUUAUGUUUUUGCGAGUAGUCAUCCAGUUGCUGUUUAACCCCUUAACGACACUUUACGGAAAUUUUCCAUUUAGGCAGACCUACCAUUAGGGGCGCACAACGGAAAAUUCAUUUACCUAAGUUAACCCCAGCUGUCCCUGCAGCUGUGAUCGCUCUGACAGGACUUCUGAUCCACCUCCCUGUGCUUCUGCGUUCAGUGUGAAGUGCAGGGAGACGAAUCAGCAGUGAUCUAGUUUAAAAUCCCACCCCUCCUUUACCCAUUUUAAAUAAAAAAUGAACCCCUUCCCUGCCAAUUGAUCAGACUUCAUUGAUCAAUUGGCAGGGGCUACAUUAUACUGUGAUCUGGUUUUUGUUAACCCCUGAGAGUUAAUUUUUUUUUUUUAAAUGUAUUAAUUUAAAUAUUUUUUAAAAAGCUAUUUAGCUUGCUGGGGUGGGUGGAAGUUAGUGGGGAAUUGGAGAAUUUGGUGUUGGGCUUGCUAAGGUUUAACAUUAAAAAAAGUUUUAAUAAUAAUAAUAAAAUAAAAAAUCCCACCCCCCUUUACCCAAUCCUAAUAAAAAUUAACCCCUUCCCUGCCAGCUGAUCACUGCCUACAGUGAUCAAAAUGCAGAUCACAGUAUUAUACAGUGACCUGAUUAAAACAAAAAAAAACCUAAGGGGUUGAAUUUAUUUAAUUUAAAUAUUGUUAAAUUAUAUAUUUUGGUGGGUGGGAGUUAUGGAAAAUUCGGGAAUUUACUGUAAGUGCUGCCUUCUGCUAGGGGUUAACCAUAGGCGUGCGCAGCCUAUUGCAUUAGGGUGUGCACCCUAAAGCACAAGCACACGCCGCAUAUAUAUGUAUGUAUGUAUGUAUGUGUGUGUGUGUAUAUAUAUACAUACACAUAUACACACACUGCUGUGUGUGUGUGUGUGUGGGUGCUGUUAGUGUGAUGUGUGUGUGACGAUGCUGGUAGUGUGCUAUGUGGGUGAGGGUGUUUGUGUGUGCGUGCUUGUGAGGAUGCUGUUAAUGUACUGUGUGUGAGGGUGCUGUGUGUGAGCGCUUGUGAGGGUGCUGUUAAUGUACUGUGUGUGAGGGUGCUAUUUGUGUGUGAGGGUACUGGUAGUGUGCUGUAUUUGUGAGGGUACUGGUAGUGUGCUGUGUGUGUGUGUGUGAGGGUGCUGUUUGUGUGCUGUGUGUGAGGGUGCUGUAUGUGUGUGAGGGUGCUGUAUGUGUGUGAGGGUGCUGUAUGUGUGUGAGGGUGCUGUGUAUGUUUGUGGGUGCUGAAUGUGUGUGGGUGGGUGAUUGUGGGGGUGGAGGUGGGGGUACAUUACUUGCUAUCCCCCCUCCCUUCUUACCUUUUGUAGGGAGGGGGGAUCGUGCUGCUGCUUCCUUCCCUGGUGGUCCAGUGGAGGAGGGGAUCGUGCUGCUGUGAUCCCUGGUGGUCCAGUGGAGAGUGAACUCUAACCCCUGUGGGGCUAGAGUUCACUCUCGCGAGAUUAGAGCGUUGCCGUGGCAAUGCUCAUAUCUCACGAGAGGAACCCGGCGGAGCUGCCGGCAAGAGCUCCGCCGGGUCCUCUCCUGCCUCCCUCCCUGCAUGUGGGUCAGUGGGGAGGGAGGCUGAGAGCAGAGCCGGCGCUCGGAUAGCGCCGGCUCUGCAUGAGCCGACAGGGGAGAUCCUGAGAUCUCCCCUGCCGGUCUCAAUAUACAUGGGCGUGCCGCGGGGAUUAGGGUGUGCCCAGGCACACCCCGUGCGCACGCCUAUGGGGUUAACGGUAAAAAAGUGUUUAUCCAAAUUUUAAGUGUAAAAAAGUUUUAAGAAAGUUUAACGCUGUUACGGCGUUCUAUGCCGUCCCCAUUAUAAUGGGCUUUAAUGCGGUACUUCUGCCACGAUACUCCCAUGGCAAAUCAGGCCCCUAUAGCUGGCUGUGGAUCUGCCAGCAGGGGGACUGUCUGGGCUGUCAGACAGUCCUCCUGCUGGUGGGUAGUGUAAAAAAAAUAAAAUAAAAAUAAUUUAUUAAACGUGUGUGUGUGUGUGUGUGUGUGUGUGUGUGUGUGUAUAUAUUCUCUCUAUAUAUCUUAUAUAGAUGUAACGUCAUACGUAGUGUAUUUUAAUAUUAAUAUAAGUAAAUAUAUUAGUAUUAAAAUACACUUAGAAUGAAGUUACAUUUAUUUAUAUAUGUAUAACUAAUAAAAUAAUAAAAUAUUUUUAAAACUUUAAAAUAUAUAUAUAUAUAUAUAUAUAUAUAUAUAUAUAUACACACACAUAUAAGGAAGCCUGAUUAAAGUCCUAAACAUGGACUGAAAUGUUGAGCAGCUAUUUUUAAAGAUGGAUGAAUAAGUUUACUUUUAAUCACCUAUUGGAAUCCAAGAGUGCUAGUCAUCUUCUCUAUUGGUAUGUGUAAUCCCCCCAGAUUGCAAGCACCCAGUUUAACUACUUUGGAGCCAGUGUGCAAGGACAUUGUGGCUUAUUAUUUUAUAUAUAUAUAAUAUAACAUUUUUUGUAUCCUGUAUAAUAAAGCAGCAUUUAUUUUUCAAAGUAUAAGACUCUAGAGUGCUCUCUUCUUGGAUACUACGUACUGGUUGGAGAUUGUUUGCACCGGAGCAUGAAAAGACCGGGAACCUUGAGUGCUGGGACCUGGGAGUAUAUAUAUGGUUUUGCAUCUUUUCCUAAAUUGUGUUACAAGCAGUUGUAUACUGCAAACACAGAUUAAAAGGAAUCCAUGUUUAAAAUGGAAUGAGGCAAAAAUGUGAUUCUUUGUUAAACUAAUUUGCAUAUGCCCACCCAGAAUCCUUUGCGGUUGUAACAUCACUGCAGAUUUGGGAUUUCUGUGGGAAAAGCAAGUCUUAUGACUUGACUGGUGUGCAGAUUUUUGCUUAACAUUGUAUUAACUGUGUGUGUGUAUGUGUGUGUAUGUAUGCAUGUAUGUUGGUAACAAAAUACACUUAGAAUGACAUUCUAUAUAUAUCUAUAUAAUACACAAACAAAUUGCCAUGCGCUUGGUUACUCCAACCAAGACCAUUUCAGUGAUUUUUAUUAUUAUAUUUAUAGAGCGCCAUCAAAUUCCGCAGCGCUUUACAAUGGGUGGACGAACAGACAUGUAAUUGUAACCAGACAAGUUGGACACACAGGAACAGAGGGGUUGAGGGCCCUGCUCAAUGAGCUUACAUGCUAGAGGGAGUGGGGUAAAAUGACACAAAAAGGUAAGGAUAGUAUUAGACUAGUUACAGUUGCAAGAGAGGAAUCAGUUGGGAGCUAGUAACAGUUUAAUUGAUACGCUUUUAUGAAGAAGUGGGUUUUUAACGAUUUUUUUGAAGGAGUGCAGACUGGGUGAGCAUCUAAUGGAGGAGGGAAGCGAGUUCCACAGGAACGGUGCAGCCCUCGAGAAAUCUUGAAGGCGAGCAUCAGAUUUGGGAGUACUGACAGAAGAUAGACGUAAGUCUUCAGCAGAUCGUAAGGGCCUAGCCGGGACAUUCUUGUGUAUAAGGGAUGAUAGAUAGGUGGGAGCAGCAUUAUGUAGAGACUUGAAAGCAAGAACCAGAAUUUUAAAUUGAGCUUUAUAUUUUAUAGGUUAUAAGUGGUGGUGGUGCCUGAAGUCUUUAUAUGCAGCGUUUUGACACACAAUUCUGCAGAUACUGAGUUUAACCCCAUUGCUGCCAGAGUUGUAACUCCACUUCCAGUAGCGUAAUUGGGUUGUCAUUAGGCAGCCCAGUACAAGAGUUCCGGGUGGCUAAUAUCAAUUCUGUGCAUAUUAGACAUCUGUCUUCAGCAUAUAUAGUAUAAAAUUACGCACACCCAGAAGGCUGCACUAACCUGGUCAUGCAUACAUUAUAGGGUGCUGCUGGGGCCAAUUUAUACCACAUAUAAAAUCCAGCGCACUCGCUUAUUCACUAAACAGCAAUUUCAGAAUAGUUUUAUUUAAAAACACCUCACCUAGGCAAAAAAAUUAUUGGGGUUUAAUUACAGUAUAUGAUCAUACAUUGCAUAAGCCUGCCACAACAUCAAUAGAUAUCUCUAUAUCUACAGGGGUAUUGCUGUACUCAGACGACAUAGCUGAACAACAUAUGAAGUAUUAUACAGUCGUAGCACACAUAAGGUUUGCAAAAUAUACUGUGCAAACUCACUUUGUCAAAAAGGCAGAAAAAAUGCUUAUUACCACUACACUUAGUGCAAGCUAGCUGAAAAAUAAUCCCACGCUAAAGUUCAAAAUAUGUCUUUUGAAAUACCCUGGGAUGUCUUCUUUAAGAAAUGGUAUGCCUUUCUGGUGUAGCUGGAAUAUGUAGCCUGCUCAAGUGCUCCAAAGUGGGACAUGGACAAAAUUCACCCUUAAAAACCUGAACUUGUCAUGUCUUUUACAGCACUGUAACUUCACAAAAUAGUGUCUAGGUCAUACAUUGGGCAUAUUGUUUCUCGGAAGAUGUAACUGAGUAUAAUUUGAGGGAUUUUUAUGACAGUGGCCCAUAUCAACUAAUACAUCAAGUAAGAAAUACAAAAACGCAACAUGUAUGUAAACAUGCAAUUUUUUUCUCCCCCUUACAAACAUUGACGUACAUUGGUGAAAAAAUGGUGACAAGUUAAGGCACAAUAUACACCAUAUAAGAUACCUUGGGGUGUCUGCUUUAUGAAAACCCUUUGUUGGGUUAUUUGAACAGUCAAACAACUAUAAUACCCCAACAUGACACAUAGGCCCAUCAUAUCCAUCUAUGAAAAUUCUAACCUGUGGAAACUGAAAUAGCAUUGUCUCUUAGGCAUAGUAGCUUCACAGAAGAGUGCCAGAGGCAUACAAUAGGGGUAUUGUUAUAAUUAGCAGAUGUAGCUGAACACAAUAUGGUGUUCUGUGCAGGAACAGCACACACCAGCUUUACAAAAUACACAUUACAAAAACCUUGUUAUAUGUGUGUAUGCCAAAAUAAAGAAAAAACACAAUCUUACUCCAAUAUUUCGCAGAGAUUGGCGAUGAAAUGGCUACGUAAAAAGUUUCCCCCCAUUUUUUGGCGGCAUUAAUGAGAAUUUAUCUAUGUAUAUGUGACGUAAAAUUAAUGCCCUUUUUGCCCUCUAAAAAAUGGUAUAUAACAUGUUGGUGCAAUAAAUGACAGAGAUGCAAAUUGCGUUUGAAUACAAACCGCAAAAAAAUGCAAAAAUGGCCUGUGUCCUUAAAGGACCACUAUAGUGCCAGGAAAGCAUACUCGUUUUCCUGGCACUAUAGUGCCCUGAGGGUCCCCCUCCCGUCUGGCUCUGGAAGGGGGAAAGGGGUUAAAUCUUACCUUUUUCCAGCACUGGGCGGGGAGCUCUCCUCCUCCGAUCCUCCUCCUCUCCUCCCCGUCGGUUGAAUGCGCACGCGCGGCAAGAGCUGCGCGCGCAUUCAGCCGGUCACAUAGGAAAGCAUUAUUAAUGCUUUCCUAUGGACGCUUGCGUGCUCUCACUGUGAUUUUCACAGUGAGCAGCACGCAAGCGCCUCUAGCGGCUGUCAAUGACAGCCGCUAGAGGAUUUGGGGGAAGGCUUAACCCAUUCAUAAACAUAGCAGUUUCUCUGAAACUGCUAUGUUUAUAAAAGAAUGGGUUAACCCUAGAAGGACCUGGCACCCAGACCACUUCAUUAAGCUGAAGUGGUCUGGGUGCCUAGAGUGGUCAUUUAAGGGUAAGUCCAGUUUUUGAAACUGCGUCCUUAAGGGGUUAAACAUCUGUACAGUCUCUGAUAAAACCACUUCAGGCUGAGAAGUCCACUUCCUCAUUGUUCUUGCUGUAAAAAAAGAGAGAAAAAUGAAUUUGCCUUCAGAUUGUCUCCUUUAUUCCAAAUGUGUGACAUUGCGUCCUAUUUAUGAAUAGAUUUCUAGACAAUGGUUUGUAUUGACCGUAAAUAUAUUUGUACAAUGCUAUCAUAUCCCCUCUGCGGUGCUGUUUUUCUAAAUUAAAAAGAUUUAUAUUUGUUAACCUUUCUUCAUAACUAAGAUGCUCUAUUAUUCCUGUUAUUAACUUUUUAUUUUUAAAUGCUUUAUUGUUGUUGUGCGAUAAAAUUAGUCAGGCCUGACAUGCUACAAUAGCAAUCUCAGGCAACAUGAAGCUUACAUAUCAUGACAUGGAGUACGUUCUUUUUUAUGAUUAGUAAACAUGUUCUUGUAAGAUAUGUCAGAAAUUAGGUGAGUAUGAGUAGCAGUUAAAUCAGCAGAUGUGAACUGAUAACUUAGUCAAGAUAAGAUUAAACAAAAUUAAUAGCAUGCUUUAAAGUACUAACCGUCUUUAAAGAGGAAUAAAACAUGCUUAGUAACAACCUAAAGUAGUUUUAAUGCUACUGGGUACUGAGUACAGCAUGAGGAGUGAGUAAAGGAAAGGACAGGAACCCCUGCUUAGGAAAGACCGGCAGAUGGUUUAUGUUAUGCAGAGUCUACACUUUCAUUGCCUCGUGAAUUACCAAACACCUCAGAUAUGAUAUAUCCGUGCCCCUGGUGUCUUGCUUCAUGGUACCCUUUUGGUUUAAAAUAAAAAUGGAAAAAAGGAAAAACGCAUUUCUGAAACUGAGGUGCCUUUUUGUUCUGUUUUCCAGAGCCCAAUAAUUUGAGUUUUAGUCAAUCUGCAAGCUCUUUCUCUUCUGAGCUCAAAGGAAUACAGUGGAUUUCUAAGACCCGCAGAGAUGGCAGUUUGAAUGAUUGAUGCAUGUAAUAAUUGUUUGGACGGCAUGUUUUGGGCUAGCCAUCAGCUGUUCUGUACAAGGCAUCAGACAUGACAUGCUUCUCCCUCGCUACGCUUGUUUUGUUGAUUUUUAAUAUGGGUUUUAUUAAAAAGGAUUAGAAUGGAGAUACGAUUGUUGUUGUUUUUUGUCUUUUGGUUUAUUUAUUUUUGUCUCAAUCCACCCCCGUACAUUGUCAUGGUCCGAUUUUUGUCAUGUUAAAGAUUUUAGUUGGUGAUGCAGAGGCAAAGGGGGAAAACAAAAACAGGUCAGCUAGGGAUUUUUUUAAUUUGCUAAUAUGUAGCCGUAAUGACAGUGGAAAUUACAAAUAAACAUUUUGUGUAUUUUAAAAUGUACUGAUUUGAUAGACUUGUGGAUAAAUAACAUUGUUUCACAUUUUAAACUGUGCAUAAUAAAAAAGUAACCCCAUUUCAGAGGGGCUAGUACCUAAAGAGAUGAUCUGGGUUAUAAUUGUUUUUUUUAAAUUAUUUUUAUUAUGCAAGGCAGUUAAAAUUAUAUUUAAAAAAUUUACAAAUAAUUUCCUGACUCUUCUGGAGGUUUUUCAGCUAAUUUGAUUCAACCUCUUGCCCAGAGGUAAAUUCCAUUUUUGUUCAGUGUCCAAUAAAAUGCUUCUCCAACAGCAGGGGUAUCCAAACCUUUUUCAAAGAGGGCCAGAUUUGAUGGUGAACAUGCGUGCGGGCCGACCAUUUUGCCUGACACUCUUUGAACCAUUAAAAUUAAAUGCAAAUUAAUGCAAAAUUUAUUGCAAACGGCAUACUUUACAUUUCAUCUUUUAUUCUGUCUCUUUAUUCUGUCCCUUCUCUCUUUUAUUCUGUUCCUUCUCUCUUUUUUUUAUUCUGUCCCUUCUUUUUUUAUCCUCUCUUUAUUCUGUCCCUUCUCUCUUAUUCUGUCCCUUCUCUGUUUUAUUCUGCCCCUUCUCUGUUUUAUUCUGCCCCUUCUCUUUUAUUCUGCCCCAUCAUUCUCUGCACCUUCUCUUUUAUUCUGCCCCUUCUUUUAUUCUGUCCCUUCAUUCUCUGCCCCUUCUUUUAUUCCGUCCCUUUAUUCUCUGCCCCUUCUUUUAUUCUGCCCCUUCAUUCUCUGCCCCUUCUCUUUGAUUCUGCCACUUCAUUCUUUGCCCCUUCUCUUUGAUUCUGCCCCUUCAUUCUCUGCCUCUUCUCUUUUAUUCUGCCCCUUCCCUCUUUUAUUCUGCCCCUUUAUUUUCUCACCCUUCCCUCUUUUAUUCUGCUCCUUCCCUCUUUAAUUCUGCCCCUUCCCUCUUUAAUUCUGCCCCGUCCCUCUUUUAUUCUGCUCCUUCAUUCUCUGCCUCCUUGGAGAAGGAACCAAAUCCCGCGAUGUCCAAGAGAUCGCUAGAACUCAGACUGAGGUCGCUGCACGUCCGUCUGCGUUCUCGCGAUCUCUUGACCCCAGUGGAGCCCCGUGUGCUGCUCAGGACCGUGGCGUUCAAAGAUCCAGGGAUCUUGAGCAGCGCUCGGGGAUUCACUGGGGGCCACAACAAAUAGAUUAGCCGAAUAACCGUGGGGCCGUAUUAAACCGGAGCGCGGGCCGGACUUUAGACAUGACUGUCCUAGAGAAACACUGUAAAUGCAGAGACCACAUUUUGUAAACUAUGGAGAGAAGAAAAAAAAAAAAAAAAUUAUAUAUAAUAUUCAAUAAUUAAAUAGCUUUCUCCUCUCAAAACAACUUGUUAAACCUUUGCAAUAGAUGCAGAUAUAUCUUUAACUACAACACACCCUCCUUUUUCUCGUUGGUCUUAUCCAAAAUUCUCCUUUGAAGCCAUAUUGGUUUCCUAUACGGGUUCCAUCUUGGACAACUUGCGGAACUGUGGCUAAUGAAGCAAAUCUCAUUUCUUAGGAUCAUACUGCUGUCUACUUCCUUAGACUUCUUCCCCAUUGGGUCAGCUUUUGCUAUGUAUCAGAGAAUAACAGUCAAUCCUUUGGUAUAUCUUGGAGCAAAUAUCUCAAUGGAGCUCAGGUAAAAUCCAUUUCUGCAAGAUCAGGGCUUCCCCAACUUUUAUAGGCCACGACCCACUUUUGAAAACCGGAAUUUUUCCAGACCCACUUGCUUUUAAAGCAUAUUUUAAAAAUGAAUAAACUUGGCACAUCAUGGCAGCUUUAGAUGCAUAAAAUUGGCACACCAUGACAAUCUGCUUUAGAGGCAUAAACUAGGCAUAUCAUGGCAAUUAGUUUACACAUAAAACUGGCACACCAGGGCAAUCACAUUCAGAUGCAUACAAUUGGCACACAAUUGCAAUCGGUUUUAGAUGCAUAAAACUAGAACAUAAUGUCCGCUUUAGAUGCAUACAGUUGGCACACCAUGGCAACCCACUGUAGAUGGAUAAAAUUGGCACAUCAUGGCAAUCGGUUUUAGAGGCAUAAACUUCGCACAUCAUGGCAAUCUGCUUUAGAUACGCACUUGGCAGAUUUAGAGGCAUCAUUUUGGUAUACCAUGGCAGAUUUAGAGGCAGAAACUUGACUUGACAUAUGGCUGUUUUAGAGGCAUAAUUCUGGGAUAUCAUGGCAAUCCGAGGCAUACAACUGGUUACUCACAGACUCUGGCAGAAUCAAAAGCGCUGUGUCCCUCUCUUUCAUCCAGGCAUCUUGCAUUGAGUAUCCCAGUGGUAGAUCCCCAUCUUUAGGAUAACUUCAACAAUGCUAUGCCAGCUGGGGAUCUACCAUUUGCCCAUCAUUGCAGGGUUGUAUUUGUGAGCAGUAUUUGAGUGUUUAUAUGGAAUAUGUGUGUGAAUAUAUGUUAGUGUGUGUGUGUCCACCUGCAUUCAGACACACAUGCAAAUACACACACACACAGACACAGCAAUACACACACACUCAUGUACACUCAGAUACACACUGAUGCACAAUACACACAUGGAUACACAGUCACACACACUGACAAAAAGGGCACACAGAUAAACAUACACACAGAAACAGGAGCGGAGAGUGACAGUGUGUGUGCAGAGGGAGGUGAUGGUGACUGUGAGGUGGGUGAGGGUGACCGGGUGAAGGAGGUGAGGGUGACCUUGUGGGAGGGGUUAGGGUAACCGUGGAGGUAAGGGUGACAGUGUGGGGGGUGAGACUGAUGGUGACCAGGCCAGCAAUUACAAUAUGUUUUAUGCAGUCUCUGGUGAUCCAGUGGUCUCCCCUCCUUCCCUCUUACCUAGUGGUCAGGUGGCCUUUGCCAGCUGCAGACCAGGCAGAUAUUGUCUUGCGAGCUCUGGCACGUGACGUUUUAGAGUGUUGCCACAGUAAUCCACUGCAAAGCUUUGUGAUUGGUGGAGUCUGCAGCUCUGCCUCCACCAGACGAUGUGCAGGGCUUUUUCCUUGUUACCAAGGGGCUCCGCACCCAGAGACACACAUUGUAAGCUGCUGUGCCCCCUCUUGGUGUCAGGCCCUUGGUCAUGGACAGAGAGCACUACUAAUCAGUUUGCAGACUCUUUCCCCAGUCACUGGCGACCCUGGAUGCGUGGGUCCACGCAACCUACACUUUGGGAAACUCUGUUCUAGAUCAAGUCCAAAAUGUAAAAUAGGCUUUUUAGGCUGUUUAUUUUUAUUUUUUUUUGUUUUGUUUUUUUGGUCUUUUCAUAUGGACACAUUUUUAGGCAACUGAUCUAUUAAAAUACUGUUGCACGUAUUGAUUUUUUUGUUUUUAUUAUUAUUCUGUUACCAUAUGUCUUGUUUGAGAUGACUGUGGUUAGAAAACCAAUCAUUUAUUUAAUGUUUUGUAUCUUCAGUGUAGUAUCGCUAGAAUCUGAGAGUGUGAGGGCGAGGACCAGUCCCCUUGUAACAAAUGGUGGAGCAGACCAACCAAUUGACAUCUUGGAGAUGCUAAGUAAAGCCAAGAAUGAAUAUGAAAAGGUGAGGAAAUCUUUUUAUGUAGAGGUGAAAUUUUGCAUACUAUAAUAAAUAAAACCUUGCAAAUGUUUGGUGCAUCUUGCGAAACAGUAAAUUGAAAAAAUGUAGCCACAGUAUGUAAGCUGUUUAAGAAAAAUAAAAUAAAAUUAGCCAACAAGCAGACUCCACUCACAUUGCUGCUGCCAGUAUGCGACUCCGGAGUCCAGCCUCUGGUAUACCCCCAAUGGCGCCGUCCGCGCCCUGUGCCAAAGUGGAUCCUCCUGCUACUCCUUGAAACCCUGUGAAGGUGGAGCACGUUGAUGUCGCGUCUGAGUGUGACAUGGCGUUGUGUGCCUCCUUGUACCUCCAGGUCCUCCACUGUCCAGGAGCGGCCAUCGCAACACUGAUCCACACACACACACACACACUGACCCACACACACACACAUAGACAGACGCACACAUUUACACAUUCUUGCACACACUCACAAAUAUUUACAGUACAUUCCAAGUAAUCUAUUUAAUGGUUUUUUUUUUAAUGCCAGUGUGCAGAUAUGUGUGUAUUAAAUAAUAUACACGUCUUACUGCAAAAUAUAUUUCUAAAUUUCUGUGAGGAAAUUCUGUAUCGUACUGUCAUAAGAAUUUGCAUUUCUUGUCCUCUUUAAUUUUAAUGUUUUGUUUAAUGUAAGCCAUGCAGGGGUCUCAUUAAGCAAAGCACAAAUCUGCACUGGCUGUAAUAAUUAAAGGCAAGCAAUGAGUAAGGGAAGUGCUUACUUAGCCGAUACGUUCCAGAUGGAUCAUAAAAUAAUCCUGUUGAGCCGCCCACGCAAGAUUGGCCCGGUGUCAGACUGGCAAUGCCACAAAGGCACAGAGAUUUAUUAAGGACCGAGUGACUUAAUCUAGACUUCCAAAUACAGUUUAAUCCUCCAAGUACUUGCUGUCCCUGUGCAAACAGGAGUGUCAUUCUGAGGCCUUUGAAACCAUGCCUGCCAUCGUAACAAAAAAGAUAUUGUGUUAGACGUGCAAUCGUGGGCCAAUCGUUUUUGACUUUUUGUUUUUUGUUUGUUUUUUGUUUUUUACAAAAAUGUCUGGACAUGGGUAGCUUAACUCUGUACUCAACCCACUGUCAGUGUGUGUCUGAGAAAUAACAUUUAAAGCAGGAUGUUAACUGUCAAAGCGCUACAGGGGUGAAUGCUAGCUGCUUGACUCAUUGCAUGCUAAAUUUCACUGAAGCACAAUGACAGAAUUGCGUUGGUCCUACAGGACCCGUGUAGCAUCUAGAAAACCAGAGUUCUUAAAACAGUUCUGUAUAUCUUUUACAUGCCAUGUGAGUUUUAACUAACCUAUGACGUAUCUAAAACGUCAGUACCUGCUGUCUGAUAAUAACCACUACUUUACACCUUUUUAGUUAGAUGAAGCUCUGCGCCUACAAUCUUGAUGUGGUGUGGACAUUAAGGAUUGUUAAAAAAUUUAUUUAUUUUAAAAUUUGUUUUAGAUUAACAUUUUAACAAUGUUUAGUGGUGACUGGCUGGCAUAAGGUAUUACUUCACUGAACAAAUACAGAAUAAAUAGAAAUCACUAGUUGGUAGAUAUACCCCCUAUGAAAACUUGAGUGCAUUUAAUUAUAUGAAAUUUGGGGGUUUAUCUAAACGCAGGUUGCUAAACCUGCAGUCCUCCUGUCUGCUGCCUUUGCAAUCCCUCCCCUUCUAAACACGCCCAGACUUUCUGUGGCUGUCAAAUCACAGAUGUCCCAAUGCAGCUCAAUGAGAAGUCUUUCCAGGGCAGGUGCUUUGGGCAAUUGCUGCCUCUUGAGUUUAGCUCCACUGAGCUAACCAAACCAGGAGUUAACAGGACCGGUUGUUUCAUUCAGAGUCAAUGCGGUGUAACCAAGUUGAUUUAUAAAAGUGUCACUUUCUAUUGAAAUCUGCACUUUUUGCAAAAUAAAAAGAGGACAUACUUUUCACACAGCAAAGCUUUCAGCAAGCUAAAUUGCUUCAAGGUUCUAAAAUAUUCCUUGAAUUUAAACAUCCAUAUUAUUGUCCCCCACUCUCUAUUACUAAAAAAUGAUUCGGGUAUUAGGAAAUAAGGUAAGAGAAAAUGCUGAAUUGAAUCCAAUCUCAACACAAUGAAUUUAAAUAUGCACAUUUAAAAAUAAAAAUUUGUGUUUGCUUUAGGGUCAUGUAGUAAAUGAUCAGACUACAACGUCUGGGGUACAGAAGAAUGUAAGGAUGAUCAAAGCAGACCCUGUGGAAACAUCAGAACCCCCUAGUUCUUCUCAAGAUAAGGUACACAUGGCUUUCAUAAGUCACAACAAAUUGUUUUUACCUGUAAUUUGCCAGUUGCCUUUUUUUUAAUUAAAUUGUAUUGUUUUUAUUUAUAUUUAUUGGUGUGUUGUAUGAACGCCGUUGCCAUGUUGUGUAGCUAGUUUCAUGUUUUUAAAGUGUAUGAUGAUAUUAAGUUGAGUGGAGAAAGUAUCAAGUGGUAAAAAGGGAAUUUUACUCUUUUAUUUAUUUAUUUUUCUUCUUCUUCUAUUCCACACCGCCCCGCCUGGGCUGAUAAUUAAUUAUGAGAUGACAAUGACCUUAAGUACAUACAGGCAAAAGUAGCUUUAGGACAACUCUGUGAAAGUUCUUGAAUGACUCAGUCAGAGCUCAGACUUAAUCCAAUCGAACAUGAUUUGGAGAGCACUGAAAAUGGUCAGAGCUUGAAAGGAUCUGCACAGAUGAAUGACAGAAACUGCCCAAAUCCAGGCUUGCAAAACCUGUUGCAUCCUACCCAAAAAGGCUUGUGGCUAUAAUAGCUGCAAAAGGUGCUUCAACCAAGUACGGAGUUAAGGGUCUGAAUACUUGUACUUAUAUGGAUGUUGUUGUUUUUUCUGUUCCAUAUAUUUGCAAUGGUGUACAAAAACAAAAAAAAAAACUUUUUUUUUUUUUUGGGUAAUAAGAUUUUCAACAAAUAUAUAUAUUUGUUCAUAUUACACACAAAACUCAGAAGUCUUCAUUUUUUUAUUUUGGUUUUCUUUUUCAAGUACAAAAAUUCUCAACUUUUUUUUAUUAUUGUUAUUAUUAUUGUAUGACCCCCAACUCAAAAAAACAAAAAAGAAAUUGCAAGAGUGCCAAAAACCACACCAUUUGAAUUAAUACUUCAUUUGACAGGUUUGUUAUACCUUGGAAACAAAUUCAUCACUAUACAACCUUGUUGAAGCUGAAGUUAACAGUGACAGACUGAUCCCCUAAAGAGUGAGAGUUUCUGGAUGUCCAGUAAUGAUGUGCCCAGUAAUACUCUGGUCCUUGCUUGUAAUUUUCCCUUAAGUAAGACAUUCUGUUUAAGUGUUAUUGUAAUUAUCAACCCAUUAUCUGCUCCCAGUAUUUCCAAUGACUACUAACCAUCGGUGAGUAAAUGGACUCCCGAUCCUGGUGGUGUCACAGAACUUGGUUAUACAAGACUUCUAAUGUAAAGCUCUGCAAAAAGCCAUUCGCCAUCUUGAUGCAAUCAUGAUACCUAUUCUUAGACUUUUCAACAACACUUUUAUAUUGAUUGGAUCAGUGAAAAGGGGCACUAUAUCUUUCAAUAAACACUCAAGUUUCAGCAGUUGCAAUUCUACCACAGAGGAGUUAUCAACACUUAGUCAUUUUAGGUACUGAAUUCCAUUAAACACUUCUGUAACAAUUAACCAAUUCCCUGAUAGUGUUUGCACAAGAGCAGAAUGAACAUCUACCCUGACAUGACGGCGCAAAUAACAUUCCCUGUUAAUAAUUUAAACCAGGGAUGCCCAAAAGGUAGAUCUCCAGAUGAUGUAGAACUACCACUUCCAUUAUGCUUUGUAUGCCUUUAGAAUGACAAAGCAUCAUGGAAGCUGUAGUUUUAAAACAUUUAGGGAUCUUUCUUUUGGGCACCUGUGAUUUCAACGAAUUACAAUAAGGACACAUAAGUUCUGUAACUGAAGUGUAACAAUAACCUGUAAAUACACAAGUGCAGUAUGGGAAAUGACUGUUUUAGUGGUACCACAUAUUAGGUUAGUGACCUGCUAUUGCAUAUUUGGCUAUCAAACCUUGAUCUGAAAGCCAGGUUUUCUGAUUAACCUCAAAAGUCUAUUGAUUCAGCAUUCCAAAAUAUAUGUAUAAAUCACAGGUUCUGUCCCACAAUGUGUUUCUAUAGCUGUGUUAUGGGCAAUAAAAUGGAUUGUGAUAAGUCAAAAGACUGAAAAUAUUAUCGGUUUCCAAAGAUGGAUUUUAAAUUAACCCUGAAUUAGCGGAGUGGCUGCUAGAGAAAAAAAUACCUUGAAUGCUGAUGAUUUUAAAGGACAUUCUAAUUGCUGUAUCUGUUAAUAGAAUAGGGCUUCAAACAGUUACCCAUUGUCAUUAACCAUGUUCUCUAAUGACUGCUUUAGUCAUGCAGUAUUAUUGAGAUUAUUCUGAAGAUCCAUCUCUGCGUAUAUGAAGUGGGAGCAUUUUUAUGUCCCUUUUUGUUGUUGUUGUAGCAAUGGGAUGGAAGGGAUAAUUUUGAGAAGCAGUAGAAGCAUAUUUGUUUUAAUUGGGAGCAUGCAGUUUUUCAGCCAGUGGUCAGUGCAUCACGUUGUGAAGCUGUGCUUGUUAUCUAAUCGUGUGUGGUUUUACCAUAUGUCCAAUAUGCUUUGAUUAUGUGUUGUUACUCUGUUGAGUUCAGUGAAAAUACACUUAGGCCAUCUGUAAGGAUUAGCCAGUAGAAUGCACACAUCCAUAUGUGACUGUGUUGACUAAAGUAAUUGCCUCUUGCUCUCUGCGGCACCUUUGCAAAGUAGUAUUCCCACUCACUCAGUUAUAGGGUUAUACAAGCAUCCCCCAGAGAGCUAUCCGGCAUUGAGAGUUCUGCUAUGAAUUCACGGUGCUCUGCGGAGGGACCCAUGGUGCACUCCUGCCACCUAGUGCAGAGAGCAAGCUUUGCAGAGUUUUUUUUUUUUUUUCGCUUGAACAGGAGCAACAUUUUAAAUAUAUUUGCCACUUAGGCGUGUUAGAGCAGAACUGUAGGCUUAUUUAAAGGAAUACUAUAGUGUUAAGAAUAGAAACCUGUAUUCCUAGCACUGCAGUGACUCUAUCCCUCAUUAGAUUCAGCUCUUCUCCAUUUCCCCCAAAAUAAAGGUCUUGUGGCUAUAAUAGCGCUGCUCACUUCUUUGCCUCCCACAGUAUCAUCGUGGAGGCGACACUUCCUUGCUUGCUCCUAAUCCAAUGCUUCUCUUAACUCAAGCAUCUUACUGCAGAAAGCAUUUAACAAUUUUCGUGUAUGUUGUUGGUUUGCAAUUAACAAAAGAUGCUCCCCUGGCUAAAGAUAAAACUGCAAAUGUCUUUUUAUCAAUGUGCUAAACACACUGAAUUUGUAUCAUUUAUAAUAAAAAAUGGAACUUAAACAAUAUUUAUAGGACUUUUAACAGUAAUUAUACAAAAUCAUCCAUGAUUCUCAGUCACUAUUGAACUGCUGCAGUUUGUCAGUAUAAUGUCGAGUGUGGGUAGCAAAUGUGAUCAGAUAUGAACAGAAAAAGUGGUGAUCGUGCAUUUAUAUCUUACUCUUUAAAUCUGUCAAAAUGUUUUGUUUCUCUAAUCUUUUCUUAUUUAAUUUAUGUUUUUAGUCUUUCCAUGCAGUGCAGAAACACUUGACUGUGGAAGAACUCUUUGGGACCUCUUUAUCUAAAGAGCAAACGGCUUCCUUUCACCUUAAUUCUGAAACAUCUGAGCUGCUGCCAGAGGAAGGAGCACGUAGUGCUUAUUUGCCUUUUUCUUCUGACCAGUCCAAGCUGCUCCAACCACUGACAAUGAAGUCAGAGCCUGCAGAAUUUAGCUCUAGCUCCAAUGAGUGUGCUCAUCCUGCCUUUAAUUCAGUAUUAAUACCCCAAGUCCCAGUCUCACAACCAGACUGCCAGAGAAUACAACCCUUUCCUAUAAGGUUAAGUCCUAGUCUUUGUUCAGCACCCGCAUCUGAUGUGCUGACUAAAUCCACCUCCCUUAGUUCCAGCAAUACAACCUGCAUCAGACAUGUCAUGCAAAAUACUGGCAGGCAGCUGUCCCCUCUUAUGAGCCAGCCACUUUCAGACUUCAGUAAUUCUACCUCAAAUCCACCCAUCCUUCCACCAUGUAUUCCUGUUAGCCUUGGUAAAGUGUCCAGCACGACUCCGUCAGAUGUCGAGCUACUCCAGAAGCUAAAGUUGACCUCUCAAGUAGACCAAAUACAGCCGCAGCCCGUCGGCAAAGCUUGUAUUGCACCUAAAUUCUCCUGUGCAGCGAGCCAGCUAGCAACACCAGAGAGUUUUAAAGGAAAUUCGAUGAAGGCCAUGAACAGCCUUGGGAUAGCACCUGUCCAGGUAAGUUGUCAGCACUGUAGGGAUUAUUACAUAACUACCCCUGUGACUGUGGUAGUUACGCCACUGGUGCAGGCACUACAAACAUAAGCGUGCACUUUACGUUCAUUAGUCAUUAAAGCACAUUGGACAUAACUCCAGUGGUGAGUGCAGUUGGCAGCCCCUUUACUCUGAACUCAAUGAUUAGCCGCUGAGUAUACAACGUUACCCAGAUACUGAGCCACUCCCUGGAUAUCUUUCUGCAUGCAUAAUGUACAUGAACAAGAGAGCCCCAGUCCUUUGCUCUGCCCAGAAGUUUAUUCAAGGUGGUAACACAAAGUAAUUUUUUUAUAUUGAUAACAAGCUCUGUUAUUGCCAGCAGCAUCAUGUAUUCUGAAUGGUGUUGACAAAAGCAGGCGUUUUUGCCGUUUUGAAUUCAUGAAAAGGAUUAUGAUCAAACCAUUAAUUGCUGAGUAUAUAGAACGAGGUCCGCAAACAGCCUAUUGGGGAUAAUUGUUUACUUUGGCAAAUCAGUCGUUUGUUUGUUACUGCAGGAAAAUGACAUUUGAUGGCUUUGUUUUCUAAAAGCGGAUUUUCUACAUUCUGUACGUGGUUUCACUGGCUUAUAUCCUUGUACCCACUACGUUCACUACAUUCCCUGUCAUUUAAUUCUAGAACGGAGUGAACAGUGAACCUGUGAAUUUAGGCGCUGAAUAGAAGAACAUUGGAAGAAGAACAUUUUAACCCCUUCCCACCUGGUCCCAUGAAUACAUGGGUUUAUUUAUUUAAUUUUACACAUACAUUUCCUUUCACCAGGAAGAGAAAUAGAAUUAGGAAAAAUAUGGAAAAGCGGUACAGUGAACAUUCAGAACACAAAUUGAUUUGCCUGGCAUCUGAUGAUUGUGUCUUCUGGAGGCUAGCUAGGAGAUCUUCCUCUCCAAACAUUAGUGAAAACCAGUUAAUCACUUCAACCAUAGAAUAUAGUAUAAAUCACUUUUAUUUAUUCACUGGAAAAAAAAAAUAUAAUGGAGUCCAGCCAUUCGGCGGUGGACCAAGGUCAUCAUGGGCAGUCUGACCGGUCUGCGGUUACGCAGACCCAUACACAGCAAGCUUUGAUGAACGGUGUGUUCUGACACCUUUCUAUCAUGGCCAGCAUUACUUUUUUCAGCAAUUUGAGCUACAGUAGCUCUUCUGUGUGAUCGAACCAGACUGAUGUGCAUCAGUGAGUCUUGGUCAUCCAUGAUACUGAUGCCGGCUGCACCACUUUUGGUAGGUACUAGCCACUGCAUAUUUGACACACACCACAAGAUUUACUGUUUUGGAGAUGCCAUCACUCUUUGGCCCUUGUCAAGGUCACUCAGAUCUUUUCAGUAGCCAAUUAUUCCUGCUUCCAACAUAUGAAAUUGAAGAACUGACAUGUUCCACUCCUUGACAGGGUUAUUCACUUCACUUGUCAGUGGUUUUAAUGUUGUGGCUGAACAGUGAAUGCCUGAUCUCUAGUUCUAAAUAAUAUAACCUUUUCUCGUUGUAGGCUUCCCAGUUUGUGACCCCUGCAACCACUGCUGCAUCUUCAGUCCUUCUGUCACCUAGUGUCUUUGAGCAAUCUCUCCAAAAAUCUGCAAAAUCAGAAGAUAAAGCAAGAAUGUCACCACCUAUGCAGGUGACCACUGACCUACCAAUGUUUGCACUCAGCAGAUCUCAGCUCCAAGAGACAUUAGUGCAUCUUAUUAAGGUAACUGUCCUUAAUAAUUUAAAGGGAAUUUCCAGGCACCGGAAAAACUCUGCCCUGUAGCCAAUCAUUGUCCUCUUAUCUGUGUAGUAUUUAAAAGCCGACUUCACAGUGUUAAGGGUACAGGUAAUACAGGGAUAGGGAUUGGUUGAGUUGCAGUUUUGUCAGCAACUCUGCUAAUACUGAUCUGAUUACGUUCUCAGAGUACUUCUCAUGAGGAAGUAAAAUAUAAAGAGGUUAAAAUGUGAAAAGAAUUGUGUAGAAAUAUGACAGACCAACAUCUAUAGCAUUUAAGGUGUUGGUUCCCUGUGUGUGCUUUUAACGUAUUCAUGUUUGUAUUUGUAUUAUAAUAAGAAACCCAUCAUGCUGACUGCAGAAUUUUCUAAAGUACACAGUUUUAAGCAAAAUAGCAGAGGCUACCACAAGAUUUCAUAGUGCUAUUUGACAUUUUGUACUUCUGGACUAAGGUCAGUUUUGGGGGGUUUGUUUAAUUUUGUGUAGCAUUACCAAAACAGGAGGAUGUGCUUUCCUCUUUGAAUGCAAAUGAACAUAUCAACUGAAAUAGAUUCCCAUUACCACUAGUCUAUAGGAUCUUACAUUUUACAUGUUGUGGUUUCUUGAUAUUUCAGCUUUCUUUCUUUUUUGUUUCUGUUGACAUAAUUCAGUGAAAUUUGGUUAACACGAAUCAUACAAAGAUUGCAAUGUUUUACUGUAGAACACAAUGUAGAACAUGAUCCACCAAAGAUUACAUAGCCACUAGGACAUAUAUAAGAAUGCAUCUGUCAGGCAGAAACCGUACCUCUUAAUAGCUAGCACAUAGGAACUGGUAAUGUAGUCACACGAAAGAAUGUGCAGAGAAUAGUAAAGAGUCAGGGGCCAGAGAGAGCAUAUUCUUGCAAUGGAGAGUUUUUUUGUAGGAUGUUAAUGGAAUAGGACUAAGAUAGGUGUAUUGUCAGGGAAAAUAAUUUGUAUUCGAGAGCACAAGCUGAUGACUGAUAGCUGUGGAGUGUGGAACUUGCAGUGUUGCAAUCAGACUGUUGAAGCAGUAUUGAAAAGAGUAGAGUCCAACAGCAAAAACGGUGAGUGAGGGAGAGAUGUGAAAAUAUUGAAAAAGAAGAUACUGAUGUAUCUGUAGCGUUUUGGGGCGGAAGGGCACCAACAUUUAGUGUCAGGUACCCUGCUCCCGCGCCGCUCGCGGUGACCUUACUAACUUCAUCACAGCGAGCGGUGUCAUCUGGUCCCUGUCUUCAGACUGGCAGUGUGUCUGACGCUGCACGCUGCAGAGCUGCUUCCUUAGAUGUGUGCUGCACCCAGUCAUGUGACCCGGCACACAGUGAUGACCUCAGAGACCACAAGGGAGGGAAGAAACUCCUUCCACGUGUUGUGCGUAACUAGUUGGAAAUUAGCCAAUCAGACACACCCUAUGUGUAUAUAAGCUAAUUUCUCCCUUGCCUCAGUGCCCUGUUGUGUUCUUUGAUUUACCAUUGAGCAUUGCACUUGUUAUUUUGGAUUUCCUGGUUACUGAUAUUUGGCUUUGUGUCUCGUUAUUCCGUCUCUCUGUUUCCUUUGAAACAUAACCCGACCAUUCUAAGGAUCGAUAUUGCAAUUUUCUCUACUCUGUCCUUCUGCAAGUUAGGGUUCCCUAGUAAACGUUACAUUUAGGUACUCCCAUUUAAAUAUAUCCUCCAGGUUUGCAGGCAAUUUAUGGGAAAAAAUGUCUGGGCUAUCACCAGUCACUGAGCGGAAUUGCUCUUUGCCAAAGCGAAUAAGAAAGCAGAAUGGACACACUUCUUUCGUAGUGUCUGUAAUUACAGACGAAUAAGGAAUUAAGGAACAGAUUUGUCCUUCUAUUAUGAUUUUGUUGCUAUUCUGCUCUUUCUUUAACCCCUUAAUGACAAAGGACCUACAAUGUAUAUUCUUUGCAUUUAAGCGCCAUUUAAAAGCAGCAAGAACGGGAUAAUUAUUGAUAUCUCACAGGUGAGAUAUCAGUGAAAUAGCACUGUGGAGGCUAGACGACUGGCCUCGCAAUUGCAAGGACUUCCAGCUGUACGUGUGGCUUCUCCAUACUUGAGAGAUGUAAGAGUACAAAUCUGGGGUUUUGAAAUAGGAUGCACAAGGCCUAUGAAAUGCACCAUUGAUAGUCAGUAUGUAUGUUUAAAAAAAAAAAAAAAAAAAAAUGACUUUUAUAACUGAAAUCAUAAAUUGGUGAUGAAAAGGCCAAAUUAAAAUUCUUUGAAAAAUCACUUAAAUGCUUUACUAAGGGAAGGGCAAAUGUGCGCAGCAGUCAUGCGCAUUAGGGCUUCCUCACUAAAGUCGGAGGAACUUCAGCGCUGGAAUCAAGUGUUUAAAGAGUUUUAACUCUGAUAGUCGUGGGGGGACGUGGAGGCAGAAGGACACUCUAGUGUUAGGGCAACUGCUUUGUAUAUCUAUCACUGUAGUGUUCUCUAAUGCUGUGUUAUGUAUACAUAUAGGGUAUCCGAAGAGAACGCCCUAUUCGUGUUUUAAAAGCGGAAACAUGUAUACUAUGUUUGGGUGCAUUUGAAGAGAAAGCAUUACAUUUUUGAUUAAACAAACUCAUAACAAAAAUGACACAGUCCCAAAUCUAUGGAGUCAUGUACGAAAAACAGGAAUGGAGUGCCCUAUCUGGCAGAUCAAUAUUUCAAUUAAAUAUUGUCGAAGUCUGUAAUUCAAAAUAUGGGAGAGAAAAUGUUAGAAUGAAAAGAAAUUCAAAACGAAAAUAGAAAAACCUUUUGGAAUACUUCUUAGAACACACUGUUCUGGUUUAAAGUAAUUCUAGUCAGUAGUAGCUUGCCAUUCCUGCACAUUAAAGGCAUACUACAGGCACCAGAACAACUUUAGCUUAAGGACAGAUGCAAUAGUCCUAACCAAAACCUAUAAUUUACACUGUUUCCACUGUAAUUUAUAGUUUUCCUCAAGUGCCCCAACAAUACAUACUGUUUUAUUAAAGGACAGAAAGGGGUUUUAUUUAAUUUGAUAUAUAUUUAUACUUAACACUGCAUUAGGUGUGAAUGUUUUAAAAUAAGGUCAUUUUAUCAAUUUUGAAGAAAAACUUUUAUACUGACUCACCCUUCAGUUUCACUAUGCACUACACCAUCUACAAGACAGGUCAAUCUUUGGUCCAUUAUCUGACACUGGGCGUCCUCACGCUCUGCAUGAGGACCUCCCAGAGUAAAUUUUUUUUCCACCAUAGGAAGCAUUGAAUAAUGGCCGAUUGCGGCCAUUGCUGCGCAUGUGCAUUAGGUUUCCUCGCUGGUUGAUGUCGGCGAGGGAGGAGCAUGACCCAGCACCGAGGGACAUUGGCGCCGGAUUCAGGCAAGUCACAGAGGGGGUUUUAAUCCCUUCAGCGCAGCGGGAGGAUGGCGCGAGGGAGGUUGGCACCUUAGAAACCUAUAGUGUCAGGAAAACUGCUUUGUUUUAAGCUAACGUUUGGGUGCCAUUAGUUUCCCAUCUAUUGAAGCUGAAAACAUUGUUUAAAUGUCAUUUCAACGAGUAACCAGAUUUUAAAGCUCUAGUGGUGUUUAGCAUGUAUUUGGUUAAGAUUUUUAAUUUUUUUAUUUAUUUUUUAAAUCUUUCCAGGAUGUGCAGGUGCAAUGUAACAGCAUUGAAAGGACGGUGUUUAGUACAAAAAGCCUGAAGGAACUGAUUAUACUCAGCAGAACAAAUGCAAUAAGCUGUAGCUGUUCUGGUGACUAUAGUGUCCCAUUAACCCCUUAAGGACCAAACUUCUGGAAUAAAAGGGAAUCAUGACAUGUCACACAUGUCACACGUCAUGUGUCCUUAAGGGGUUAAAUUUAAUCUCUUUUCAUGUAAUCUACACAAUCCAUGUAUUGGCAGAAAGCAGUAUUGUUUAAAAAGGUCUCCAAUAUCCAUGUGAAAGAUGUAAGAGGCAGCACACUGUAAAGUCAAAAGUGCCUUAUCGGAGAGAUAAAUGGGGGGAGGAGGGAGCAUGUACAGACUGUGUGUGCCAUUCUCGCGUAACUCUAAAUAAAGAGUGGUGGCCUUAGUGAGACCUUAGUGCUGAGGAACUAAGACUGUUCCUUUAAGUGAAAACAAAAUCUAAAGCAAACAGGUUGCCUUUUAUAAUAAUCACGUAGUAAGUAAAUAAUAAAUGGGAUGCCCUGAAAACCAACAGAAUCAUUAUGCAAGUUUUUCGUUACAUGCAUUCUGUAUCUAAACCUCAACUUUACAUUAAAAAAAUACUUUUGGUUACUGUACAAGUAUAAGGCUUAUUUUAUUGUGAUCUAUAAUUAUUUUUUAUUUAUUUUUUAGAACGAUUCAAGUUUUCUCAAUACAGUUCAUGAAGUCUAUCUACAAUCCCUUACAAAAACCUCAGAUAAAGUCAAGCUUUAAAGGAUGAAAUACAAAUACAAAACAAGCAAUGUUAUCCUAUUAGUUGGUCAUUCUAUACAAAACUAUCAACAACCAAAAAAAAAAAAACAAGCUGCAUGAAACAAGGUCAAUGCUACAUGGGAAAACAGAGGAAUGUUUUGGAUAAUACAUUUGGAACAACGCAUUGAACAUUCAGUUUAAUAUAUGCUGCAACUUGUCCAAUCGAUUCAUUUUAAACUAUGUGCAGGACAACGGAAAUAUCGUUUUUGUUUACCAGCAUAUUUUGAGUGUACUAAAAAAAAAAAAAUGUCGAGGUUGUCUGUACUACAGCCACUGGUAGAGGUGAUUUAUUAACGUUGAAUUUUAUGUACCUUUUUGUUUUUAAAGCAGAUACCAUCUAAAUGCAUUGGAUUUGAAUCCUCUAUCAAUAUUAUACUUUUGUUUUUGUUUUGUUUUUUUAAGUGGCAAAGCCUUUUUUUUGUUAGUUUUAAAAUUGUUACCCUAAUUUUACAUGCAUUUUAAUAAAAUUAUUAUUGAAUUUAUUGACAUAUUGACUCUCUCUCGACCUUCCCGUAUAUGCACCUGUUGCAUGAUGCAUCUUUCAGAGAUGUAUUGGUUGCUUGUUUGCACACCAUAAUGCUAUCUUGUUGAUAGCUUGUUCAUAGAGGGUUAUUCACGGAGUGUGAUAUAUCAGAGAUUUAGAGUGAAUUUCAGUAAGGCUGUUUUGCAGUUAAUUUUGAAUUCCAUACAAUUCACAUUUUAGGGAACCAUCCAAUACAAAUAGUCAGCAGUUAAAAUCAUGGUAGAGGGGGUCCUUUUAUUAACAUUAACAAAUACAAAAAAACUGACCAAAUCCUCUACAGCCAAUAAAAAUGCAGAUGACAUUAUUAUUCUAUUAUUAGAAUAAAUAAUCUCUGCCUAUUUUUAUAUUUCAUAAAGCAAU